CCUCCCACGGCAGCCUGGGAGAGAGGUGUCAUCGCAGUGGCUUCAUUCUGACAACAUUGUAACUGUGUGUCCCUGUGAGCAGGAGGUCUGUACUUCCGGCCUGCUAGCCCAGCCACUUGCUGAAGGUAAGCUCUGUCUGCCUGGGGGGCUAGUCAGGGUCACAUUAGCCAGUCCAUGCAUCUUGGGGCAAGAUGAAAUGUCUUAACCUCAUCAGUGCUUGGAGACAUAGCUGCUGCUGCUUUACACUGCCUUACAGAGACUGGUGGCUAUCAGAAUUAAUGAUCAUAAGAAGACCAGAUGGCUAAGGUGACAUCAUUAUUUACAACCUUCCUGAUUGGACACUGACUUUAUAUAUAUAUAUAUAUAUAUAUAUAUAUAUAUUUUACUCAAUGAUUCUAUAGUAAUAACUUAUUUAUUUUUUAGAGUUUUUACAUUGCAGAAGCAGUCACAGAUUUCCAUAUAUUUAGUUCCCCCUUUUCAGGUAAUUCUGGAAUGAGCUGUCAAAAUAGAGCCAUGUGUCAUGUUUACGGAUAAAGAUCUAUUACACAGUAUUUAUUUUUUAUUUUUUGAAAAUUAAUAUAAGAUUUGCCUAGAAAAGUUUUCCUAAAAAAAACAACUUUGUGUGUGGAAGGUUAUUUUUUUUGGGUGGGGGCGGGAGGGGGGCACAGUCAGGUAAUCUAGUAAUAUGAUUUACAAGAUGAGCAGAAAAUUCUAUCACUUGGCUCUUUAUUGAAAAACCUUAUGACAUAGUAAUACAGACUGCAUACUGCAUUCAUGUAAAAGCAGUAUUAAAUGGACACUAUAGUCACCAAAACUACUUUAGCUUAAUGAAGCAGUUGUAGUGUAUCGAUCAUGCACCUGCAGUAUUACUGCUCAAUUUUUUGCCAUUUAGGAGUUAAAUCACUUUUAGUUCUUUUUAUGCCACCCUAGUCACACAACCCAUGGCUGUUACUCACACAGCCUGCAUGAAAACAAAAUGGUUUCACUCUCAAUCAGAUGUUAUUUAAUUUAAAAGUUAUCUCCUGCUCUGUAAAUUGAACUUAAAUUACAUAAAGAAAACUCCUGUAGGAUCUAGCAAGCUAUUAACAGAGCAGGAGAUAAGAAAUUCUAAAUCAAACAGAAUUUACAAUAAAGGAAGUGUAAACAUUAGAUGACUCUCUACAGGAAGUGUUUAGGAAGACUGUGCAAGUCACAUGCAUGGAGGUGUGCCUAGGGCUGCAUAAACAAAGGAAUUCAACUCCUAAAUGACAGAGAAUUCAGAGAAUUGAGAAGUAAAACUGCAGGGGCAUAAGCUAUGCACCAAAAUGUCUUUAUUAAGCUAAAGUUGUUUUUGUUUUGGACACUAUAGUAUCCAUUUAAAGAGACACUGUAUGCACUCUGACCACUUCAGCUCAUUGAUGCUUGACAGAGAGAAACAAGUUUUCCUGGCACUAUAGUUUGUCUUCAAUUAUUGAAGAAGAAAAAAACACCAGAUUUUCAGUUCAGAUAUUUCCUAAAGCCAAAUGGGGAGGGGGUAUUUGGUGAUAUACACAUUAAAUCCAAUAUUUAAUAUCUGCACAGGUGUCAGCCUCUUACAGUCUAUAAGAAUCAAAUAUUUCUAAAAACACAGUAUUUCUACCUGAUUUAAAUCAUAUCUGUUCUAGUAGGUAGGAUAUUUACAAUUUUUUUUUUAGACAUACCCACAUAAAUCUGCAUUAUUUGCUUUUUCUAAAAUAGCCAGUAGGCAAUUUGGUAAAUAAAUAAGAUAAAAUAAUACAAAUAACCCAGACCUUUUAUUAACUAGAUGGGACCCAAUCACUCCCUCACCAUCAAUACCAAUAAUGAAGCUGCUGGUCUCUGUAUUGUCAAAACAUUUUGGUUUUAUGGAAGAUUUCUAUUUGAUAUAAUUGGCAAUUGAGACCUAUUUCCAUUUGUAUUUCAAAUGUUCAAUUGCAAAUUUAAAUAAUUUAUUUCUAUCCAGAGCAACUAAUUGUUCUAUAUGACUUUUGUUAUCUGGGUUACAUUCCAUUUGAAAAGAGAAUUGUAAUGUAUUGAAAUAUGAAUUGCAAGAUUUAGAUGGAAAUUGCUGAUCUGCAAAUAAUUCUCCAACUCCGCUAUAAUUACUUCUUGGCUUUUUUAACCAGAUUCUUUUUCAGUUAACUACCACUCACUGUUUAGUGAAUGAGCUUCUGUUAUGCUAGUGUUCAAUUUGUUGCAUAGUAUCAUAUUAUUUUAGAACGUGCUUUAAAUAGCAAUGAGCUGACUUUGCGUUUAUACAGUUUACACCAUAAACUGUAAAAUAAACUACUCUUGUUAUAUAUUUAUGUAGCUAACAGCAACAGCACACUUUCAAUAGGUAAAGGAACUCUAUAGGUACUCAGCCCACUUCACCUCAAAGAAGUGGUUUCAUGUCGUUGUCAUUUUAACCGUGCAACUGAAAACAUUUCUGUUUUGUACACCUUUUAUCGGCUGUCCGCAAGACUCAGUUAUAGCCCCAAUGACUCUCCUAAAGAACAUUUCAUUGAUGCUAUCAUAUUCCUUUUAAGGAACAUUCUAAGCAGCAUAAUCACUGCAGACUGAUGUAGUGACUAUGGUUCCAGUAGUGCCCCAGCGACCUCCCAUAGUAAGUAGUUGGAAAGUUUAAGAAUGGUUUGGCAACUUACCUGAUUCUUACCAAGUGCCUGUACCACAUGUCUCGCCUGAGCUAAGCACGGCCUACUGCAAUGCUGUACUGAUUGGCUUAGAGCACUCGGUUCAAACUAACUAAGUUGAAGGAACACUAUAGGGUCAGGAACACAGACAUGUAUUUUUGACCCUGUAGUGUAAAAAAACACUAUCUUGGCCCCUGGCAACCCUUACCCCUCUAAAUAUAGUAAAAUCUUACCUAUGGUCCAAUCUGCUGGUUCUGGCUCUGCCCCUGAUCGGCCUUCUUGGCUUACAUCAUCAGAAGUGAUGAUCUCAGCCAGUCGUAGGUUUGGAACUGUGUGGAAGUAACCCCAUAGCAAAAGCAUUGGAUAGGCUGAGAUUGUCAAGGAGGCAGGCUGAGGGCAGUACCAAAUGCAGGCUUGGCCAAUCAGCAUCUCCUAGUAGAGAUGCAUCUCUAUAGGGAAGUUUCAGUGUGUUCAUGCAUAGUGUGAAAACACUGAAUGUCAGUCACAUUGUGCGGCACUGCCCCAGGAAGCACCUCUAAUAGCCAUCUGAGAAGUGGCCUCUGGUGGUGUCCCUAUGCAGUAAUGUAAAGACAGUGUUUACAGCAAAAGGCCUGCAGGGACAGAAUAUAGACACCAGAAAAAUUUUUGGAGCUCGUGUCAGACACGUCUCUCCGCCUGAUAGUCAGGCCCUGCUUUUUUUUUUUUUUUAUUAUUAUAAUGGUUUUAUUUUUAUUUAUUUUUUGUCAGGGACAACUAGGUAGUGUAAAGUUGGCACCCCAUAUUUUUAAAAUGUAAGUAAAAAUAUAUCAUUAAUUUCUUCUGCGUUUGUGCUGCAAAAUUUAAAGGAACCAAUGCAGCACUAACUAACUAGCCUGGUUUCAUAUAUUUUGGCUGUUGUAGGGGCCUUGGUGACCCUUAUUUAAUUGGUAAUAUCUAAACAAAAUUGUUAUUUUAUUAAUGAAAGCAGCACAAAUUUUUAUUUUUAAGGGGGAAAUAAAUAAUACAUCUCAAAAUCUGUCACUAAUGAAACACUGUGUGAAUUUAGGGGUUUUAGCCCUCAAAUAAAUAAUAAAUUUGGUUUAAAAUAUUAGUAUAAAAAGGCAUAUAAAGGUCUUCAACUUAAGCUAAAGAAUGAAUAACCAAGUUGUUAUUAAUGAUCCAAAGUAAUUUGUUAUCACUAGUUGAAAGUCCAAAUCAAAUUAUCUAUACUUUCCAUGUAUUUUAAAUAAGAUAUGUUUCAUUUUUGAUAAUUACCACAACAAUAACUGUAAGGAUAAUAUAAUGCAAAAUAUACAAUAUAACAAAUUAAAAUUGUAACUGUUAGAAAAACCACUAACUUUAAUAUCCAUACAGACAAUUAUAGUUUAAUUGCACACUUGUCAACCUAGUCAGCUGAUGUUCAAGUAACCGAAAAGCCAACAAAAGUGUAGACUUUUUUUUAAAUUUGUUACCAAGUUAUUAUAUUGGACUAUCAAGCAUAUUGCAUGACUAAUGACUAAAUUGUGAGUUAGGCUCAGUUUUACACUGAUAAUUUUUCUGACCUUCGCAGCAAUACUAGUAGUAAAAGGGUCCAUGAAAAAUUAUCUUUACCAAUUUCCAAUGUUGGAACGUUCCGUGCUUUGCCAGCUGCCCAGCAGCGAUCACUUUGUAAUCGGCUUGAAGAGCAUGCUUGAUUUCAGUAUUACAGGUUAAUCUCAAUGCAAUAAUGAAAAUAGUCAGUAGGUGGCGGUCACAGGCCACUUUCUACUAUUUUAGUUAGGAAACCCAUCUGCUGAUAUUUCUUUAGGGUUAGUGUUAGGUCAAAGUAAGAAUUAAUGCUGUGUUAGGGUUGGCAUAGUGGGGGUAAGGUUACGGUAGGUAUACAGUUAGCAUUGGAGUAAGCAUGGCGGUUUCAUAUAAUGUUUUGGGGGUUGUUAUAGUGUUAAAGUUAACUAACAAAAAAUAUUUGACAUCCUAGACAUAUGAGUAAUUCAACAAUCAGAACUGAUAUGUGAAUCUAUUUUGAGCUCUUAUGAGCUAUAUUUUGUGUAAAAAUAUUAAUAUAAGUAAAAUAUAUUAAUAUAAUUUUUAUCAUUUUAUUCACACUUGUGUUGGGAUUUAUAUAUAGGAUAUUAAAAGAAAGUUUUUUGUAUUUGGGCAGCUUCAGAGAAACUCUGAAAUUAUGGUGGCACAGAUUCUAGGUUUUGUUUUGGUUUGCUUAACCCUUACGGGGUUAAGCAAAGAGGAACUGCUGACUUCCUCCACAAUACAGGAAUGGGAGACUUUGCAACAAAGCUAGAAUUUGUGGGUAUUACCUACAAAUUCUAGAAGAGCAACUUUGAUUUUUAAUGUAUUACUGAUAUAAUCCUUUAAAAAAAGAUUUUCUAACCCCUUAGUGCUUGGUGAAAUUCCUAAAGUAGGAGUAAUUUGACAACUCUUAAAAGGGAUGUGUCCCCUACCAAGAUAUAUCAUUACAGCUCUUAUGCAGUUUUUUUCUUCCAAAUCAGACUGCCGACCUUUGUUUUCUCCAUCUUUCUCCUCCCCCCACCAUCUCCCAUUGUUCUCUUCCCCACCCAUACAUAAAUACCAGCCCAGUAUGCUAUUCCCACAAGGGAGGCCAGAAUGUUUUAAGUAAAGGUCAGGUCGCUCAAGAGUUACCACUUGUUCUUUUUUUUUUCCUGUGUUGUUUUGAAUUCUUUUUUUUUUUUUUUUUUUUUUUUUUUUCCUCAUUUCAUUCUUUCAUUUUCCCAUCAGUAUCACCUAAUGUAGUGCAUUCAAGUAGGAGGCUACAUUGUAGUAAAAAAAUAAAUAAAGUUUUACUUAAAAGAACCUGGGUUUUGAAGGAAGGACAGCCAAGUGCUCAGUGUAUAUUGUUAUUGAGAACUGCAUCAAUGUUCCAGAAAAGUACUAAUAUUAUGGUCUUCUAACGGAUUGAUAUUUGGUUUUAAUACACCAGAAUGCCGAGUACUGUGCUGUGGACAGUGGAUGUUUGGGGAAAAGUGUACACUUUGUCUACCGAUGGACAGCACUGGGAUGUGUGCAAAGAUAGCCAACUGCAAUUCAAAAGGGUGUCUGCUGUACGGCAGUGCUGUUGGGGAAUCGCUGGUAAUCAUCAGCUGUAUGUCUAUGUUCAUUCCAGCGAUCUUCCCAUACGAUAUCAAGAAGAAACCUAUGAGUAUCAGGUAGGCAUAUUUACUGGAAGUCUUUACUUUAAAGUGUCUCGUCUGCAUGUGUUUUUACUGGAAGAAACUGUACCUGUCAACAAGUUGUUUUUUUGUUGUUUUGUUUAAAUUGACAAUGUGAUGAUUUUUAUUCCUUAUGUAAAGCUCUGUGUAAACCACCAAUUUAUACGCAUUGUAAUUAAAGAGAAGCUAUAGUGCCAGGAAAACAAAGUUGUUUCCCUGGCACUAUAGCUCUCUAUAGUGCCACCUAUAGGUCAAGGUCCCACCCCUUCCCUUGAUGCAGAAGGGUUUAAAAACCUGUUCUGUGACUUGUCCCUCGGCACUAGCUCGGGCCCCAGCUCUGCUCCUCUCCCGUCAGCCGGCGCGGGAAAACAAAUGCGCUUGCGCGGAAAUGGCCGCACUCGCAUUUGUUCUUCCCCCAUAGGAAAGAUUUUUUUACAUUAUUUUACAGUGCUUUCCUAUGGGGUUUCGGGUGACGCUGGAUGUGCUCAUGCAUAGCGAAUGACUGACCAUCUAUGGUCUUGUGGACGACAGGGAGUAAAUGUUUAACAUUUCCAGAGUCUGUUGGUUCAGUGAAUGUAAUUGCAUUAUUUCUUGCACUGUAUAGUGAUUCUCUCUGUGUUUUUAGCGUUGGAAUCCUGUGGAUGGUUUUUGUGAUAAGCUGCUUCCCAGUGAUCGUUGGCAGUGGAGUGAUGUCACUGGCUUGAAGCACCAACAGCUAAACCGUUUCGAACUUCCCUCACAGCACUGGGAUUGGGAAUCUGAUUGGUAUGUGGAUGAAAAUAUAGGAGGAGAACCCACAGAGAAAGGGGUAAGUCUCACAUCUAGUAAAUGCUUUGGAGAUUGUAUCCACUGUCAAUUAGCAGUUUGUGUGUAUUCAGUGAUUUUUCGUGUGCAAAAAAAACUGUUCCUUAAUUGGUGAAAUUACAAUACACCUGGGAUAGGAAAAUUAGAAUGCUACUUUUACGAUAAAUAUCAUAUAAUUUUUAAGAUUAGUUUUCACCCCUGCUUGGGACUUGUGUUCUCCAGUUUGUACCAUUUGAGUGGAUUGACAUUGCUUAUUGUUCCUGCACUGAAAGAAUCAUAUUGGAACCAUGAUAGGGGAUUCUAAUUUUCUUGCCUUGCUAUAUUUAAAGAGACAUUCUAAAAAAACAGAACCACUAGAGCUUAUUAUAAUGGUUAAGGUGAAAUGUGUGGCUGCUAUUUUCUGUCAAACAUUAGCAAUUCAAGAAAAAUGAGAAUGACAGUAAUAGGACACUAGGAGAGGGUUAGCACUGUGCUCACAGCGUACCAUUGCUGACAAAGGAUGGAUUAGAGUAACUGUCCAUCAUCCAAGCGAUGUCCGAAGACUGCACAUGUAGAAUUUCAGGUUCUGUUUUUUUUGUUUUGGUUUGGUUUUUCAGCCCAAUCAAAAGCAUGGCUCAGCACUCAAAGACUCCUUAUGCCUUAACAACUACAAUAGGAAAUAGUGGUUAUAAUACUAAGAAUGUUUUAAUUGGCAAGCUAGCAUCUGUGAUUGUAGCCGUAAGAGUAACAUAAUCACUGACUGGCCUUGAAACAACAGUCUCUCCUGAUGGGUGUGGCCCGGUUCAAAAAGGUGCCAUAUGUUACCUCAUAUCCUAAGCAGCUGAUUGGUUCAUAACUGGCUCUGACUGAAAGGCUUCCUUGACUUAAUAAGUGUGACAAUAGAAUUGAUACAGAACAUAUAUAUAUAUAUUAUACAUAUACAGAGAGAGAGUGUUUGUGUGUCGUUAUAGGGGAUUGGUACGAGGGGAAGGACAAAAUGUAGAAGGAUCCAGGACUGAGCAAAAUUACAGAAUUUUUUUUUAGGUAUAUUUCAAUGCAUGUGAUAAGAGAAACAUUUUUAAAAUUGCCAGUGUAAAGGAACACUCCAAGCACCGUAAUCACUACAGUGUCCUCCCCCCCACUGUAAGUAGUCAAACCGUUUUCUAACAUGGUUGGCAUGGCCUGGUGGUGCAGGGCUUAGCUUAUUGGCUUAGCAUGAUCAGCUGAUCCAUUAUAAAAUGGUUUGACUACUUACAAUGGAGGGGCACUCCUGGCACCAUAACCACUACAGUUACUAUUUAGCGAGGAACCUGUUGGGAUAGGGACCAUGCGAAAUAGAAAUCACUGGACCUUGUGGAAUCUAGACAAAAGUAGUAAUUUAGUUUAGUUUAUUGUCGCUUGGGAUGUCACAAGGAUUGUGCAGUUCAGUUUCUCAUGCUGUUUUGCUUUUUUUUGUAAAAAUCUCUGGUAAAAUAAGGCUUCAAUAUGUGAAAGUGGUUAUGGCGUCAUAAUUGGGUUUCUUGAACUACUUUUUUAUUCAAACUAAUUUUUGUUCUUUCUUAAUGUUUACUAGUCUCACAAAAUUCCAGCUUAGACAAAUUCUGCAUUAACUGCAAAAUCUAUUUUUGUGUUGACAAAUUAAUUAACCAUCCUUAAAGGACCACUAUAGGCACCCAGACCACUUCAGCUUAAUGAGGUCUGGGUGCCAGGUCCAGCUAGGUUUAACCCUUUCUGCUGUAAACAUAGCAGUUUCAAAGAAACUGCUAUGUUUACAUUUGGGUUAAUCCAGCGUCUAGUGGCUGUCUCUAUAGUUUUCCUGGCACUAUAGUGGUCCUUUAAAGUGCCACUCAGUGGUGAAUAUAAUAUAUAUUUUUUUCUAAUAAAAUUUUGUGUGCAUUAAUAGAAAAUUUACUUUGCUUAGCAUUUCCUCAUAUAGCAAACCUCUAGACUUUGAUGUCUCUGAAAAUAUCUACAGGGUUAUUCGCUAAACACAAAUUACCAAAUUUAGAUCACAAUAUUUACUAAAGACCCACAGGUGGAGUUUGCCUAAACGCUAGUUUCAAACAUUUCGUAGAUAUGGCCCACGUGCCAUAUAGAAGAUGGAGUCAUAGGGUAGUUCAAAACUUUCGUACUACAGGGCCCUCUUCACCUACUGUGCUCAGUGCCAUGUGUGUAUUUUUAGAAUUAAAUAUUUCUCUUGUUUAUCUAUUGCAUAGCGCUACAGAAUAUGGUGGUGCUAUAUAAAUAAUUAUUGAUCCCCAUAGGCUUUUAAAAUGUAUUUAUUUUUAAUGUGGUGGUUAGCUAAUAAGUGCUGGCAAGUUGCCACAUAGUUAGCCCUCACGCUGCCAAGGGUUUUUAAAGAUACACUAUAAUCACAAAAACAACUUUUAUUGUAUUCCCUCAGCAGUCUCACUGCUUAAUUCUCUGCCAUUUUGGAUUUAAAGCGGCACUGUCAUGCCAAACUUACCUUUCCCUAUUCGCUUCCUCUUCUCUCUCUCUCAGGAUCUGUUCUUCUUUUCUUCCUAUCUGAUCUAGUUUUCUUUAAAACAUAAGACAAAGUAAGGACUACUUUGUCUUAUGUAAUUUUAGGACGACAUUUGGUACUUUUUAGGUCGGUCGAAAUUUCAUUUGAAUGAAUGAAAUUCUGAUCCGAUCUGUGGCAGCAUCUUGCAGCCGCUCAGUAGAUCGCUCCCUAAUUCCCACGGUAUCAGGGAGCUAUAUACUAAAAGGCUGAAAGACCAAGAUUGGUCUUUCAGACAACUUUACUAAUACUAAGUAAAAAUUACUUAGUAUUUGUAAUUAAUCUGCCCCUACUGUUAUGCCGCAAGUAGGGGCAUGUCUAGUAAACAGUGCGCAGCCUGUGGCUGCUCACUGCUGUAAAAAAAUAAAUAAAGCACCCCCCUCUAAUAAAUGGCCCCAUGGUGUGGCAUCUAUUUACUAGCUGGGGGGACAUAGUGUCCCCCUCAAGCCCCCACCCGUGCCCAGCCAGUUAGGACUAAACUGGGGACAUAUGGUCCUCUAAAUGUAAAUGGGGGGACCUAUUGUCCUCCCCCCAACCCCCACCCUUGAGUGGCGAGUGAGGGCCCUAAAUGACAAUGGGGGAACCUAGUGUACGCCCCACCCAUGGGCGAUGGGUGGGGACCCUAAAUGACAAUGGGAGGAAACCUAUUGUCAUCCCCCCUGGCCCCCUGGAGCUUUUUGUAAAAUAUUUUUUACACAGGCUGCCCACUGUUUAGUAAACAUGCCCCUACUCAUGGCAUAGCGAGUAGGUGCAUUCUGGAGAUUUUGAUCCCCAUAGAGUGAGUAAGGACAUGGGGGGCUUAGGAAGUGGCGGGGAGCACAGCUCACUGCCGCUUCUAUUUUUACAUAUUACAAGGAGCGGAGCUGCGCUGGUAGCUCCCUCCUUGUAAUAAACUGAAUGAACAAACAAUCGAACACCGAUAUUCUGUGUUUGUUUGUUCGUCUGAAAUUUAUAUAUAUAUAUAUAUAAUUUCAGACGAACAAACAAACACAGAAUAUCGGUGUUCGAUAUAUAGUUGCAAGAAAAAGUAUGUGAACCCUUUGGAAUGAUAUGGAUUUCUGCACAAAUUGGUCAUAAAAUGUGAUCUGAUCAUCAUCUAAGUCACAACAAUAGACAAUCACAGUCUGCUUAAACUAAUAACACAAAGAAUGAAAUGUUGCCAUGUUUUUAUUGAACACACCAUGUAAACAUUCACCAUGUAAACAUACACAAUUUAUAUAAUUUUGUAAUUGUGGCGCAAAUUAACAUUUGUUCUGUUGUGUACAUCCCUUAUAUAAAUCUGUUUCGGCAUGCAGUCCAACUGAAAUCCAGACCAAAUUCAAGCCAAUUCGAUGCUUGAAUUGGGAAAUCCAGACAUUGUUCAAUACUGUGACUUGACUGAAUAACUGUACUAGUCUUCCUUUACAAAUUCUAGUACUGUUGAUCAUACUAAUUAUAUGAUGUUGUACUAACACAUACUCACAGAUUCCUCAUAGAUAUUAAAAAGCCCAUUAGAGUAAUUGAUAAAUCCGUCCACUUCUAUGAGAACAUGCUGAUUUUUGUGCAGAUUUAUGAAUAUCAGUUUCUGGUGAGGCAGAACCAGACACACAUGCAAAAUAGGGGACAAAAAAUAAAAUCAAAUCCAAACAUCUGCUUUGGCUUGUACUGCCUACUGAGUUCAAGAACCUGACAUUUAAUUCUUGAAAACAGACCAUUAGAUAAAAAUUUUUACAUUUAAUGUCAGUUUAAAAUGAUACCACGGUGAUACUACAAUGCUUACAUUUUUCUUGCUUUCAUUAUUUCUGUGAGCUUUUUCUUGCUUGACAUUCUCAUGUUUUUCAUGCACAAAUCAUAAGGCAUUAUCUGUGGUCACUUCUAAUAGAUUUCUAAAAAGUUCUCUCACAUUUGUAUUUUCAGGGCUGGACAUACGCUUUAGAUUUUCCAGCAACAUACACCAAGGAUAAAAAGUGGAAUUCUUGUGUACGCCGUAGAAGAUGGAUACGGUAUAGAAGGUAUACUUCAAGGAACAUCUGGGCAAAGGUGAUUUAAAAAAACAACUUUUUAUUCAUCAGUAUAUAUUCAUAUGUCAGCAGUACUUUUAUUACAUUGUUUAUUAUCUAGAUACUUACUAGAUAAGUAAUAUACCAUCUACUGAUCAAUGAAUUACCCCCAAAGUGUCUAGACCAAGUAUGUCAAACUAAAAGGCUAACAUGGGCCAAAUAAACAAGGUUUACCUUUAUGUGGGCCUGCAAAAAACCCCAAAACUUAGAAACUUAGGAAAAGUAUAGUAUAAAAAAAAGUUGCUUAACUGACACUGGAUGUCCUCACGCUCGUAGGGCUUCAAAGUAAACAAAAGAGCAAAUUUAUUUUAAGGAGACGUGCAUUUGCAUAUAACCAAUGUUUCAGUCCAACUACCUUGAAAUAUUAAGAAAUGUUUAGUAAUGGGACUGAAAUGGUGAAAGUAUGCUAUUGCCCAGCUGUAAAUAAACAAAUUAAGUUAUCUUGUUGAUUUUGAAGUCCUAUGAGUGUGUUCUGCACUUUGAUGAUCUUAGUCAAUGGUAUCCCAUAAGAAAGCACUGGGAGGCUAUUGUGCAUGUGUUGCAAAAAGCUGUGCGGCCAAUCAGCAUCUCCAUUGGGAGCAUUCAGCACCUCCAUGCAGACCCAAUCUAAUACACUGCCUCCUCCCCCCAUUCUAAUACACCGCCCCCUCCCCCCAUUCUAAUACACCGCCCCCUCCCCCAUUCUAAUACACUGCCUCCUCCACCCAUUCUAAUACACUGCCUCCUCCACCCAUUCUAAUACACUGCCCCCUCCACCCAUUCUAAUACACUGCCCAACAAUUCAAUACAUUUCCCCCAAUUUAAUACACUGCCCUCCCCAAUUUAACACACUGCCCCUAUCUCCACUCUAAUACAAUGCCUUCCCCUCCCACCAUUCUAAUACACUGCCCCCCUACCCCUCAACCAAAUUGAUAAACUGCCCUCUCCCUCAAAUUAAUACACUGCCUCCCCUCCCCAAUUUAAUACACUUGCCCCCUCCCUAAAAAUGUAUACACUGUAUAAAUCCACCAUGUUGGAUUUGCCGGUAGAAUUGCUGUCAGUCUCUGUAGCUUCACCCCGGGGAGUCUUAGGGUCGGUGUAGCCUCUUAGGGGUGGACCGGGUCACCCACACCGGUCCAGAGGGGAAGCAGCGCGCAACUCCAUCCUCUCGCGCUCUGGGCGCACCAGGCCACAUGUUUCAAACAGUGUGGUAGACGAGCUUUUCGCACCUCUCCGGCCUGUGCCGUGCACCUGAGCCAGGACAAAGGCUGGGUAGGCAGUUAAAUUUAUUUGAAUCCGGCUAUAUGAGGCUAUAAACCACAGUUUAAUGUAGUGUAGGAGAGGAGCUCAUGCAGUGCACGUUCUUCCACCAUGACAGUUAGGCCCCCCUCCUCACCCUCCCAAAUAGUGAUUUUAACAUUAUUAUUAUUAUUAUUAUUAUUAUUAGUUUUCCUUUAAGACUGUUUUUUUCUUUUCUUUUUUUUUGCUGUAGUAUAUUAUACAGUAGCAUUCAGACAAAAUUGCUACAUUUGCAGACAUACAUUGUAUUUUCCUUGAUAUCCAGGACAAUUAGAAAAUUUGGUAUUUGAACCUUUCUUUUUUUUUUUUUUUUUUUUUUUUUUUUUUUUUUUUUUUUUUUUAUUCUUUAUUUUUGGUAUGCAGGUAGGUACAACAUUACCUGUAUCGCCACAACAGCGUUAGCAGGCUCAAUAAUCACAUUUAUAACAAUUGUGUGGUAUGUUAAGUUUGCAUACAUUUUUUAAAUAAAAUAAAAUAAGUAGUGGUAGAGUAAACAAGCUAUUAUCAAUAUAGUUUUGAGUUCAACUACAAGUUUUGUUCCUUUCUAGGCCUAGAUAUAACAUUCCUAGGUACCCACAGGGUUAAAAAAUAUGUAGAGUGGGUUAGCGGUUGUUUUUUUUUUUUUGUUUUUUUUAGAGCUAGAACAAUAACAUUAUAAUAUUGAGGUUAGGUUGUCACUAUGAAACAGGUUAGCAAGUUUUAGGUAAGACUUUUUUAGUCUAUUAACGACACUUAUACUGUAGGUAUCCAUAUCGAGGUAGGCGUGCCAUGAGUGAUUUGUACGAGGUUCUCAUAUAAAUGUGAACUAGUUAAAACACAAUAACGAUUAAUCAGUAAGUUAGCUUCGGUGAAGUAACUGAGGGGAUCUAGAUAGAUGAGUGAGUGCAAUCUGCUGAGAUACGAUCAGGCAUAAAAUUAACUUUGACAUAUGUGUAUUAAUAUUGCCUGGUUCGGUGCCGGCGAACUGGGUAUGACUGUAAUUCCUGAGGGGGGCAUGGGUACCUUGCUCGAGGGCACAUGGCACUGACAGCCAAUGCCUCGGCUCGGCAUAGCCAUAUCGCCUCUGGGGGGUCCCGUAUAUAAGGCUUAAGUCUGAUUAAUUUUGGAUCUAGUAACAAUGGGGGCGUUAAGAAAACAUACGUUCAGAAGGAUAGUAUAAGUCUAAACUUCGGGCGGUCAUUUUUAUCUUUGCGCCUUUUAAAAGGUGUAUGACUUGCGUGUUGCGCAUAAACAGAUUAACUAUAGACAGGUUAAACAUGAAUGGUUGCAGACUGCCUUAGGUUAUCACUGGUUAGUGGAUGUCUAGACACCUGUGUCAGCUGGAGGGGCUAGGUAGCAUGUCAUCGUAAGAAAUACAAGUUUGAAAUCAUAUUUACUAUAUAUCACAAGUAUGUUAAUUUUAAACCGCUGCAUCAGGGUUAAUGAGACCAGUGUAGAAAGAAUUGAGUGGUGAUGUCUCUGGGAGUGGGACUCUUGUGAGUGGCUGGCAGAAAACAUAGAGCGUACAGUGCUCUCGAGAAUAUGGGUAAAGAUGUCCCAGAGUAAUACAUAGUCCCCAUGUUAUUUUUCUGUGGUGGGCCCUAUCGAGUCCGUAGUGGUCGAGAGUAGGGCAAAGCUGUAGCCAUCGGUAUCUUGGAGUCAGCGUUAGCCGUCUAUGUGACUGUUAAGGUUAGUCGGGUUGUUGGUCGGGUAGCUGUGGGGUACUGUGGAUGCUUCCGUCCACUUCGUUUGUAUUACCUUCCCAGUGUCUGGUGUUGUGUCAGGUUCCCCCAGAGCAUGUGUGGUGUCACUCCUAGGAGGUGACCGCUGCGUAGGUAAUCGGCGUGGAGUCUCGGGGAGUGAAUGAUGUGGCUUUGCCCAGUGUCCUGGUAUGGGUUGAAGGAGUAUUGUUGGUUAGCUCCGCCUGGGUGAGGGAUUCAAGUGGCAGGCCCAGGGUCUGCAGUAAGGCCCGUGCUUCGUGCAUGUCCUGGAUGCUAUGCGUAGUCAUCCCUUGUUUCACCGUUAGUGCCCUUGGGGAUCGCCAGCGAUACUCGAUGUUGUGGGACUGGAGCACGGAGGUGAUCGGCUUGAGUGACCUACGCCAGGCCAGGGUGCCUCCAGAUAGGUCCGGGUAGAACGUCAGGUUCAUGGCCUCAAAGCGGAGGGGGGUUCUUCCCCGUAGGGCUGCAAGAAUUGUUGCUUUUUCUUUACGUUUGCGGAGAGUGAUUAUCACAUCUCUUGAGGCUGCGGCCGGAGCAUUCGCAGGUUUAGGGACUCUAAAGACCUCCUCUGGGGCAGGUAUUGUGGUUUGACUGUUUGUCAGAAUCACUGGCAGUAAGCGUCCCAUGACUUUUGGCAGAUCAGCCUCCGAUAUUUCUUCAGGGACUCCCCUGAUCUUGAUAUUAUUUUGCCGCCUGGAGUCUUCCUGCGCUGCCAUGCGACGUUCAAGUUGCUGGUUCUGCUGUUGCAGCUCCUGUAUGGAGUGCUGCAGUGCGGUUACGUCCUGGGCCUGGGCCUGUGAGGCUCCCUCCAGAGUGGAGAUGCGGCCUGUCAGGCCUUGUAUGUCCGUGCGGAGCGCUGUGACAUCCUCGUGGAUGUGUUUCUGCAGGUCCGCUAGCAGUGUUUUGAGGACUGCUGUGGUAACUGGCUGUGAGUCUGUCCCGGCUCCCUGUUGUUGUACCUUUUGCUUGGGGUUGGGAGUCGGUGUGUAGUCUUCCUCCAUGUCGUCGGAUAGUUCCUCGGAGAAAUCCGAGCAUCCGCCAUGCAGCGCCGCCAUGUUUGACUCGCAGGUGCCCCGGGCCUGACUCCACAUUUCCCCUAUCGUAAGUCCCGAUGUGGGCUUGUGUGGGCCCAUUUUUUUCCCCCUUCGGCCCAUACGUACUCAGGGUGGAUUCCGUUGGUCCUGGUGUAAGGGGGGGUUAUUUUAUGUAGUUUUGACUUCGUUUAGGGCACGGAGCUAGUCUCUCUUGCGACCGUUCUCUUCGGCGUUCAGGCUCCGCCCUUGAACCUUUCUUUUUAUGGCCAUUUUAUCUGUUUAUUUAUAUCUAUCUACAUUUUAGCUAUGCAAGGCACUAACUAUAUUAUAUUAUCGUGCCUACUAUUAAUUUCCCAAUUUUUAUAUUCAUUCUUUUUUUGUAUAUUUUUUUAUAUAUAUAUAUAUAUAUAUAUAAUUUUUUUUUUUUUUUUUUUUAUUUUUUAUUUUUUUUAUUUCCUCAUUUCUAUUUUCUCUUUAUUCUCUUUUUAGUCAUUAGUUACUUAUUUUUACACUAAUUAUCAGCUCCUGGUCAACCUCAUGAUUUAAUUUAUCUGAUAUUAGGUUUGGUGAACCUUGGACCGGUUUGUAGAGCAAUGUUUAGCAUACAAUCCCCUUCUAUUGCCAUCAAGUUUGGGAAAGAUACAUUUUUGUGGGUUUUUUUGUUUGUUUUUUUUAAAUCUAUUUUUAGGUAUUCUUAAACUUAAAUACAUGCUGUCCCAAAAUGUAAAACACCUUUUGCACCAAAGGACCCUCCCUUGUUUUCUUCCACAUCCUAAAGGAAGUGGUUAAACAUCUACAAUAAAACAUGCAGCCUUAUCAUUCACAAAACCACUGCUGUCCUUUCACCAUCUAAUUUGUUCUUUGGGUUCUUAAAGGAAAUGUAUAGCAGUGUGUAGGAUUCACAAGAUUUCUAUCAUUGGGGAAAAAAAAUGCAUGCAAACCAGUUGUUAAAGGAAAACUCUAACGUUAAAAACACAUUGCAUUCUCCGUUUUGGAGAAUGACACGGCGUAAUAUGCCAUUUGUUAUUGUUCAUCUGAGGUUGUAUUUACCUACUUUGUAAGACCUGCUAAGGAAACGAUUUUUCAAUGUUAUGUCCUAAAAUGCAAAACCAUAGCGUUCAAAGAGCGUGUAACUGGAGGAGGCAAGGGGUGAACAACCGGUGGAGAGCUGUAACUCCCAGGCACGGGAACCCCCCAGAAAACUGAGAAAUGAAACUGAGCUAUAAUUCCUACCAAUGCGAAAUUCAAGAAGAGAGAAAUUAUAUCUCCAAGCGUAGUGGUUGGAUUGCACAAUAAAUGUACACCAAUGGUGAAUACGAAGUGUGCUCUGGCACUAAUAGGAGGUAUGUGGAGCUACACCCACUCAAAACAAGCUACAAUAGAUACACAUUUAAAAAUAAUCUGAAAUACUUAAAUAACACCCAAAACACACAGUGAAAUACUAAUUAAUAUAUUCUCGUAUAAUUAGGAAUGAUGGACAUCUGAAUUGUAUCUCCUUGCCUUCAACUGAGCUCUGCAUGCAAGGACUCACAGAAAGAGGUGACGUAAGGUCACUAUGUGGCAUUUCAUUGGCUGGCAGCUAGGGUUUUUGGGUCUCAGGUCCGGACAGAACAUUCACUAAACUGACAUUGAGGCGGGGCAUGACCCCCUCUACCUUGUACACCGGAUCGGACAUCAUGUGCCCAAGAGCAUGUUUGCUGUCAAUUUCUCCUUUCAGGCACCGUUUCACAGUAGACAAAAUUGCGGAAGACAGAAAGACAGAUUGUGGAAGCAAUGGUUGACGUCCUUCCACCUGGCUUCUGAAGUGAGAGGGCACGGUAGAUAGGGGCAACUGGAGCUUCCAUAUUUUGGCAUUUCCUGGGUGACAUCUAACUUCAGACUGCAGAGGACAGUGAGGGGAGAAGGUAGUAUGGGAGAAAGUGGGAAAAUCAAGUGCUAGUAGCUAAAUGAAGGGAGAGUGUGGCUGGCGCUCCUCUUACAUGUGGCCAGGCAAACUCCACCCCAUAAAUAUUUAUUUUUAAUGUUGGGGGGUGCUUUUCUUGGUGUAUCUCCCUCACCCAUAUAAAAAAUGCCAGUAAACUAGCCUUUUAUCCAAAAUGUUGGUUGGGCAGUUGCUGUUGCUUUGAUGAGAUUGUCAGUCCAUGUGAUCUCUAGUACAGUCCAAUCUCAUAGAGACACACCGGAGACCUAUUGGACAUGUGCAGCAAUCCCUUUAAUGGAGCCAGAUAGUAGCUUGAAUUACUAGAAAUAUAAACUUCAGGCUUUUAUUUUAAACUUGAAUCAUUCAGUAGUGUCUGUGUAAUUUUUUUUUUUAUUUUUAUUUAUUUAUUUAUUUUUUUAUGUCUCAUGCAAAAGCUGUCCUGUUUUACAGGAAAUGUAUAGCUCUUCCAUUAAAGCUAGGAGAAGACCAUCACUGACUGAUUGCUGCCCUAUUGUUAGUUUAAGAGAAUUGCAAAGGCACCGUAUUUAUUUUUUUACCACUUCAUAAUGCAUUGAAAGUACAUGCUGGAGUUUUCUCUUAUUACACUUUAGUCUACAAAACAUUAUACUUACAUUUAAAUAAAUUUACAACACCCAGUUUAAUAAAUGUUGUGCCUUUUAUUUGACUUAAAAUAGAAAUGUAUAGAAUAUGUUUUGGUCUAUGGUGGUUUCUAGUUAUUUUGUUUUGAAGUGUGUCUUCUGCCUCUUCUACCUGUAGAAUAUUAAUAUACUGAGUGUUCUUAAAAUGUAUCCCUCUAUUAGAUCCAGUCACACGAAGAUAAAAAGCAGUUACCUGACCCAUUUAAUGAUAUUUCAGUUGGAGGAUGGGAAGUCACAGAUGAGCCUUUUGGCCGAUUGUCAGUCUGGACGGUUUCUUUGCAGGGGAAGGUAUGAGCAAAAUAUGCUUUUCUCGAAAAUGAUUUGCUUCCAGCCAUGGUAUACUGUGGUAACCCAAGUGCAAAGAUGUGAAUUUUAUUUAAUUUUUGUUUGUCAAUUUUUAUUUAUGGAUUUGAAAAACAAAAGAAAUAAUAUAUCUAAACGGUGAACUAGAACAAAAAAAACAAAAAAAGAGGAUCCUAGAAUAAUUAGUAGGUCCUUUGAAAAAUAUAUAUUAAAGUAAGUAAGUAUGUGUAGACCCAACGUCGUCAAGAAAGCGCAAAAGUGCGCAUACUAAUAUGGUUGUGAUCAGUUGGCAAGUCAGAAUGAGUAAGAGAGGUAAGUAACAUAGAAAAGGUGAUCUAACCCUUGUCCCUUAUGUUAGUAGUAAAAGAUAGGAACAUCAAGGUUUUGAGUUACUAAUCACUGAAAGGGAAAGGAGCGUGAACUUCCAAGUCUGCAGACAGUAGGUCUCCAGGUUUUGCAAACUGUUUCUCAUGUAACCCCAAAGAAAAUAUAGAGACAAAAAAGGCACGCAUGUUUUCUCUGGUGAUAUAUCUACUAAACCGUUAAAAUAAUUAAAAAUUAUUAACAGAGUAUUUCUUUAAUUCCUCAAGUUUAACUCGCCGUUGUACUAUGGGAGCAGUGGAACAUUUCUCGAGGGUAGGUACAAGAGUACUGGUAGUGGUCAGGAGGUGCGGAGGAUAGAUUUUUAUUUUAUAUUGAAAGAUUGGUGUAGGGGACAUUGUAGAAGUAUAUAUUAUGUUUAAAAUGUGAAGGCUACCCUAAUACUCAGUUAGAUAAUUUGUUGUUAAAAAACAGGGAUGAUGGGGCAGUCCUACCAUAUUUGUUUAAGAGUGCCAAUACCUGCGCUGCACCUCCAGGUAUCCGGUACCACAUGGAAACCUGUUUAUAAUUUGACUCCUGGUACUUUAAGCUGAUUGAACUGUGGUGGUUCACUGAGAGUACCUUAGUCCACCAAUCAUCAGAGAAUGACCUCCCCGGCACCUCUUCCCACAUAUAUAUCAGAGACCCCUCACGCAAGAAGUAUUUAAAGGGAUACUCUAAGUACCUAAACAAGGACAUUCUGGGAAAUAAUCUAUACACCAAAACCCAGGGCCAGCGCCACCGUUAGUUGAACUAGGCAUUCGCCUAAGUCGCCGGCUUGCUGGGGGCACCCACUGGGAUGUUUCCUGGUGGGCUCCCUCUGUCUCGGGCCGCAGCGCUGGAAGAGUGGCUCUUGAGCCACACCCACCGCUGGGCCAAUUCUCAGCGAAGGUGGGGGCGCCUAGAGGAUCCCUGUCACAGUAUGGCAGAGCAGGCACCUUCUUUCCUUGAUGGCAGGUGCCUGCUCUGCCAUCAAAUGCCGGUGCCCAGAGGAGAGGUGGACGGAGCAGGAAGGCGGCAAGGGAGGCUGUUCUUGCAGCAUCUCACGCCUUCCUCGCGCGCCCUCUGUAAUACCAGGAGCCGGAAUAAGACGUAAUUCCGGCCCCGGCAUGCUAAACCGCGCGCUGGAGGAGUGAGGAGCUGCCCUACACUGGACCCCAAUAGGUGAGUGUUUGACUGUGUGUAUGUUAGUCAGUGAGUAAGUAUGUAUGUCAGUGAGUGUCUGUGUGUGUGUGUGUGUGUAUAUCUGUCAGUAUGUGAGUGUAUAUCUGUCAGUGAGUGUCUGUGUGUUUGUUUGUGUGUCUGUCAGUCAGUGAGUGUAUUUAUGUCAGUGAGUGUGUGUGUGUUUGUGUGUGUAUGUCAAUGAGUGAGUGUACGUCUGUCAGUGAGUGUCUGUGUGCGUGCCUGUCUGUCAGUGAGUGAGUGUAUUUCUGUUAGUGAGUGUGUGUGUGUGUGUGUGUGUCUGUCAGUGAGUGUGUGUGUGUAUCUGCCAGUGUGUGUCCGUCAGUGAGUUAGUGACAUGAGGGGGUGGCAAAAUGGAUCUUUGCCUAGGGUGGCAGAAAUCCUUGCACCAGCCCUGCCAAAACCACUCCAUUAAAGGGACACUAUAGUUACCAGAACAACUACAGCUUAUUGAAUUUGUUCUGGUGAGUAGAAUCAUUCCCUUCACAGAAAAUGCACUGUUUACAUAAUAGCUUAGGGAUACCUCCACUGGCCAUUCCUCACAUGGUUAUAAGAGGUGCUUCAUGGAAGGUGCAGCACUGCCAUUCAGUGCUUUCACCCUCUGAAUGGAGAAAAUGCACUGAACUUUCCCCAUAGAGAUGCAUUGAUUCAGUGUAUCUCUAUGAGAAGAUGCUGAUUGGCCAGGGCGGUGUUUGACUUCUACUGGCUCUUCCCCUGAUCUGCCUCCUUGACAAUAUCAGCCCAUCCAAUACUUUCCUAUGGGAAAGCAAUGUUAUUGGCUCAGAACACAACUUCUGAUGAUGUCAGGCAAGAAGUCAGAUCAGGGACAGAGCCAGCAGCAGCAGACUGCAAUAAAGGCAAGAUUUUGCUAUAUUUAGGGGGGCUAGAUGGUGGUUUUAAAACCAUAGGGUCAUGAAUACAUUUUUUUUUUUUUUUUUUGAUUCAGUUUGCUUUUAUUGACGUUAUAUCGAUUGGCAAUACAAAGUUAUAUGCAUCAAUACAGAAGGUGACAAUAAUAGUGUACAUGUCAGUUAUUGUUCAUUCGGUAUAAAAGGUAUCUUCAAUAUUUAUAUGAAGAGAGCAAUUUUACAAUGCAAUAGCGAGCAUCUGAUUCCAUUUCUACAUUGCAACAUCUUUCAGCAUUAACAGUUUUCAAGAAGGAACCAGUCUUAGGAAAAUAGAAAGAGAACAUUUAAAAAUACAAAAUCGUUUUGAGAAAACUAUGCAACAUAACAGGAGAACGAUUAAUCUUCAUUAUAUUGUACGAAAGGAAAUAUGGAGAAAUAACAUUUCCUACUGGAGUUUGCCACACUCACAAGUUUCAGACAUGAAAGCUGUAGAGAACACUCAGAUUCAGUCAUUUUAUUAAUUAAUAUGUUUGUGUUAGGAAGCAGAUAAACUGUAAAAAGGCAAAAACAUUAGUGCUCCUGCUGUGACCGUGUCUAACCCUGCUUCCUGAAAGCAUCUCCACUAAAUAACCUAUAAAAAAAAGGUCUAGGAUCGCUUACAUUUCAGCCGCUCUCACUGGGAAUUAUUAAAGUAGCAAUCCUUUUAUCUCCUGGGUCUCCAUGGACAACUGUGUACAAGUAAAAAAUCUCAACAUGGUGUCAAAUGCAUCAGGUUAAACAAAGGGAUCAUGUUCACUAUCCAAGACCCCCCCCCCCAAAAAAAAGGCCUUUUCAAGUGAAAUCACAAAAAGAGAGACAAGUGACCAACAUCUAUUGCACUUGUUUAAGUUUCAAAGCAUGUUAGCACUUGUAAAUGCUAGUCCCUAAAAUCUCUUUACAUACUUGUAUUAUAAAGAAAUCAAACUCAAGUUCUAGAGUGUAUAUAGAACAGUUAUAUUUUGCUUUGGUACCAGUUCAAAAAAAACCAAAAAAAAAAAACAACAGUCAUCCAGAUUUACAAUAAAACCUGUGAAUCUGUAGCUCUAGCUUAUUGUGGAGAGUGUCUGAAACAGCUUGCUGAGGUUCACUUCAGAGUAUCCACUCCCUGAAAGUACGUUGUCUACUGUGCCUUUUAAUUCCUUGUACAACAUUUCAGCAUCGUGAAAGUGUUUCUUGAAGACAUAGACCGAGAGGUCUUGUUGCAGCACUGGAAACUUUCCCCCGUACUCGGGUGGAGCUCCCAGGUCUCUGUCCGUAGUCAGCCUACACCUGUUCUGUGGGACCUUUGGGGUUGCGUGUAGGUUGCUGGCUUUGUGUAAGAGAUCCUACAGUCCGAGGUUCCCGGUAUUGGGCCCACAGUUCCAUGACCGCGAGGUUCGGUGAGUGGUGUGUGGCCCAGCGUCACUCUGGGGGGUGCCCAUUGAUAUGUCUGUGGAGGAGUUUGGGCCCCCUUUACUGGAGGGCAUCGUGCCGUCCUCGGCUGCUUGGGUUGAGCCUCUCGGCUGCUGCGUAUGCAGGGGGUUUGUGGCUCGGGUCGUGAGGUGCGCCUUUUUCUGCCCCUUUUGUAAGUGGGAGUCUCCUGUGUUUCUCCAGAUUGUCUCUCCGGUUUAGGUGGUCGUUUGGGUGUUCUUGUCGGUUGUUGUGUCCAGCUUAGCACUGGCUUGCACAGUCUGUGUGCCGCAUGUCCUCGGCCUGAGGCCUUGACGGGGACUCGCGCCUUCUUGCCGCAGGUCCCGACUUGGGGGUCCUGGUCCCAGGGGUGUUCCGGUGUUCGGUUUCUACCCUGGGUGUGUGGCUGGCGGAGGAGGGGUACCUCCAGGUGAGUACCCGGCCCAGAAGAGGUCAGUGCGGUUGAGGCCGCGGCGUGGGCCAUGUGUGUGGCUGGGUUUGUCGGCUCGCUAAAGCUGUUUUUUGGUAAUGUUGCCGGCUGGAGCUUUAAAGUCUGGGUUGUGGGUGGCUGCGCCUGCUGAGUACGGGCUUCAAUCCGGUGCCAGAACGCUGCGCACACCCUGUCGAAUUUGGCAUUGAAGCUGGUCUCCCAGUCUGUUGCAGUGCAUUUCUCCGUCGUGGUGGCCAUUUUGGUUGCGGCUCCGGUAUGGGGAGACGUUAUUUACUGUUAAGGUGUACUUAGCUGUCUGUCUUCUAAUUGGUACCGGGAUGACCCCCACCGGUCCAAAAGGGGGGGGUAAGCAGGUCUGCUGCGGUAGUCUGGUAGCCCCAAGUUGGAGGAUCGGCCGCUUUCUUCCCUCGUGGGAUCUGCCAGGUAAGUAGGCCGCAGAGUCUGGUUCUGGCUUUAGAGUGCGGGGUGAGUCUCCAGUUUCGCUUGAGAGGGUUCCCGGUCGGUAGUUUAUAGUGCGUAGUCUCUUUGGUUUUGACUUUAGGGGUUAUACCUCUAUUUAAACCAUGGGUGCCUCAUUUUGUGUGAGGAGCUCAUCUCACACACGUCUGUCGGCCAUGCUGGUUAGGCCCCGCCCCCCUAGGAAUACAUUUUGUGUUCCUGGCCCUAUAGUGUUUUGUUGCUACUAUUGUCCCUCUCUCCUCUUGCAUGGAGUUUCAUAAUGCAUGUACAUUAUUAUUAUAAUUUCUUUUUACAUUUAUUUACAAAGCCCCAAUAAAUUACACAGUAUUAGAUACAUUAAGGAGAUGGCAUUUUAUGAUUUAAUUAGACUCGAUUAAUGCCUCGAUUAUUCUACUCAAAAUAUUAUAAUAUCCAAAAAUAAAUAAUAAAUAUAUAUUAAUAUAUCAUAUUGUAUAUUAAAAUAUUUUUUAAAAUGUAUGCAAAAAUAUUAAAACAUUUGAAAAUAUUAUCUAAAAAUAUUAAAUCGAAGACCUAAAUUGGUACAGUAGAUUUUGAAAGGGCCAAGUCUACAUACAACCUUGCAAUCUAACAGAUUAUCUGCUCAGUACAUAUCAUGCCAUUAUUUCAAUAAUUCGGCACGUUUGUAAGUAAUGUUACAUAGAUGCUUGCCAAGUGUUUGGUACUAAGGUAGGAUGGCAGCGUUUAUUAUUAUUAUUUUAUUAUUUAUAUAGCGCCAUCCUUUUCCGUAGCACUGUACAAUGGGUUAUAAAAUUCAAUCCAAAAAUGCAAUUGUUUCUUUCUGUUUUAUCUAAAUCAUCCACUCACAUAUUAUUACUUAUGUAUAAUAGCAUGCAUGUUGUGUAUAAGCAGUGUAUUAAUAGGCAUAGUUCUUCCUGUAAAAAUUAUAGAUAUGAUCCGCAAAACCGUCCAAAGUGUAUAAUUUUGGGAUUCUUGCAUUUACCUGUAGAGUAGACAGUACUGUUGCCACCUUGUGGUAAAAUGUGUGCUUACAGAGAAAUUUUUAGAGUCCAGUAUCAUUUCAGUAAAAUAUUAUUAUUGUGGAGAACUGAAAAGGUAAUUGCAUUGUGUUUUGUCAAAAUCUCCAAGCUUUAACAAUGGGUGAAUUGGAGAAGGUUAAGAGCUUUAUCCAAAUCUUAAUUCAUAUUUUGCAGUUAAAUCCAAAACACUUGUGACUUUAAAUUAUAAUUUUCUUUAAUAAUUUCUAUUUCUUAAGACUUUAAUUUACAAACUUCAAUGAGUUAAGGGACACUCCUCUGCUUAAAUACAAAAUAAAUGUAAAAAUCACUGUUUAGUAGAUAUACCCAAUUUAAGACAUGCAUUAAUUUAAUUAUGUAUUUUUUCAUUGGGAUUAUAUCUAAAACAGCUUGCAAAUCGUGCAUUUCUCUUUUCUACAGCCUUUGCAAACCUUCCUCUUCUAACCCUGCCCAACUUUCUUUGGCUGUUUAAUCACAGACUUCCCAAUGCAGAUCCAUGAGAAGUCUUUGCACAGCAGGUGCUCUGGGCAAGAGCCUGUCUCUUGCGUUUAGCUCCACUGAGCUAACAAAACCAGGAAGAUACACAGCCUGUAGUCUGGUUGACAGCCAGGAGGGUGUAACCAGUUUAGUUCACUGAAGUGCAAAUUUCUAUUGAAAUCAGAACUUUGUGCAAAAAGAAAAAACCUUUUACAGCAAGCUAAAGUGUUUUAAGGUCUGAAGUGUCCCUUUACUCCCAUCACACUUGAUUAUGUGUGAUUUUUAACACCAUAACUAACUGCAGCACUCAUUUCUUUCAUUUUAAUCAUGAAGCAUAUGAUUUAUUUAAAAUAACACUAUAGGGUCAGGAACAGAAACAUGACCCUACAAUGCUAAAACCACUAUCUGGCUCCCCUUGUCUCCCUAAAUAUAGUAAAAUAUGUCUUGUCUUCAAGUCUGCAUCUGCUGCCCCUGACCUGCCUGCAUUCCUGACAUCAUCAGAAGUGAUUCUGUGAGCCAAUAACAAUGCUUUACCAUUGGAUUAACUGAGCCUGACAAGGAGGCAGUCCUACAUACAAGAAUGUUUUAAUGACAAAAACUUGCCAAACGUGUUGAAAUACAUCAUCUGAACAAUGUUUCGAGGUGUGGUAACUGUAGUUUAAGUGGAAUAAUUGACUCCAGGCCGUUGAAUUAUUAGAAAAAAAUAAUGCACACCCGAGGUGUAACGGCCAAUCCGCUUUGCGUCAUGACCGCAUUACCACCUCGGGCGUCCAUUAUUUUUCUAAUAAUUCAACGGCCUGGAGUCAAUUAUUCCUUACAUAAACUGGCUUUAUAAGUUCAAUUCAUUUCUAUAGCAGUUUUUGCUACUCAUUCAGAGGGGUUCUUUCACUGGUGAAGUGGAUGAGAAAUGCAUACUGUUAAACACCACCUUUGCUCCAGUAAUGAUUUUUUUUAACUGAACAUGGCGAGCUUCAGUUAAUAGUUUUUAGUAUCUAUCACACCAGCCUCUCUUUACACUGUAAGCAUGCAGCAACAUCAGUCCUGCAGCACCUCUCUCUAUAGUUCAGUUCAUGCUGUGUUCUAUUUCUUAAAUUGUUUCCCAUGUAUCCACUUACUUGUAAUAUAUGACAAAGAGCUAUUCUAUUUUACAGUGCUGAGGAACUUCAUAGAAAUAAGCAAUAUGUUCUAUAUGAAUUGGUUUGAUUUAAUUAUGUUUUGGUAUAAAUAGACAUUAUGCUUUGUAAACCAUUUCUGCUUUAUAUUUUGUCUUUCAGGUUUGGUAUAGAGAAGAUAUUUGCCAUGACAACCCAGAGGGAUCUUCCUGGACUGAAAUUGAUACCCCAAGUGAGGUUAUACAGAUUUGCUGUGGCCCCAAUGAUCUCCUUUGGGCAUCACUCUGGGAAGGUCAAGCCAUAGUAAGGGGAGGCAUCUGCAGAAAUAACCCAAAAGGUAAACCCAUGACCCACCCUACAUCUACUGUAGUAAUGCAAUUAAGUUCUUACCCACAUAUCGCAAUAUGCUUACUUUUUUAGAUUCCAGAGUUAUUUGCUAAACCGUGAAUUAACAAGAAAAUUACAUAAUUGUAGGUUAAUAUAUAUCAGAACUUGACAAAUAGCUGUGUUGGAGAACGCUAAAGGGUUAAUACAAACACCACUUUAGUAUUUUCAAGUGAUCAAAGUGCUUUGAGUCUGUAUCUGAAACAUUUCGGAAACAAAACUGUACAUGCAGAGAAAUGUUGUUUUGCUGCCGGAGGUGUAAAACUAACCUCUAUUAUUAUUAUUAUUAUUGAUAAAGCGCCAACAAAUUCCACAGCACUGUACAAUGGGUGGCCUAACCGACACGUAAUUGUAACCAGACAAGUUGGACACACAGGAACAGAGGGGUUGAGGGCCCUGCUCAAUGAGCUUACAUGCCAGAGGAAGUGGGGUAUAGUGACACAAAAGGUAAGGGGUAAAAAAGUAGGUUGGUAGAAAAGUAUUCACUUAGGGCUUAGUGUUUUGUUUUUUUGUGUUGGCCGUUGCAGAAAGGAAUCUGGGUCUGGGGGGAGAGGUAUUAACCAUUUAAUUGAUACGCUAUUGAUACGCUUUCCUGAAGAAGGGAAUUUUCAAUGGUUUUUUGAAGGAGUGGAGACUGGGUGAAAGUCUAACAGAGAAGGGAAGGGAGUUCCACAGGAACGGUGCAGCCCUAGAGAAGUUUUGAAGGCGAUCUAUCAGCAUCAUUACCUGUCAGCAUUGUAUUUCUUUCUUUAAAUGCUGUAAUAAAGUUCCACUGAACUUAACACAGAUGAACCUAGUCUAUACUUACUCUUAUUGGACUAUUAACAGCCAGUAGGCACCUGCCCGAUAAGUGGGGAAGAUAUCAAGAACAUUCAAGGGAUCUGUGGACUGUGUACAUAAUUUGGGAACACUUUUAGAGACGUGUCUGUCCCUUUUUAAAGAUUUAUAGCUCUUGGAAGUGCCCUCAUGUCAUAUUUGCAGAACAGGUUUCCUUCACAUUUCGUAUGAUGCGAUCAAAGUAAUCUGAAGUGUUCUUUUCUGUCCCCAUUUUGUAGGUAAUCACCUUACUGAUUUUAUUUUUUAAUAUAUAUUUAACAUGGGUAUUGUGUGGAUGACUAUGGUAUCAAGUGAUUACGGCAAGUUAUGUGUGUUUUAACGGUUUCAUCUGGCAGGAGUUUCCUGGAAUACUGUGGAGGCACCAACUCCCGAGGAUGGCAUUAUGCACGUUUCCGUCGGUGUAAAUGUUGUGUGGGCAGUAACCAAGGAGCGAAAAGUAAGAAUUCAGACUUUAAUAAUUAGCUUUGGAAAAAAUGUCUAGACUUGAUAAAGGAUGAAUCUCCAAAAUUCUGUUAAUUUAGUAUAAAUGUCUGUGUAACUGGACUAAAUUUGACUACUAUUUCUACAUAUAUAGUCAUUAGAGAAUUCUGGGAAAAUAAUGUCAUCAAGGGGUUCUGAAGCCAUGACACAGAAUACGCGUCCACUAAAUAUCUUUAAUCUUACGUGAUAUUUUUAGGUACGGGUUAGCAGUGUAGAAUUAAUGAUUACUGUAGAGAAUUAGUUUCCUUAAUACACUCUCAGUUAGGCUUGGGAAAUAUGUCAGGUGUGUUUUAUCAUUACGAUGUGGAGCUUUUUUGUGCUUUUUAAAGGAACACAUAGUCAGUAGAAAAGUGAUAUGUAUGUAUUAAUAAUUGUUGAAACCCACACCCUCAUAGACGCAUGUAGAUUAUGUACAUUAUUUUGUUUUUUCACCACAUUUGAUUGAAAGCUAACUGUAUUCAUCUGGAAUACGUUCCAUAAAAAAAUACUUGUUUCAUAAAUCAUUGUAGAUUGACAUAUUGUGCUGUGAGUUCUUUAUAGACUUUAUGUUUUAAAUUUUUUAUGUUCAAUGUCUCCUACCAUUUGUGAUCUUUUCAAGCUAAUUCUUAUUAACAGAGUGCCGAUUACUGGUCUUACAACUAGUUAUGAUAUUGAUAGAAAGUAGGAAAAUAUAGAAAAGAAAUUGGCUGUGAGAACGUUGAUAAACAUUGAGUUGCCCUGUGCAUGGUAAAAUAAAGCAACAAUUUUAUCUUUUUCUGGGAGCUCAUUAAGCAAAGGUAGGAGCCUUGUGUCAAUAAUGUUUCAAUGUUAAAAUAACACAAUCCUGACUCAUUUUACGGUUUCUUACCAGAUAUGGUUUAGAAGAGGGGUGAACUCUCACAACCCAUGUGGCACAAGCUGGAUUGAGAUGGUGGGAGAAAUGGCCAUGCUAUCUGUGGGAUUAAAUGACCAGGUAAAAAAAUUUUUUUUGUUUUGUUUUGUUAUUUAUGAAGCAACAGACAGAUCGGUAUCACUGGAUACUUUUAUUGGAUGACAAAACAUUUCACUAUAAAUGCAUUAGCUCAGCCAUUGAGGGACCAGUGUGAGCUGAGUUGCUGUCAUGACUCGGACCCACAGCCAAUCCCUAUCGCCUUAUGUGCCUUAGUACAAGGAUGUAAUAUUAACUGUUAACAGUUCGGCUCCUGGUGAUCUCUCAAGUUGCUGCUAUUUUCCAAUCAGAGGUUUUGUGAAAAGUAAGUUCUGUGGCUAAGGGGGCAUAUCUUAGGGGCAGAAUUAUGUUCUAGAACUCGGCAAAACAUUAUUUUUAAUUUUUUAGCAAAACAAGAACUCUGUACGAGGAGAAAAUAAAGAAUGAACGAGAGGCCAAAAGUGUAUUCAGCAUGGCUACAUGAUUGUAAUUCCACCCCCCUCUUUCUAAUUAUUUUCAAUGAUCUAAAGUAAUUGCUUUAUUCUUGCUUUUUCCACUUCCUUUAAUAAGGACACUGUGUGAAAUUAAAAUGCCUGAGACUCAGGACUCCUUUCUCUUCAGAGCAGGGAGUGUGACAUUAACUUAAUUCUUUAAAUAUAACAGGGCAACACGUUUGCUCAUUUCAUGAGAAUGGGAAAGCACAAAGCGAUGACCCUGGGGUUUGACACUUCAUGUGCUUGUUUACGUUUCUAUCAUAGCUUAAGCUUGCACACCGAAGUCAGUGCCAAAUGCCCUCACACCAUUUACACAUAACUUGGACUUUAACAAUGCUAUCCAUCCAAACAUCCUAAGAGUUUGUAACGCAGUAGUCAAUAUUUGCAACAGAUCUGCAAACAGAUAGGAUUAAGGGAUUUCAAGAUUUACUAAUGUCCUGACACAGAUCUGACUUAUAUAGAUACGCCCAAAUUCACAAUUUUUUUGUAAUUCUUUAAAAGAGAAUUGUUGUUUGUUGAGUUUUGGAAAUCAGGUAGCUUAUUAAAAGUUAGUUAUGAUUUCUGAAUUAUUCUAUUUUUUUAUUUUUUAUUAUUGAACGCCUAACUGUUCUGGCACAGCCAGAGCAUAUCAUGUAAAAGAAUCAAAUCCCGGUGAUACCAUAUGUCCGGGCCUCAUGAGGAUGUGUACACAUGUACAGGACUUUGGAGGAAGUGCCAGAGCACAGCAUUUCUCAGAAGAUGUCUAGACGUCAUUGAGGGAUGGUGUUGCCUUGGCUACAGGAGAAGUGCUACGGAGAUAAGGAUGUUUUAUACUUGCCUCCUCUGUACUUCUCAAUCUAGUAAACACUUCAAUAGAUGUGGAAUGUGCAACGGUCAUCUUUAGAGAGAUGGUUGUUCUUUUGUAAGCCCUAAACAUAAUAUUUUACUAGACUUGACAACUCUUCAAUUAUAAUGGGAGAAAAUGAACAAAAAUAUGUUUUGCUGCAGCCAAAAAAGAUGAUGUUCUUAUUCAAGGCUCUAUGGGAGGUAGAAUUGGGGAAAUCGGUCUAUAUAGAAUUCCCUGUGAUAUUAAUUUUAGAUUUCUUUCCAAAGCUCUGCGAUUUGUGGAUGAAAGUUUCACUUUAAUACAGUUAUUAUGUGAAGAAGUUCUGGGGAGUUGGAUGGCUUGCAUAAUGUAUUUCUAUAUUCUAUUACUUUACCGGUUUUGUAAUGUUUGUAUUGACAAAAUGUUAUAAAGAUAAAACAAAAAUGGUUGCUGUUGUUUACAACAGUUGGUUGAAUGUUAUACUCCAUACUAAAAGGGAUACUAUAUGCAUAAAAACAACUUUAGCUUAAUUUAGCAGUUUUGGUGUAUAGAUCACACCACUGCAGUCUCACUGCUCAAUUCUCUACCAUUUACAGGGAGUGCAGAAUUAUUAGGCAAGUUGUAUUUUUGAGGAUUAAUUUUAUUAUUGAACAACAACCAUGUUCUCAAUGAACCCAAAAAACUCAUUAAUAUCAAAGCUGAAUAUUUUUGGAAGUAGUUUUUAGUUUGUUUUUAGUUUUAGCUAUGUUAGGGGGAUAUCUGUGUGUGCAGGUGACUAUUACUGUGCAUAAUUAUUAGGCAACUUAACAAAAAACAAAUAUAUACCCAUUUCAAUUAUUUAUUAUUACCAGUGAAACCAAUAUAACAUCUCAGCAUUCACAAAUAUACAUUUCUGACAUUCAAAAACAAAACAAAAACAAAUCAGUGACCAAUAUAGCCACCUUUCUUUGCAAGGACACUCAAAAGCCUGCCAUCCAUGAAUUCUGUCAGUGUUUUGAUCUGUUCACCAUCAACAUUGCGUGCAGCAGCAACCACAGCCUCCCAGACACUGUUCAGAGAGGUGUACUGUUUUCCCUCCUUGUAAAUCUCACAUUUGAUGAUGGACCACAGGUUCUCAAUGGGGUUCAGAUCAGGUGAACAAGGAGGCCAUGUCAUUAGAUUUUCUUCUUUUAUACCCUUUCUUGCCAGCCACGCUGUGGAGUACUUGGACGCGUGUGAUGGAGCAUUGUCCUGCAUGAAAAUCAUGUUUUUCUUGAAGGAUGCAGACUUCUUCCUGUACCACUGCUUGAAGAAGGUGUCUUCCAGGAACUGGCAGUAGGACUGGGAGUUGAGCUUGACUCCAUCCUCAACCCGAAAAGGCCCCACAAGCUCAUCUUUGAUGAUACCAGCCCAAACCAGUACUCCACCUCCACCUUGCUGGCGUCUGAGUCGGACUGGAGCUCUCUGCCCUUUACCAAUCCAGCCACGGGCCCAUCCAUCUGGCCCAUCAAGACUCACUUUCAUUUCAUCAGUCCAUAAAACCUUAGAAAAAUCAGUCUUGAGAUAUUUCUUGGCCCAGUCUUGACGUUUCAGCUUGUGUGUCUUGUUCAGUGGUAGUCGUCUUUCAGCCUUGCUUUCCUUGGCCAUGUCUCUGAGUAUUGCACACCUUGUGCUUUUGGGCACUCCAGUGAUGUUGCAGCUCUGAAAUAUGGCCAAACUGGUGGCAAGUGGCAUCGUGGCAGCUGCACGCUUGACUUUUCUCAGUUCAUGGGCAGUUAUUUUGCGCCUUGGUUUUUCCACACGCUUCUUGCGACCCUGUUGACUAUUUUGAAUGAAACGCUUGAUUGUUCGAUGAUCACGCUUCAGAAGCUUUGCAAUUUUAAGAGUGCUGCAUCCCUCUGCAAGAUAUCUCACUAUUUUUGACUUUUCUGAGCCUGUCAAGUCCUUCUUUUGACCCAUUUUGCCAAAGGAAAGGAAGUUGCCUAAUAAUUAUGCACACCUGAUAUAGGGUGUUGAUGUCAUUAGACCACACCCCUUCUCAUUACAGAGAUGCACAUCACCUAAUAUGCUUAAUUGGUAGUAGGCUUUCGAGCCUAUACAGCUUGGAGUAAGACAACAUGCAUAAAGAGGAUGAUGUGGUCAAAAUACUAAUUUGCCUAAUAAUUCUGCACUCCCUGUAGAAGUUAAAUCACUUUUGUUUUGGUUUAUGCAGCUCUAGUCACACCUCCCCAGGCUGUGACUUACACAGCCAACAUGAAAGAAAUGGUUUCAUUUACAAUCAGAUGUUACCUUGCUUUAGAAGUUUCUCUCUUUCUCUGUAAAUAGAAAUGAAAUGAAAAUUGUUUUGGUACCUAUAGUGUCCCUUUAAAUGUAAUACUACUAAAUAAAAAAUAAUGCAUAACUUUAAUUUUUUGAGUCUAAUAUAACUGUACUUUUAGUAACAGCAUAUCAUUAGGAGUGCAAAUGUGUAUUUCCAAAAAUAGAGUGCAUUAGUCACCUUUAGUUCAUUGGCCUCUGCCUGCAGACAGAGAAAAAAUAUUUUACGUACCGUUUCUCCCUCACAUCAUCGGUCUGUGGAGUUCUGCUCCUCCUCGUUGGUUGACUUUAUUGAGAUCAAUGUUCUCAGACAAUUCAGUGCUUUCCCAUAGGAAAGCUGUGGGAGACUAUUGCACAUGCGCGGCAAAACACUGUGCCAAUCAGAUGGUCUCUCUGAGAUCUUCUGAUUUAAAUAGGGUUAUUUUACUCCGCUAUUUUGCGGACACUCCUCUAGUUGCUUUUAUACUGACAGCACCUAGAGGCAGGUUAACACAGAAAUGAAAACAUUACCAUUCCUGCAGAACGGCAAUGUUUUCAGCUGGAGGGUUAAAAUGAGGGGACAUGGCACCAAAACCACUUCAUUGAAACGAAGUGGUCUGGAUGCCUAUAGAGUCCCUUUUGAAGAAGCAAACUGUUUUCCCUUAUAUAUUACUUUAUAUUUAGCUAAAAAACAUAAAUAGUAUCCAUGAGUGCAUUGGGCAUGAUUUUUUUUAUAUCCUCUGUAUUUUGGCCUGUGCAGGUCUGGGGUAUAGGAUAUGAGGACCGAGCAGUUUAUUUUCGUCAGGGUGUGACCCCAAAUGAACUUAGUGGAAAAACAUGGAAAGCAAUUGUGGUACCCAUAAAAAAUGAAAGGUCAAACUCUGGAAGCGCUUCCAGUCUUCUCAGGUAAUUAUGAACUUUGUUAUCAAUCACAUUAACCAGAGGGCUACACAAGGCAAAGUGUAUGUAAGUAAGCAAAAAUCAAAAAUCGUAACCACUUGUCCUUCGGUUAGUCCCCACGCAGAUCUCAAACAAGUUUUUGCUAACAUAUGUAAAGCCUCUUUAAUAUCACACUGAUCCCAUCCACAAGGGCGAUUUAGACGUGAAAUGCUGUUAAGUACCCCCUGCAUUAGAGAUACAGCAACCCCAGAUAAUCAUUUCAGUCAUUGUCUUGGAAAUAAAGUAUUUUGUGCAUCACAUCAAUUUAAAAGUGAAAUAAAUUGGUGAAGCUAAGUAUUAGAUUUCAAGAUGAGCUAAUUUUUAAAGAAGAGCCAAGACUGGAUAAUUAUUAGGCCCCCCUCCAUGGAAUUAUAAACGUAAUUUAACAAAUCGGAUUACUAUUACAUAGUUAUUUAUGACUGGAAGGGAAAGUAUUUGAGCAUCAAAUUUGAUCUUUUACAAAUCUGUUUCUGCUGCUAAUUUAAUAAAGGCAAAAAAAAGAAAUGAUUCCAUGUAAAGGUCCCCAGAGAUCCCAGUUGGACUUCAGGACUUCAGGGUCUCCUGAUAGCAGUGAGUAAGCAUAUCCUAGAGGGGGUAUUCAGUCUGACCACAGGUGCUCCAUUACAGUAAAUAUAUACUUUUCUUUGCUGAAGACUGAAUUUCUUUGAGUAUAAUUGAACGGUCUCUUGUCCUUUGAGAAGUACAGUUAACGAAAAGGUUACGCGGGCUGAAAAGAACAAAAAUUGAAUGAUAGUUGUACACCCAAUAUACAGUAGAUCUUCUAAAAUAACGUUAUUCAACUAUACAUUCAUUAGACAUUAAUCCCGGGCCUAGAAACAUGUAAAAGUGUAUUUACAAGUCAGGCUAGGGUAGCUACUUGUAUUGAACAAUAUAAUGUUUCACCUCCUGGUAGUAUACUAAGAUGACAAUAUAUCCUUAUAGCUUAUGCUUCAGAACAAUGAAUUGCUGUAUCAAUGCAGGUCAUGUCUCCUAGUAAUUGACAGAAAUACUAAGAUGGGGAGUUCAUCCCCCAUGCUGUCCUCACAGCUUGCAUAUAGGGUGCAAGGCCAGAAAGCUCUUUAUAUAUGUGCACAAUGUUACAAUAUUCCCUUUGAGACACUUUUUAUAAAAUAAAAUAAAAAAAAUUCUAUAAAAUAAUGUUUAGAGCAGAGGUGGACAAAAGACAGAUCCCCAGAUUUUUAGAGCUGCAAAUUACCAUAAUGCUUUGCCACUCUAAGAGCUGGCAAAACGUCAAAGCCAGCUCCUAGAUAGAACAUCUGUGAGUUUAUCCCAGAGCUUCAAAGUCCUGAAACUAGUAACAGUCACAGUAACUUGUUGGUGAAGUGUAGAAGUGCGUUGCAGAGCUCAGUUGAAAUCUAAAUAUAAUAUUGACUUUUUUAUUUCUUUGUAUUUUAGUGCAGGUUGUUUUUUUGGUGAUGAAGUGAAGGAACAAUCCGAUUCACCAUUCCAUUCUGACAUAGACAGUUCAUCAGAGUCUGAACAUCCAUUCAUGAGAGAUGUCUCCAGUGCGUCUUCGUCAGUAAACGUUCUAGUGGGCGAGAACUCAGAGACUGAGACUGACAAACCAAAUGUAACACUGGACCUCCCAGAACAAGCCAUCCCCGACCCUGGGCAGGCUUCUUAUGAUCCAAAAACAUCCUCCAUAAACACACAGAAAAAAGGACCACAUUGGAGUAGUAUCGACUUGGUAGAGGCUGUUAAUCCAUUUCAAGCAUCUGAUGAAAUGCCACACCUCCCGCUACUUGGCCGUUUCACUGAAGGAGCAGAAGAAAUAUUUGGGAGCGAUGCAUAUGCUUUGUGGUCCUGGGUGUCUGGCAAUGGCUGUCUUGUUGACUCAUUUAGCCCCCUGAAAUGGUUCACUCGACAGACAGGUAUAUUUUAACAAAAAAAAUGUGAAGCCUUUAUUGAACGCAAUUAACAUAGCGAGAAUCAUAUUUUUGAGUUUAAAGGGACUCUCCAAAAAAUGCAGUGCGUGUAUGUACACAGUCAACUCGAACUGCCUUGGACUAGCUCUGUAUCUGUUUAAGCAGCGUUUUUAUUAAUAUUUAUCUGCUAAAUGGGACUGCUCCCAGAGCUGAGUUACCUUGUGAUCCACUCCUGGGCAUGAUAAUUAGAAAACCAAGAUUGUCUGAGAGAUUACACCCUUUUCCUACUUUGGGCACAGCUCCUGUGGAUUUGCAGCAGGCACAGACACUUUGAAGUCAAGUAUUUAUUUGAUAGACAUAUAAUGCAUUAAAAAUCUUGGUCAGCUCCAGCUUGGAGGAUUACUUUAAGUGGGCUCAUAUGUGUUUUCUGAACAGUAUAUGCUUUUAGAUGUAAAAUUUAAAAGGGAAUUACACUGAUCAUCCAUAACAUUAAAACCAUCACCUGCUGAAGUGAAUAAGAUUGAUUAUAUCAUUACAGUGGCACUUGUCAAUGGGUUGAAUAUAUUGGGCAGCAAGUGUACCUGCAGACUUGCCAGAGUACCCAUUAUGACCCCUGUCCACCAAUAAAAAAGCUUUCAAUUUGGACAUGAACAUUAGAACAGGACCAUGGAGUAAUGGAAGAAGGUGGCCUGGUCUGAUGAAUUACGUUUUCUUUUAGAUCAGGUGGAUGGCCAGGUGCAUGUGCGUUGUUUACCUCGGGAAGUGAUGGCAGAAGGAUGCACUAUUUUAAGAAGGCAGGCUGGCGGAGGCAGUGUUAUGCUCUGGCAAUGUUUUGCUGGGAAACCUUGGGUCCUGGCAUUAAUGUGGUGGUUACAUACCACCUACCUAGAGAUUGCUGAAGGUUACGUACACCACCCUAUGGCAAUGGUGUUCCCUGGCAGGGGCCUCUUUCAGCAGGAUAAUGCACACUGCAAAAAGUGUUCAGGAAUGGUUUGAGAAACAUGACAAAGAGUUUAAGGUGUUGCCUUGGCCUCUGAAUUGUCCAGAUCUUAAUCCAAUUGAGCAUCUGUGGGAUGUGCUAGUACGGCAAAUCUGAGGCUCCACCUCACAACUUGCAGGAACUGCUGCUUAUAUCUUGGUGCCAGAUACCAAAGGACAAAUUUAAAGGUCUUGUGGACAGGGCCAUCUUUAAUGUGGGGCAAAAGUGGUAGUUGCCAUACAAUUACUCAAAACUUUCACCAAUGGGAAUACAGAACAGGUCACAGAGAAAGAACUACAAUGCAACAAAGUGAUUCCUUACACUAGUUACCACCUCCCUCUGUGCCAACACACCCUGACAAUAAAAGGUUAUCUCGGUUGGACCCCCUGUCCCUUCAGAGCAAUCUCUGGUUAUAUCAACACAGCCCUUUGCUGUAGUAGAUAGACUUGUUGGCUCCCACAGCAGGUGGUCACACACCAGUGCAGUAUUUAACUUGAUUAACACACAGAAUACAUUUCACACCUAACUAUAGUUUAUAGAGCUGCUGCCCCCACCUCCCCCUGCUUGUCUAGUCCAUGCCUCAACACAUCAGAGCAUUUUUGGCACUAUUAGGGGGACUUGCAUGAUAUUAGGCAGGUGGUUUUAAUGUUGUGGCUACUCAGUAUAUAUUGCAUUGUAAAUAUUGUAAGUUAGUUUCAGCAGAACACAUCUAAACAGCAUAUAUUCUACCAAAGUAAUUUGGUAGCCUUAAAUUAACCUCCUGACUAUAUCGAAAGACCCUACCAGUGGUUCUUGCCGAAGUGCCCAUUUUUGUUACAAACUCUCUAUAGACGUGUGUUCAUGAUAAGUCUUUUUUUUCUCACUUUUCUGCUCUUCCUGUAGGUUUGCUAGCAUCAAUGCAAUCAAUGUCUUUAUCCAUUACUCCGGCUCACACAGCAGUCUGGCGGAAACAGAUAUAUGAACAACUCAGCGAACGCUCCAGACGUGAGCUUGAAAGCUUCCGGCACUAUGAACAAGCUGUAGAGCAGGUACGAGGAAAAAUUAUGUCCAGAUUUUUUCUUAAAAAUGUUACCAAAGUUGUAAGUGCACAUUAAACAUUUGGAAUUUCAUGCAAGGUAUUUGAGUUAAAUCUGCAUUAUCGCCAUUGUUUCUGGUUGUUUACAGUCUAAAAGAAAAAACAUAAUGUCUAACAACUAGUAAUUAGAAGCUGCUAAAACUUUUAAUGCUUCAAUUUAAUAAAGCCUGCUUUUUUAGGAGUACGUUUUGAAGUUGACAGUGUGUGUCAGUUCUGCUUUAACAAAAGAUUGAUAUAACAUGAUUGGGACACAGUAAUUCAGUUGCAAAAUUGUGACAUUCAUUUAAACAACACAAAAUCUGUUACUUGUUGGUCACAACAAAUCUUUCUUAGUUUAUUUUAUUCCUUAAAGGAACAGCCUGCAAUAGUGUUUAUGGUACCAAGAGUGCCCUGGCACCAUUACUCGGUAAGUAGUCAAACUGUUUUACUUUCUGGUCCACAGCCAUAGCUUUCACUCUUCUCUUUUAGGAGAAUCUAUCCAUCAAUCAUCCAUGCAGGACUGAGUUCAUUGGUUCGGAGUGCCAGCUAAGCUCUCUCAGCCAAUGAGCGGAUCGGCCAGACUUAACUAUGCAGUGACCGGAUGCGGAGAGGGAGAGCAGGACCAUUCUAAAACUGUUUGACUGCUUUCCAUGGGAUGGUACGAGGGCACUUCUGCCACCAUAACCACUACAGUGGACUACAGUUGUUAUGGUAUAUUGGGGGUGAAGUCCAACACCAAUUUACUAAGUGGAGUGCUAAAAAUGUAUUCUAGUUUGAGUAUUAAUUGGUAGCAUCAUCAACAUAGGGGGGAAAAAGAGGGGGGAAAAAAAACUAAUUGUGUAGUAUAAAACCACAAUUAAGUUGUAUAUAUAAAAAUAGACACACUCACAAAAAUAGAGCCACAAUGAAACUGGCACAGAUCACAUGCAUCUUGGUGUAUUAUGGUCACACAUUACGUCUUCUUUUUAUAUAUUCCUCUUGGAAAACUAAAAACUAAAACACAUAUAGAAUUCCCUAGUGUAAUAUGUACAUAAAAUAUUGUAGAAUAAGUGAGAUGAAACCUGCUCAGCAUAGAAAGAGCCAAUUGGACCUGGCUCUUGGAUAAAAGGCUGUUAACCAACUAAAGGGGAGGUAAUCCUUCUUUAUGAGGUAAAUGGAAGCACCACUCGCCCGUACGACUUGAAAAAUCCAGUAAGAUGAAUUUAUUAAAGGAACACUAUAGUCACCCAAAUUACUUUAGCUAAAUAAAGCAGUUUUAGUGUAUAGAUCAUUCUCCUGCAAUUUCUCUGCUCAAUUCACUGUCAUUUAGGAGUUAAUCACUUUGUUUCUGUUUGUGCAGCCCUAGCCACACCUCCCCUGGCUAUGAUUGACAGAGCCUGCAUGAAAAAAAAAAACUGGUUUCACUUUCAAACAUAUGUAAUUUACCUUAAAUAAUUGUAUCUCAAUCUCUAAAUUGAACUUUAAUCACAUACAGGAGGCUCUUGCAGGGUCUAGCAAGCUAUUAACAUAGCAGGGGAUAAGAAAAUCUUAAUUAAACAGAACUUGCAAUAAAGAAAGCCUAAAUAGGGCUCUCUUUACAGGAAGUGUUUAUGGAAGGCUGUGCAAGUCACAUGCAGGGAGGUGUGACUAGGGUUCAUAAACAAAGGGAUUUAACUCCUAAAUGGCAGAGGACUGAGCAGUGAGGCUGCAGGGGCAUGUUCUAUACACCAAAACUGCUUCAUUAAGCUAAAGUUGUUCAGGUGACUAUAGUGUCCCUUUAAUGCCAAAUAAAACAAAACAAAAAGUAAAUACUUAAAAAAUGUCCUUAGUCGCAUGACAAUCUGCUCCAAGACGCGUUUUGCCCUGUCCAUGGGCUUUUUCAAUCGGAGUUAUUGUUCCUCGUUCCAUUUCCUCUUUUAAAUCCAGUUCGCUCUUAUAAUUGUUUCCACCGUCCAUGCUACAGCCAGUCACGCCAGUGUUCCUUCUGAAGCUCACCAAGUCAGUGCAGAGUAGUUCAGUCGUUUCCUUUCAUCAGGUGGCCAUUUUCCAUAAGGGAAUCCACCCAUCUUACCCUUACAUGGGUUAAGUUCAAUUGUCGCCUCCAUAGGAUACCGAAAGUUCUUUUGCCGCCAUGUUAUGUGAGGGAGAAAACUGAGAAUUUGCGCUGACAAGCAGUAUGCAUUCUCUGUGUAUAUGUUGAAAGACACAAUUAAAUAGACAAAAAUCAGUAUUUUGAAUUUUGGAUUAUCAUAAAUAGAGGAAAAGAGUGAUCAUCUGAGCUCUAUAUACAACUGAACAUAUAUAAAAUUGAUAAAUUACAUCAUCUUAAAUAAGAUUUAAAAAAAUUACACUAUAGAUCUUAAAGAGCUCUGAUUCUUCACCAUCUCCUUGCAACAUCAAUAUACAAAAAUUAAAAGAAGGGGGAUCAAGAAAUGUCCAUACAGAAUAAAAUGAAGAAAUAUACUUCAUUAACAAAGGAAUUAAAAAUAUUUAUAAAAUUCAUAAAAAGUGAAAAACCUCAAAAUCACUAAGACCAUAAGUUAAAAGAGAGUUUAAAUUAAAAAAAUCCACCUUAUUUCCGCUUUGACCAUUGCAUUAAAGGACCACUCUAGGCACCCAGACCACUUCAGCUUAAUGAAGUGGUCUGGGUGCCAGGUCCUUCUAGUGUUAACCCAUUUUUUUUUUUUUAUAAACAUAGCAGUUUCAGAGAAACUGCUAUGUUUAUCAAUGGGUUAAGCCUUCCCCCAAAGCCUCUAGCGGCUGUCUCAUUGACAGCCGUUAGAGGCGCUUUGCUUCUCACUGUGAUUUUCACAGUGAGAGCACGCCAGUCCAUAGGAAAGCAUUGUAAAUGCUUUCCUAUGUGACGCUGAAUGCACGCUGCAAUGCGCAUUCAGCCCAGGAGGGGAGGAGGAGGAGGAGAGCUUCCCGCCCAGCGCUGGAAAAAGGUAAGUUUUACCCCUUUCCCCCUUCCAGAGCCGGGCGGGAGGGGGACCCUGAGGGUGGGGGCACCCUCAGGGCACUAUAGUGCCAGGAAAACGAGUAUGUUUUCCUGGCACUAUAGUGGUCCUUUAAUUAGAUCCUCUCCUCUCCAAUUAAUUUCUAUUUUUUUGUAUACCUUGGAAUGUGAGUUGACUUGGAUUUUAUUAUGUUUUACAUUAAAGUGUUGUGACAGACUAUUUUUCUCGAACCCGUUUCAAGACGUGAUCAUGUAAAUCACCUUUUUUGUUUAACACGUGAUUAAUUGUUUGAUGGGAAAGGUCUCUUUAUCAUCUCGUGGGUGUUUAAAUUCCUUAAUAUAUCUCUUUUUAUUUUUGGUAUUCGUACAUGCACUGCAUGUGCCACAUCCAUAGAAUCCCGCUUUUCCCCCAAAUAAACUCUCCAUAGAUGAUGUUAGGUUUGUCUGGGAGUAUGGAAUUUAAAAUUUGGUCCCUCUUUAAAAUGGGCCAAUAUCUGUUAAAAAUCUUCCUUAUGUCAUGACCUCUACAGUUAAAAUCGCAAUGCUAAAAUAAAGUUGAUUAUCCUUUAUUUGAUAAUGUCGUUGUUUAGGGACAAAUAAUUGAUCUCUGUCUUUUAGAGUGGCUUCAUUAUAUGCUUUCUGUAAUAGUCUUUCUUUCUAACCUUUCUCUCUAAAAUCCUUUAAAAAAAAUUUGUGACUGUUGCUGAACCAUUUUGUCCUCUGUACAAUUACGUUUUAUUCUCAGUAAUUGGGAUUUGGGUACUUUCAAUAGCCAUGGGGAAAAGUGUCAACUCCCCUCUUCCACAUAGCUAUUGACAUCAACUAGCUAGUUUUUUUCAAUCUUUCUUCCAUAUAAUAUUAAGGUCCAGAAAAUUAAUGUUGGUCCUGCUGAAUUCACUAGUUAAAAUUAUUCCCCAGUCAUUAUUGUUUAAAAAUUGCACAAGGGAAGAUUCAUUUCCUCUCCAGAUAAAAAAAUACAUCAUCCAUGUAACGGCGAUAGAGCACCAGGUUUGCAUCCCAUUCACGCCUAUCAUGGAUAAAAUUCUGUUCCCAUAAAGACAUGAAUAAAUCUGCAUAACUAGAAGCGAACCUGGUGCCCAUCGCUGUACCACACGUCUGGAGAUAAGUCAUUCUCAAACCAGAAAUAGUUGUUGGUAAGAAUCCAAUUGAUCCCCUCUAGAAUAAAAUUGAUUUGAGGUUGUGAUAUUAAUAUUAUAUUAUGUUAUUAUUUAUAUAGCGCCAUCAAAUUCUACAGCGCUUUACAAUGGGUGGUUGAACGGAUAUGUAGUUGUAACCAGACAAGCUGGACACACAGGAACAGAGGGGUUGAUGGCCCUGCUCAAUGAGCUUACAUGCUAGAGGGAGUGGGGUGAUGAUGGUAUAUGGCGAGCUUACAUCCGCUGUCACAAGAUAUAGAUCUUCUUCCUAUGGUUGAUCUUUCAAUAAAGUCAAAGACUCAGAGUCCCUUGAAUGACUUGGGCAUCUUUGUACAGUGGACUGCAAGCAUCGAUCAUAUACUGGGAAAGUGUGCUGGAAAUAGACCCUAUCCCUGAGACUAUUGGGCGGCCCGUGGGUCUUUCUUUAUUUUUUUGGAACUUUGGAAGAUAGUAAAACACCGGAAUUCUAAGAUUUAAAAAAUGUAAUUUUUUUUAAUUUAAAAUUCCCUAUGAUUCCUGUCUAGAUUAAUUCUGUGUAGCUUUUCUUCAUUUCUGUAAUAGGGUCUUUUGGUAAUAUCUUAUAUGUAUUCCUAUCCCCUAAUAGUCUCAAAUACUCUUCUAUAUAGUCCUUCUUCUUUAAUACUACAAUCCCCCCUUAUCUGCGGUCUUAAUGACUAAAGUGUAAUUUUUAAAAAAAAAAUCUUUUAGAGCUAUUCUUUUCUCGUGGUUUAAAUUAUAUUCCUGUUUUUUAUUUUUUGCAAAUCAAGCAUAACCAUUUUCUCAAAUGUAAUUUCCUCUGAAACUUCUCCUAUUGGAAAAAAAUUAGAGGGGUCUUUCAGAUCUGUGUGUUUAAAUUCAGUGCAUUCUCUAUGGGGAUUUAACUCAUUGGUAUCAUGUUUGCUGAAGUAUUUCUUUAGACACAUAUGUUGUUUACCUUUAUUUAAGUCCACAUAGAAAUUUAAUUUGUCAUGUGACUUUGUUGGGGCACAUUUUAGGACUCUUUUUUAACAGUGUUUGUGGUUUUGUCAAAAUUCUAUUUGUUGAGUUGAAAUUGUCACUCUGUUUUGUUGCCUGUCGUCCCUCCUUUCUUUUCUGUAUAUUAUUUCCUCCUCUACUUCCCCUACUUCUAUGCUCCUCCAUCUCUUCCCUGGGGAUUUGUACAUAUGUCCUGUCUUUUUAUUUUCCCCUGGUUUGUGUCUCCCAAGAAUCCUCAUCCUUAGGGGAUCUGUUUAAGGUUUCAAACCUAUUACUCGUGGGCAAUUCACUUUUUCUUCUUGAUUUGUCACCAUCUCUAUUAUGAUUCCAAUAUUUUUCCCCUCCGCUUAAGAAAUUGGUGGUGGACUUGGCCCCCAAUAUAACUAUAUUUCUUUCUGAUCUAUAUGGUUGGAUUAGGAGAGAUUUCCACAACAGUGUGGUAGCUGCUGUUAAUAUCACAUUUCUGUUAUUGACUUAAGCACCUUAAUAUAUAUUUUAUGCAGAUGUUAUGGUGCUUGGAUUGCUCCUGUAAGUUUACUAUAGGCUGGCAAUCCACAUAUUGAAAAAUAAAAAAGAAUAACCGUAAAAGGAAAUCAUGACUUAUGUAUGCUGGUGCAGUUGUUUCUAGAACAAUUUGGUAUCUCCUUAAUUGAUGUUAACCUGUGUCUUCUUCUACUUUACCUUUGCAGUCUGUAUGGGUUAAAACAGGAACCUUGCAAUGGUGGAGGGACUGGAAGCCACACAAGUGGAUUGAUGUCCGUGUGGCGCUUGAACAGUGUACCGGGACUGAUGGUUCCACGGACAGCAUACUCUUUAUUUACUACACACACUACGAAGAGAAGAAGGUACAAUAUGAUAAGGAGUAUUAUAAAUGCAUGCUAACAGGGGAUGUAUGCAUCUCUUCACUUUUGUAACCGGGGUAAGUCUGUAAAAUUCUGAAAGUAAACCAGGCAACAUAGCAUAGUAAGAGGAGGGGAGGGAAUGUAUUGCAAUCACAAUGGAAGACAAUGUGUCAUGGUUAAAUAGAGUGCUUUGUUGAUUAAGAUGGAUUUGUGGAACCAAUGAAUAUACUACAUUCCUAUAGCCAGUUACGGAUUCUUGCAUUUUUAUUCCUAGCACAAAAAUGAAAUCAUAUUUGUUGUGAACAGAGAUGCAAUUUUAGCAAACAUUUUAAAUUAUAAUUUAUCAAUCUGAAUGUCUGAAUGGGAUGCCAUUGUAUAGCUACUUAAGAUCUUUAUAGGAGAUAAGUUGUGUUUCUGUGGCUUAUUUGGUUAUUUCAAAUAAUUCGUGACACAUCCCAGCACAUUUGGAUCAGAAUAGUUUGACAUCUGUCAUUUAAAUCCUGUACUUCAUUUUGCACUUGCUAGAGGAAUAAGACAGUAGUUACAGCCUAUGUUGCAGUCAUAUGACUUUAAAGGGGCACUCCAUACACCAAAACCGCUUAAUUUAAAUAAAGUUCUUAUGGUGCUAAGAGAAAUAUUACCUUAAGGGGUUAAACCGUUCUGGAACUCAAAGUCUUUUAGGGGUCUGGAGUUUCCCUUUAAGUGUAUUGUGUGUUAGCAUGUUAAUGUUUCUGAGAUACAUUACACAAGCACACUUUUUAUAUACUGGUUUUGCAUAUCGCUGUUUAUGUCCACACUGUAACUACUACUGUCAAUUGUUUAUUUACUAAUCUCAUUCUAUUCCAGUACAUUCACGUAUUUCUUAAUGAAGUUAUGAUUUUGGUGCCUGUACUAAGUGACAAUAAACACUCCUUUGGCAUCUAUACCCCCGAGAGGAUAAAGCAAAGAUGGCCUGUUAGACUGGCAGCUUCCACCGAAGAAGAAAUGAAUGACUGGGUAAGUAAAUAAAUAAGAUGGUUGCUGCCCACAGCUCUGGAUAUGUACUUUUAAAACACGCUCUAGAUGACCCGUUAGAGGUAACAGAAAGAACAUAGAUAUGAAUAUUGAUGAUGUAAAGAUAACUUGUAUUAACUAUUGUACUAACUCAAUGUGGUUCAUAACCCCUGGAUUGGGACACAAAAUUGGGUACCUUAAGAUUGUAACAAACACAUCAGUAUUGUCUGCCUAGACAACUGUUCAAAAUAAAUAAUUUACUGUAACAGUACCACUUUCCACAGUGCACUGGAGUCUCACUGGGAAGAGAGUAAUGAAGGAUUUUUUAGAAUUAAUUUGUAUGACAGUUGAUGACCGGGCCACUUAACUUGUUCAAAAUUUAAGAAUUAGUCUUCCAACUAAUCUAAAUAAAUAUGGUCCCUGUCAAAAAAGCUUAAGAGCCACUGUACUAACUGAUAACUUGGUCCAAGUAUCAAAAUAGAUGUAUUAAAUGUGUUCGGUAUCAACACCAUUAGAUUUGGCAUAUGUACUAAUGACUGUAGCACCUAAUUAAAUCUUUCUACAUUUUCUGUUUGCAGCUUGUCCUUUUAAGUAUGUCCUGCUGCGAGAGUAGAAAAAUACAGGGCUCCCCAAGUGCACAGGCAAUUUGGUCUGUUACUUGCAAAGGGGAUAUAUUUGUGAGUGAGCCAACUGCAGAAUUGGAAUCUCCAACUAACCAUAGGUCAUGUGACCAAAUGUAAGUCCAUUUGUUGAAUGAUGUCUUCUGUGUUAUACAAAUGUUUCCUUAGGGAUGACCUUUAAACACCUUUGCAUAGAUGUGCUAAAUGUCCCUUUCUAUGCUUCCAUUCCCUUCCUCUUGCAUGCUGGUCUUCACCGGCAGGAGAAAGUUACUGAUUACAAGGCAGGGGUAUUAUAUAUAUGUAUAUGAGAGUAAACACCAAGGGUACACUUUUAACAUUAUGGAUAAAUAUAAUUAUUCAUAAUGUUAGAAUUUUCCUUUUUAAUUUUCGAUUUAAGCCCCCCUUUUGGGAAUCUAAAUAAGAAGUAAAAUUCAUUUUAAAUCCAGCAUCAUGCUUGCUGUGGCCACUCCGCCUGAUCGCUAGUGAUGAUGAUCACAGGCCAAUCAAAUUUUUUUCAUGGAGAGGCUUUGGGACCCUAUGACACAUGCACGGCUUCCCCAAUCGGACUCUUCUCAUAUAAAAGCGUUAUCCCAAUGCUUCUCUUUGAGAAGAACUAUCAGCAUUCGGUGUCAUCAUGCCCAGUGAAUGUUAAGGGCUUUGAAUACGGAAGUCUGUCAAGGGAAAGUGCAUCUGGUAGCUGUAUAAGCAUGCAGACUGACAAACGUAAACAUUGCUGUUUCUUGAAAACAGCAAAGCUUACAUUUGUCAAACUGCAGGGGAAGGGCAUAUGAAUCAAAACCAUUUCAUUAACAUGUAAUGGUUUAGUGCUUAGAGUGACCAUUUAAAUUAUUUUGCAUACAAUUAUGCAAAUUAUAAUUCACUUCAGCUGUUAUCUUGUCCAAGUUCUUUUACAAUGUUAUCAAAUUAAACACCGUCAUAGUUACAUAGUUACAUAGCUGAAAAGAGACUUGCGUCCAUCAAGUUCAGCCUUCUUCACAUUUGUUUUUUGCUGUUGAUCCAAAAGAAGGCAAAAAAAUAAAUAAAACAGUUUGAAGCACUUCCAAUUUUGCAACAAACUAGGAAAAAAAUUCCUUCUUGAACCCAGAAUGGCAGAUUGGAUCAAGCAGUUAUUACCCUACAUUGAAAGAUUAUAUCCUUGAAUAUUCUGUUUUUGCAAGUAUGCAUCUAGCAGGUAUUUGAACAUCUGUAUGGACUCUGAUAAAACCACUUCUCCAGGCAGAGAAUUCCACAUCCUUAUUGUUCUUACAGUAAAAAAAACCUUUCCUUUGCCUUAGACAAAAUCUUCUUUCUUCCAGUCUAAAGCAUGGCAUUGUGUCCUAUGUAAAAUCCAGUUUGUGAAACUACAUAACUCUUAUAACCCUGUGAACAGUUUCGGUAAUUAGGACCUGUCAUUCAGGGAGAAAUACUGUAUGCAGAACUGUGCCAGUUUUGGGCAUGCGCUACCAAUGGAUCAUCCUUAGAAGGUAGUUUCCUGAUUCAACCAAUGAGCCAAGAGCAUAUGAACCUACAAAAUAACAUGUGUGCCUACACUGCAGAACUAAGUGAGGGCCUCUAUCUUAUACAUAUGUUUUCACUACAUUAUCCACACAUUUGCUCUAUGGGGAAAAAAAACCUUACCAGUUGUUGGUGACCAGUUCAUGUUAACGAAAUUUGUGUUAAAUUCGUGUUAAACCAUAACCCUGAUUUAGGCCACUCAGAUGCAAAGAAAGAUCUUAGCAGUGUACGAAGUGCUAUUGAUAUUAAGAACAAUAUUUAGAGGAUAUAAUGACAAUAUUGAGAGAUUAUUUUGGAUCCUAGGUUUUGGUGUCAGAUCGGAGGACAUCUCAGAAUGGUGGAAAGUAGCAGCAGUGGAGUAGUUUGGGGCAUUGGCCACGAUUACACUGCAUGGGUUUAUACUGGAGGAUACGGCGGAGGAUUCCAACAAGGUAAUAUAAUUAAAGUGGUAAAAAUCAGCUUACAUUGACACAGAACUUGCAUCACCAAGGGUAAUGGGUAGAGAUGUCGCGAACUUCCCGCGAACAGCUCGCCACGAACCGUUCGUGGCGAACUCCGGUCAGCUGACACAUCCCGGACAAUCUCCAGCAGACCCUCCCUCCCAGACCCUCCCACCUCCUGGACAGCAUCCAUGUUGAAGCUGCCUUCAACAUUUUUUGUUUUUUGUUUUUCUUAAACACCUUAGCCACACCCAGGUAAUGUCUGAACCCUGGACUGUAAGGUGUACCUUGCGGAGAGGGUUGAGGAACGCUGCACUGGAGUAUGGAGAGUUUUACUACGUGCGGGAAUAGAUCUUGACUUUAUUAGAUUAAUUUAUUCCUCCUACAUAAAAAUUCACCAUCACGGGUGGAUGAUGAUCUGGCAGUAAUGGACGCUAAGCUAGAACAGCUUUUGUUGUAAGUGUGACACUUGGGUGAUUUUAGCUGUAGUGGCUUGUAUUUGAAAUUUACGCCAAUUAUUUAUCAAUUUUGGCCAAUUCUUUAUUUCGCCAAUUUAAUUAUCCCUUAAUUAUUUGUUGUGGAAUAGUUUAUUACUGCCAUAAAUUGCGGAUUUCCCAUUACACCUGGUUCUAUAUCUUUUAUUGAAAUAAUAUCAUGGGUGUAGCACUAAUUUCAAUUCAUCCUUGUAGAAUAUAAUAAAAGACCAACUUAAAGGGUUAUUCCAAGCACCAUGACCACUUCAGUGCACAUAGAGAGAUUAACCCCUGUUCUGCCAAAAGUGUAACUUUACCUGUGGCAGCGUUAUAGGUUCAUCAUUAGCCAGUUUCUCAUAUACACAGUAAAACUUUUUUAUAUAAUUGCUUUACAGGAAUCCUGGUUAAUGUGUUUAAAAAAAUAAAUAAAAAAUAUAUAUAUAUAUAUAUAUAUAUACCAAGCAAAAGAAAAAUCAGCACUCCCAGGAUUUGUAAAUAAGCCAAAAAAAUACUUUACUCCACAGGUCAACGUUUCAGCUCCUCUUGGGAGCUUUCAUCAGGACAGCAUACAAAGCAUAAAUGAAAAACAACACAGCUUAAAUAGGGACAUAAAUCCAAUUAAAACUCACAAUCCAGGUGUGCUGAUGGAGAACCUCCUCUCCUCUCGAGCGUCCGCUCAAACGCUAUCAAUUCCCGGCAUUUCCCCACUUCCUACUCACGCCGUCACGUGAUAUACGUGACAUCACCACGUUCGUUACGUGAUGUCACGUAUAUCACGUGACGGCGUGAGUAGGAAGUGGGGAAAUGCCGGGAAUUGAUAGCGUUUGAGCGGACGCUCGAGAGGAGAGGAGGUUCUCCAUCAGCACACCUGGAUUGUGAGUUUUAAUUGGAUUUAUGUCCCUAUUUAAGCUGUGUUGUUUUUCAUUUAUGCUUUGUAUGCUGUCCUGAUGAAAGCUCCCAAGAGGAGCUGAAACGUUGACCUGUGGAGUAAAGUAUUUUUUUUGGCUUAUUUACAAAUCCUGGGAGUGCUGAUUUUUCUUUUGCUUGGUAUUUAUUGUGCAAUCGAGCACCGGGUUCUAUUUAAAGUUUGGUAGGAGUGCAAGGCUUGUUUUGUUUUAUAUAUAUAUAUAUAUAUAUAUAUAUAUAUAUAUAAAAUCCAAAAUCCUGUUGUCUUCCUUGCACACACACUUCAAUAAUUUUAUGCCCGGUGCUGUCAAGCCAAUGCCAAAGAUAUACAAAAAUAUAGGGAACAGAAGGCAAGCACUCACGGUCUUUUCUGGUCUCUUUAAAAGGAAUUUCUUUAUUUCAUAGGUUAAAACUUGAUUUGAUCUUGAUUUGAUCAAAUCAAGUUUUAACCUAUGAAAUAAAGAAAUUCCUUUUAAAGAGACCAGAAAAGACCGUGAGUGCUUGCCUUCUGUUCCCUAUAUUUUUGUAUAUAUAUAUAUGUGUAUAUAUAUAUAUAUAUAUAUAUUUAUUUUAUUUUUUUUUUAUUUUUUUUAACUUUUGUAAUUAUAACAACCGAUGAUCAAUAUUAUUAUUAUUUAUAUAGGGCCAACAAAUUCCACAGUGCUGUACAAUAAUCAAAUGUUUGUCUGCUCCUCAGACCAAGAGUGAGAGAGAGAGAGAGAGAGAGAGAGAGAGAGAGAGUGUGUGUGUGUGUGUUUUUUGAUCAUUAUUAAGAUGUUUUGAUGUUUUUGCUCCAGGAAUAUCCAGCAGCACAGAAAACAUAUUUCCUCAGACUGAUACAAAAUGUGUCUAUAUCUAUGAAAAUCAGAGAUGGAAUCCCAUCAGCGGAUACAGCAGUAUGUGAGUAUAUACACUGUAUUACUCUGCAAAUGUGUGAAUAUCGCCUAGCAUACAUUUUCAGUACCCCAACAAUUAAAAAAAUAAACAAAAAUGGGAUAGUCUAAGCAAGUUUAUACCGAAAUCAUGGGAUAUGAUACAAUGGUUGAGAGAAAAAAACAUAUUGGGCUCUUUCAGCAAAAUGAUUACACAAAACACAUGUGAAAUAGGGUCAGUUUUCUGUUUUAAUCAUACAAAGACAAAACCAGCAGAGGGGGCACAAGAGCAGCAGAGACUGAAAUAAAUUAAAAAGAGCACGUAUAAAAAAAAGAAAAUUAUUGCAUUAGGAGUGAAAAACUAAACAAAUAUAUAUUUGUUAAUAAAAAAUUAAAAUAAAAAAUGAAAAACAUUGCCUAAAAAAUGUACAUGAAAAUAAAAUGAAUCAAAAAAAAAGAAAGAAAAAAUCACAGGUGGUGUAGAAAAAAUUGCAUAUACCAAAACAUGUGAAAUUAGAUCCUGGGGAGAAGGAGGUGCAAUGGCCUGGCUGAAAUAAAGGACAAAAUGAAGAAUCGGAUCAGCAGGAGGCAUCAUGGAAAUAGCAAUAUGGUGUGUCUCCAUCUGUCACUGUGUAUCACUAUGUCCUCCAGUAAUAAUGGUGCAUCUUGCAAUGUAGGGGUGUACUUUUUAUUACUAGAAGACCUCAUCAUAAUUAGUGAAAGUCAGGACGCAAACUUAGAUUUUGAGUGGGUGGGAUAGGGGCAGCGAGUGGGCAAGACUGUGUUGCAGUUAGCCCACUGAGCCCACUAAUACAGGGAAUGGCACUGUACAGUGACUGUUUCAACAGCUGUCACAAAGGGCUUCAUAUAUUCCUUGUGUUUUAUAAGUGUUGGUGCACAAGUGUAAUAAUAACAUCAAAUUAAAUAUGCUAUGAAAGUAACCAUAUUUGCUGCAUGUAUUACUAUGGUGCUUUGUGUGUAUCAAUCCACUUGCUCUGAAAGGGUUGGCAGAUCUAAUGUAAAUUGAUCGUUUACAGAUACUGUUUUCAUUUUGCAGAGAAACCUAGACCGGGGUAGAGAACCCACAAGGCCGAGGUUGAUCUUUUGAGUUUUAGUGUGAUAAGAGAGGUCGAGGGUGGCAUGUUGAUUGCCUGGAUAUGAUCAUUUAGUUUAUCAGCUCUAACUUAGUAAGGAAUAGAUAUUAAUGACUGUUAGUGCAUAUUACUAAACGUACCCUUUUUUUGUCCAGAUUUUUUUGUCACACGGUAUAUAUAUCUGAUCAUGGUUUUUAUUGCAGUGGACUGUUAACAGACAGAUAUAUGUGGAGUGAUGCAACUGGAUUACAAGAGUGUACAAAAGUCGGCACGAAGCCACCGUCCCCACAGUGGUCAUGGGUAAGACACCAUUUUGAAUCAUCUCCAUGUCUGUGAGAGCUGUAAACUAUACAGUUGCAUUGUGGUAUGUCUCAAAAUUAGUGGAACACAAUUAGCACCGAACCAUUGUAGCUUAUUUUAAUCAUGUGAGUAGUUUUAUUAUUUGUGAAAAGGUAAAACUACAUCCAAAUGCUCUCUACACCAAAACCACUGCUAUAAGCUUUAGUGUUCAUAGUGUUUAGCAAAAGCAAAAAAAGAACUACUAGGUAUUGUUAGAAGUUUAUUUGUAAAGCAAUAUUGUCUUGGAGUGCGCAUUUUAUUGUUUAUGUGCUGUUUAUUUUUAUUGGUUAGCCUACGUCACUUGCUUAACACUGAAAUGGAGCGAGGACAGCAGUAUGUGCUAAGCUCUGAUACUGCAGUGCACAGUCACCAUUACUCCACCAAGGGAAUAAUAUGGUUUGUGGGUUAUCAGAGAGACAAUUUAUGGGGUAAAUGACAUGGAUGCUAUUGUGAAAUAUUGAGUUAUGGGAUGAAAAUGAUCUGAACUGAGAUGUUUAUAUGUAUGGGUAUGUGUUUUUUGAAUAUCUGUAUUUGUGUGUGUGCUUGUGUCUGUAUUUGCAUGUGUGUAUGUGUAAAAGAAUGUAUGUGCCUGUUUGUAUGCAUUGUGGCAUUGACUAGUUGUAUAUGGAUGUAUAUGAGUAUUAGUGAUUUGACUAAUGGUAUGUAUGUAAUAUAUAUAAAUUUGUGCAUGACUAGUUUUGUUAAUUUCUAUAUACAGAAGCUCAAUAAAGGGAUACUCUAAACACCAAUACAACUUUAGCUUUAUUAAGAUGUUUUUGUUUAUAGGUCAUGCCCCCAGCAGCACAGCUCAAUUCCCUGCCAUUUAGGAGUUAAAUCACUUGUGUUUCUGUUUAGGCAGCCCUACCGACACAGAUUUACACAGCCUACAUGAAAAAAAUGGUAAAUCUUCAAUCAGAUCUUACAGCACAGUUUGUUUACUUUACAAGUUUAUUUAGCUCCUGUUCUGUCACUUGAACUUUAAUCACACACAAGAAGAUCCUGUAGAUAUUAAAUUCUAAAUUAAACAAACUUUGCAAUAAAGGUUUUAGUUUAAACAUGAUAUCUCUCUUUAUAAGAGAUGUGUAGGCCACAUGCAGAAGGAUGUGUUUCAAUCCAAGCUAAAUUUUCCAAAAUAAAAGGCUGCUUCCCCAACAAAAUUAAAAUAAACUCAAAUAUACAUUUAAAAAAAAAAAAUCCAACAAACAAAACUCACUUGCAGGUGACUGUUUUGCUUAGGGUUGUUCGGUGCUGGUAAUGGUAUUCCACAAGGCGCUUGAUACAAGCGAAAGAUAACACACAAAAAAAACAAAAUGAAUGGGAACAAUUUCUUACUAUGCUCAUUUAGUAUGUAGAAGAAUUGAUACAGAAUGCAGUGUGUGCUAAUAAACAUGUACAGAUAUAAGAUCUGAACAUUAAAAAACAAACAAACAAAAGCCUGAACGCUUUUUACACCUACUAUCCAACGUUUCUUCAGCACUUGAUCUUGUUUGUGGGAAUCUUCAUGAGUGAGGUACCUUUUGUUUGUAUCAAGUGCAGAUGAUGUGUGCCUAAGACUGCAUAAAAUAUUGAUUUAAUUUAUAAAUGGCAGAGGAAUGUGCAGUAAGACUGCAGCGGCUUUAUCUGUAUACCAAAACCACUACAUUACAGGGACACUAUAGUCACCAGAACAACUGCAGCUUAAUGUAGUUGUUGUGGCAAGUAUUGCCUCUCCCUGCUGACCUUUUCAUGUAAACACUGCCUUUUCAGAGAAAAUUCAGUGCUUACAUUGCUGCCUAGCAACACCUCUGGAUGCAGUCACUCAAACGGACAUUACAGGUGCUUCAUAUUUCCAUGCUGCAUUGUGUGCAGCACUUGCGUUCUGUGUCUCCAUGAUCUGCAUGGGGACACUGAACUUUCCCCAUAGAGAUGCAUUGAUUCAAUGCAUCUCUAUGGGGAGAUGCUGAUUGGCCAGCACAACCUUUUAUUUUACACGUUUGUGUUCAUGACCCUACAGUGUUCCUUUAAAGGACCACUAUAGUGCCAGGAAAACAUACUUGUUUACUGGCACUAUAGUGCCCUGAGGGUGCCCCCACCCUCAGGGACCCCCUCUCGCCCGGCUCUGGAAAGGGGGCUGGGCGGAGAGCUCUCCUUCUCUCCUCCUCCGUUCCGCCCCGUCGGCUGAAUACGCACGCGUGGCAAGAGCUGCGCGCGCAUUCAGCCGGUCGCAUAGGAAAGCAUUUACAAUGCUUUCCUAUGGACGCUGGCGUGCUCUCACUGUGAAAAUCACAGUGAGAAGCACGCAAGCGCCUCUAGUGGCUGUCAAUGAGACAGCCACUAGAGGCUUUGGGGGAAGGCUUAACCCAUUAAUAAACUGCUAUGUUAAAAAAUGGGUUAACCCUAGCUGGACCUGGCACCCAGACCACUUCAUUAAGCUGAAGUGGUCUGGGUGCCUAGAGUGAUCCUUUAAAGUGACACUGUAGGCACCCAGACCACUUCAGCUAGUUGAAGAGGUCUGGGUGCUGUGUCCCUAUUGCAAUUAGUGCUGCAAUGUAAAACAAUGUAAUUGCCUAACAGACAGCCCCUGGGGGCACUUCCGGAUUGGUAACAGACUUUUGGUCCGUUAUCUGACACUGGACAUCCUCACGGACCUCCAGCGUCAGAUUUCCCCCAUGGGAUUGAAUAAUGAUUUCCUAUGGAGAGGUCUCCCCCGUCGACGUCAGCCGGAGCAUGGGCAGAGCCUGAUCCAGCGCCGAAGGACAUCAGCUCUGGAUUCAGGCAAGUAGCUGAAGGGGUUUUGGAGACUAUAAUUGGCUGAGAGUGUCAUCUGACUGCUUUCAGCCUAUCACAGUACCCAUUGCUGGUAUGGAUAGGUAUUGCUAAAAGGAAGUGUGCAAUCCAUGCCUUGGUUGGAGAAGGGGGAAGGCUGUGGGUGGCCAAGGACCUCAUUCUGUUUGAAACUGCUUAAUACUGGUUUAACAUUGAAUGGAGGGACUGUGCCAGGGGUCUCCAAUCACUAUAACCAAUUUAAUGUCCCUAAAACAUUUAAAGAUAUAAAAAAAAUAUAUCUCUUACAUUCCAGCUUUGCAGUGAGCUAAGGGGUAUUAUUUUAUUUUCUUGUAAAAUUUGCUCUUGAAGUAACCCGUGGGGCAAAAAGGUGGAUCCCCAAAUGUUUUAAAACUACAGUUUCCAUGAUGCUUUGCGUUCUAAAAGCACUCGAAAACCAUGCAAAACAUUAUGGAAGUUGUAGUUCAACAACAUCUGGGGAUCACUGUAGACCCCGUAGGUGUAGAAGUUCAAUGGAGUAUAAAGUGAAAUUACCUCCCCCUUCGUUUACAAAACACAGUAUAAUUUCAAAUCUGCGAGAGAAAAGCUGUAACCUGACCUUUUAUAAUCACUUAUACAAACAAGGUUAUGUUAACAAUUAUGCAAGGCUUCCUCUGUCUGUUUAAUCUAAACUUUGGAAAAUUAACAAGCACUACACUGUAGGAUUGCUGCUUUUAACCAUUAGGUAUAGAGCAAAGGUCUAACAAGCAGUAUCAAAAUGUAUCAAUUUUCCAAGUUUAUUUGCAGUAUUCUUUUAAUGUCUUGUCUUGGAAGUUUGAGCACAAUACUUGUUUUUGUGUAUUUGUAUUUACUUUUUUAUCGCAUUGUCAUGGUACAAUGCUGCCGACCAGCCCAUGUGUUCCCUAUUAAGGGUUAAUAAGUAUGUAGGGGUUUAGAAAAAUACCCCUCUCUGUCUCAUUAGAGAUUUUGUUUGCCUGAAGCUGAAGGAAGCAAGGUGAAUUGUUAGUUUAGGACCCACCUGAGCGGUUUAUUUUGACGUGGCAGAUGGGCCAUUGGGGCAACUAAAUAACCUCCAUUUGUCUAAAUAUGUAUAGGGAUUUGAGAUAAUGUGCAGGUAACUUGUUUCUUAGUGCGCAGGUAACUCUUUUCUUUGGUUUUAUUGUAUGUUUCGGGGUAGUGCACAGGUAACUUGUUUCUUUGUUUUUUAUUGUAUGUUUUGGGGUAGUGCGCAGGUAACUCUUUUCUUUGUUUUUUAUUGUAUGUUUUGGGGUAGUGCGCAGGUAACUCUUUUCUUUGUUUUUUAUUGUAUGUUUUGGGGUAGGGCGCAGGUAACUCUUUUCUUUGUUUUUUAUUGUAUGUUUUGGGGUAGGGCGCAGGUAACUCUUUUCUUUGUUUUUUAUUGUAUGUUUUGGGGUAGGGCGCAGGUAACUCUUUUUUCUUUGAUUUUUAUUGUAUGUUUUGGGGUAGUGCGCAGGUAACUCUUUUCUUUGGUUUUAUUGUAUGUUUCGGGGUAAUGCACAGGUAACUCUUUUCUUUGUUUUUUAAUAUUAAUAUGUAUGUAUGUUUAUUUUAUAAUUUUUUUUAUUUUGUUUAUAUGCCGUCUGUAGUAAAAUGAAUCAGCACAGAAAUCACCAAAAUAAUUCACCUUAUGAUAUUUACAUGUUGUAAACCUCCUUAUGUGAGAACUUUUUCGUUUGAAACAGCUGUCCGUGCUGUGAUAAACAUGUCAGUAAGACUAGAAGUAGUAUGCAGGUCAUUUAUGGUUCUUAAAGAAAAUGUCUUUUGUUGAGGUGAAUUAGUUCAAAACAUUUUGUUUAUUUAAAGCAUCCAUACAGAUAUUGAAAUGCAAACAAUAUAGGAGAUGGUAUGAGAGUAUAUAACAGCGACAGUACUCCAACCAAAUAUAAAAUGUUUUUUAUAAACUUUGUUUGUUUUACUUUUGUGAGAAAGUAAUCAUGGGAUAACACCACGGUAGCCUUGGCAUACACAGCUGUCAGAAGCAGACCUAUCGAGAGUAUUCUUAAAAAGAUUGUGUAAUGUACGGAAAUUAUUUCAUUUAUGUAAAAGUUUGUAAACUCGAGUGGUUUUUUUUUGUUGUUGUUUUUUUUUUUUUUUUUUUUUACCUUUAGCAUUUAAUCCCUUAAUGAUGGAUGACGGACCAGGUCUGUCAUGCUGGGGAAGCACUUAACGCCGGAUGUUGGACCCGGUCCGUCAUGUGCUAAAGUUAACCCCAGAUCGCCGCGGUGCGGUGGAUCGCAGGGCUAAUGCUGUUGCUGGGUGCCGAGUCAGGGGCAGACCAGCAACAGCAAAUCGCGAUGUCUCAGCCCCACAUGAUUGCUGUGACAGCCAGUCACAGCGUUCACAAUGCUGCUGGGAUAUUAGAUCCGCCUCCCUCCACCUCCUUGAAGGUUUUUGAAGUGGAGAGAGACUGAUCGUUGUUACAUUGUGUCCUUGAAGUGAAUAAAUUAUCUAAGAUGUUCCAAAUCCCCUUUACCUUGUUCUUUUAAAACGAAAAAUAACCCUUUCCCUGCUGAUUGAUCACUGCCAGUACUGUGAUCUAGUUUUUUUUUUUUUUUUUACCCUCAGGGUUUACAUUUGUAUUUUUAGUAACCUUAAGGGGUUAAAUUUUAAUAUUUUAUUUUAUUAAUUUGUGAUUUAGUUAGUUGUGGUGGGUGGAAUUUAGUGGGAAAUGGGGAAUUUAGUGAUAAGCUAGUUAGGAAAAAAAACAUUUAAAAAAAAUUAAAGUUUAGUUAUUUAGUUACAGUUUAUUACUGUAGUACACAAUGCUUAGGAAGUAUAGUGCAGAGGAAGCUUAUGCCCUGUUAGCGGCCGACUCAGAGGCGACCGACACUUCCUCAGAGAGUGACGCAGGGGACAGGGACUAUGUGCCAGAUACUGCUGGACCAUCAGGAGAAAUUGCUGAUUCCCCUGAUGCUGAACAUGGUGUAGAUGACUGGGUACCCCUUAAUAAUUUUUCACCUGACAUCCCAGAGUUCACUGCCAAUCCUGGCAAACAGGCUGACCUGUCUGGCUUUAAUGCGCUGGAUUGUAUGCAGCUGUUCUUGGGGGAUGAUAGUUUUGGGGAGAUAGUCACCCAGACUAAUCUGUACGCUUAGCAGUAUCUGGCACACAAUCAAGAGCCUCUUAUCGCCAGGAAAGAGAGAUGGAAGCCAACCAGUGUGCCAGAAUUGAAACAAUUCUGGGCACUGCCAAUACUAAUGGGGAUAAUUAAAAAGCCCACCAUUAGAAUGUAUUGUUCUAAAAACCCCAUUUGCAAUACCCCCAUUUUUAGGGACAGAUAUGAAGACAUUUAUGCAUUUAUGCGAUUUAUGCACUUUAGUGACAAUACAAAGUGCCCCCCAAAUGGUCAUCCGUAGUAUGAUCUUCUAUAUAAAAUACGCCCUCUAAUUGCCCACUUUAACUAAAAAUAUGCCACUAUUUACACCCCUCAUAAACAUAUUUCUAUUGACGAAUCUCUCAUGAAGUUUAAGGGAAGACUUACAGUACAUCCCAUACAAAUUUUAUAAAUUGUGUGAAAGUGGCAGUGGCUACGUGUAUACGAAGGAAAGGAUAGCCAAUUUGAUCCCCCAGGCUGCCCAGAUACAGUAGGGACAAGUGGGGGAAUUGUUUGGGACCUAAUCAUGCCGUUACUAAACAAGGGAUAUCACUUAUAUUGAUAAUUUUUACAACAGUAUCCCACUUCUAAAAAUGCUGUACUGCUUUGAGACCCUGGCCUGUGGCACUAUUCGGAAGAGUCGCAAAGGUUUCCUAAAGGCUCUAGCAGAAAAAAAUAAAUAAAAAGGGGGGAAACAGCAGCUCUCUGCCAGAAUGAACUGGCAGUAAAGUACCGCGAUAAAAAGGAGGUGUUCAUCCUAACCACCAUCCAUGGUGAACGCACUCGCAAGGUCGCCAGCCUUCAUAACACAUUACAAUAUGGGGCAUAUGGGGGGAGUUGACCUGUCUGAUCAACUGAUGCAGCCAUACUUGAUCAUGCUAAAGACCAGGGCAUGGUAUAAAAAAGUGGGCCUAUAUAUAAUGCAGACGGCAAUCCACAAUGCCUUUUGUAAUUUUUAAAAAGGCAAAUACUGAGCUGAAAUGCACGUUGCAUCAUUUCAGUUUCAGGUUAUUUCUGGGCUGCUUGAGUGCCACAGAGGGGGACCAUCAGUGGAGCCUAGCAGAAGAAUGGAGGAUUCCAUCAACUUCCAAAAAGAUAAACCCCCAGAAAAGGUUCAGGGUGUGUUACAAGAGGGGCGUAAGAGCUGAGACCAGUUAUUACUGCCCUGAUGUGCCCCUCUCAGCCCCGCCUAUGCAUUGGUCACUGUUUUAAAAUUUCCAAACCCAGACCGAAUAAGUAGACUGGUUUUGGGGUGGGAUUUUAGUCAUCGGUCUGAUUGUUUAGUCACCGAAUCUUGGCUUUGUCUCCCGUUUAUCCUGUGUUCUCUGAUCCUUGAACUCAGUUUGUCCUAUCGUUGUUCCAUUUCUCUUUACUCCUUGUAACUUGACUAUUCUCUGCUUGUAAAGCCCGGCCAUUCUAAGGACCGGUAUCACAAGUUUCUCUCUCUGUGUUCUCUCUCUUUGUGGUCUGUAUGUGUUUUGGUUCCGGAAUCCGUGACGCAGAUGACUGAGUACUACCCCCUGAUAAGUUUACACCAAAUAUUCCCCCUUUCACAGCAAAUAGUAUGCAUUUGUUCAUAAUUUGAAAUGGAUGACCUGCUUAUAUUUAAAAAUAAAUGUGGCAUUUGAGCUGCUAAAAUGAGACCUAGGCCCAUCAUCCACUUUUGAAAAAUAUGAAAUUGAUGUGUCUCAAAUGUGCCCCUUCAACAUCCACAUAUCCCUGAAAAAGGUACAUAUGGGGGUAUUGUUGUACUAAGACGACAUAGCUGAGCAACAUAUUAGGUGUUAUACUGCCGUAGCACACAUAAGAAUUGCAAAAUAUACAGUAACAUCUCCGAGUGUGUGUCAAAAAGGCAGAAAAAAUGCUAAUUGCUACUAGACUUGGUACAAACCAUUAAAAAAAUGAUCCUACGCUAGGGUUUAAAAUAUGCCAUUUGAAAUACCCUGGGGUGUCUGCUUUAAGAAAUGGUAGGCCUUUGUGGGGUUUUUUUUAACAGUCAUACUGCUAUAACGCCCCAAAUUGAAAGAUGGGCCCAUCAAAUCCGUCUCUCAAAAUUCUACUGUAAAUACUGAAAUGGACAGGUCUCCUAUAUGGCACUAUAGCUUCACGAAAUAGCGCCAAAGGCAUUCAUUGGGGGUAUCAUUUUACUCAAGACUUUGCUGAGCAUAAUGUUGGGACUUUGAUCUUAGUGGCACAUAUCAAAUAUACAAAAUGCCCAGCAAAAAUGUAAUCCAUAUGUAAAAAAAAUGCCAAAAAUUAUUUUUUACCACAUACUUUGACAUAUAUUGGUGACAAAUAGGGGGCAUGUUAAUGCACAAUAUGCACCAUCUGAGAUACCCUGGAGUGUCUAAUUUUACAAAUGGUUUUUGAACAGUCAAACUGCUAUAAUACCCCAAAUUGAAACAUAGGCCCAUCAAAUCAGUCUCUAAAAAUGCUAUAGUAAAUAUAUAUAAUAUAUGGCACUGUAGCUUCACGAAAUAGUGCCAAAGACAUAUAAUGGGGGGAUCGUUGUACUCAAAAGAUGUAGCUGAACACAAAAUAAGGUUUUGUACAGGAAUAGCACACACCAACUUUACGAAAUACACAUGAGAAGAUCUUUGUUAUAAGUUUGUGUGUCAAAAACCAAAAAAAAACACAAUUUUACUCCAAUAUUUAGCAGAGAUUGGCAGGGAAAUGGCUACAUAAAAAGUGUCAAAAUAACCUUAGGUAAAUAGCCUGUGAUGUCUACUUUAUAUAAAUAUAUACUUUUGUGUGGCAAUUUUGUUUUCUUUUAUGGCUAUUAAAGGGACACUAUAGUCACCUGAACAACUUUAGCUUAAUGAAGCAGUUUUGGUGUAUAGAACAUGCCCCUGCAGCCUCACUGCUCAAUCCUCUGCCAUUUAGGAGUUAAAUCCCUUUGUUUAUGAACCCUAGUCACACCUCCCUGCAUGUGACUUGCACAGCCUUCCAUAAACACUUCCUGUAAAGAGAGCCCUAUUUAGGCUUUCUUUAUUGCAAGUUCUGUUUAAUUAAGAUUUUCUUAUCCCCUGCUAUGUUAAUAGCUUGCUAGACCCUGCAAGAGCCUCCUGUAUGUGAUUAAAGUUCAAUUUAGAGAUUGAGAUACAAUUAUUUAAGGUAAAUUACAUAUGUUUGAAAGUGAAACCAGUUUUUUUUUCAUGCAGGCUCUGUCAAUCAUAGCCAGGGGAGGUGUGGCUAGGGCUGCAUAAACAGAAACAAAGUGAUUUAACUCCUAAAUGACAGUGAAUUGAUCAGUGAAAUUGCAGGGGAAUGAUCUAUACACUAAGACUGCUUUAUUUAGCUAAAGUAAUUUAGGUGACUAUCGUGUUCCUUUAAGGUACAAAACAAACAUACCAAAUUCUAAAAAUGCUCCACAUUAAAAGUUUAUUUUACUCCUUGUGUUUUAUGUCCUGUAACUACCAAAAAAAAACUUAAAAUCCUAGACACAUUAUGUAUUCUGUAAAUCAGAACAACUAAAUUAAUGUAUUUUUAAUUACUUUCCUUAACCUGCACUAAUUAUGCACACAUUAUUAUUGCAAAAACUGUAAAAGAAACAAUAUUUUUCCUUUUUUUAUAUAUAUAUAAUAAAUUAGCAUUUAUAUAUGUAUAUGUUACAUCAAAUUAAAGCCCUUUUUGUCCUUUUAAAAAAACGGUAUAUAAUAUGUGUUGGUGCAAUAAAUUCGUAAAAUGCAAAUUGCAGUUGAAAGCAAACCGCAAAAAAAUGUAAAAAUUGCUUGUGUCCUUAAGUGCAAUCUUUUGAAGCUGUGUCCUUAAGGGGUUAAAGUGCUAAUUUUAGGAGUCAUCUUUUUAUAUGUUUACCGUCAGCUGACGUUUCCUAGUAUUUUUUUUCCCAGCCAGCCACUGAUGUAGAUAUUUUUUUUUUUUUUUUUUUUUUUGUUUGUUUGUUUUUUUAAAUGUAAUACAAUAGGGGGUUGUUUGGUGCCAGAUAUACUUUAUACUUAUACUUUAUGUCUUGAGUUAUCUGUAAGAUCAGGACAUCUGAGCUUACAUGUAAUAUUUUUGCCAUUGGUUUUUGUCCUAUGUUGUCGACUAAAAUUAAGAGUUUGCGUUCCAAUGUGAAUGCUUAUCAGCAGAACCAAUAUAAAAAUAUAUUUAAUUAUUUUUUGUGGGAGUGUACAACUAUUUAAAAUCAAGGGAAUAUUCUGUAAUUAAGCAGUUAUGGUAAACUGACUUUAAAAAUUAGUCAAAGUACCGAAGCUCGAAAAGGAAAUCUAAAUCUGGCUCCAUCCAAUUUGAGAAUUCAUUUUGUCCUAAACCUUAGAACUGAUCAUGUAACUGAAAGAGGUUUACAUUGCAAAGUCUAAAUGUGUCCCUUUUUUUGCAUAAUGUAUAUUAAACAGUGCAUUUCUGUUUGAUUUUAGGUCUCAGACUGGUAUAUAGAUUUUAAUAUUGCCAAUGGAACAGAUCGAGAAGGGUGGCAAUAUGCAGCAGACUUCCCAGCGUAAGACAACUCUCAUCUGUUUAAAUGUUUUGUAAUAUAUUUUGUAUGUUAUCCACAGUGUAAUUUUUUAAAUAGAUCUUUACGUGAAGAAAGGGUGAUAUGAAAGGAAUCUUAUGUUUCCAAAUAGCUUAGCUACAGUAAUGUCUGGUCAGCCAUUUCUCUAAUAGACAGGUGAUACAGUUGCAAGAAAAAGUAUGUGAACCCUUUGGAAUGAUAUGGAUUUCUGCACAAAUUGGUCAUAAAAUGUGAUCUGAUCAUCAUCUAAGUCACAACAAUAGACAAUCACAGUCUGCUUAAACUAAUAACACACAAAGAAUGAAAUGUUGCCAUGUUUUUAUUGAACACACCAUGUAAACAUUCACAGUGCAGAUGGAAAAAGUAUGUGAACCCUUGGAUUUAAUAACUGGUUGAACCUCCUUUGGCAGCAAUAACUUCAACCAAACGUUUCCUGUAGUUGCAGAUCAGACUUGCACAACGGUCAGGAGUAAUUCUUGACCAUUCCUCUUUACAGAACUGUUUCAGUUCAGCAAUAUUCUUGGGAUGUCUGGUGUGAAUCGCUUUCUUGAGGUCAUGCCACAGCAUCUCAAUCGGGUUGAGGUCAGGACUCUGACUGGGCCACUUCAGAAGGCGUAUUUUCUUCUGUUUAAGCCAUUCUGUUGUUGAUUUACUUCUAUGCUUUGGGUCAUUGUCCUGUUGCAACACCCAUCUUCUGUUGAGCUUCAGCUGGUAGACAGAUGGCCUUAAGUUCUCCUGCAAAAUGUCUUGAUAAACUUGGGAAUUAAUUUUUCCUUCGAUGAUAGCAAUCCGUCCAGGCCCUGACGCAGCAAAGCAGCCCCAAACCAUACUUCACAGUUGGGAUGAUGUUUUGAUGUUGGUUUGCUGUGCCUUUUUUUCGUCACACAUAGUGUUGUGUGUUUCUUCCAAACAACUCUACUUUGGUUUCAUCUGUCCACAGAAUAUUUUGCCAGUACUGCUGUGUAACAUCCAGGUGCUCUUGUGCAAACUGUAAACGUGCAGCAAUGUUUUGUUUGGACAGCAGUGGCUUCCUCUGUGGGAUCCUCCCAUGAAAUCCAUUCUUGUUUAGUGUUUUACGUAUUGUAGAUUCGCUAACAGGGAUGUUAGCAUUUGCCAGUGACUUUUGUAAGUCUUUAGCUGACACUCUAGGAUUCUUCUUCACCUCAUUGAGCAGUCUGUGCUGUGCUCUUGCAGUCAUCUUUACAGGACAGCCACUCCUAGGGAGAGUAGCAGCAGUGCUGAACUUUCUCCAUUUAUAAACAAUUUGUCUUACCGUGGACUGAUGAACAGCAAGGCUUUUGGAGAUACUUUUAUAACCCUUUCCAGCUUUAUGCAAGUCAACAAUUCUUAAUCGUAGGUCUUCUGAGAGCUCUUUUGUGCGAGGCAUCAUUCACAUCAGGCAAUGCUUCUUGUAAAAAGCAAACCUAGAACUGGUGUGUGUUUUUUAUAGGGCAGUGUAGCUGUAACCAACACCUCCAAUCUCAUCUCAUUGAUUGGACUCCAGUUGGCUGACAUCUCACUCCAAUUAGCUCUUGGAGAUGUUAUUAGUCUAUGGGUUCACAUACCUUUUCCACCUGCACUGUGAAUGUUGACAUGGUGUGUUCAAUAAAAACAUGGCAACAUUUCAUUCUUUGUGUUAUUAGUUUAAGCAGACUGUGAUUGUCUAUUGUUGUGACUUAGAUGAUGAUCAGAUCACAUUUUAUGACCAAUUUGUGCAGAAAUCCAUAUCAUUCCAAAGGGUUCACAUACUUUUUCUUGCAACUGUAUUUCUAGAUUCUCUGACGUUGCUCUUAAAAAAUGCUGCCCGUCGGUAUAUAGAAUGUGUAAGCUGCCAGAGUAAAUUUGAUGAAUUAAGUAGUUGCUAACAUAGAAACCACCCAGAGUUUAUUCUGAGAGCAUAUACAUUCUAAUUAGUCAGCACUUGUCAUGUACCAGAAAUGUUAUGGUAUUCAUUUAAUGAUUUAUUUUUGAGUUGGAGCCAUACGGUUGGCAAUCUACUUGGAGUGUUUUUUGUUUUUGUUUUGUCAAUGUAUCUAGUUAUUUUAUCAAUUAAAUGUUUGGAAUAAGAGUAACUAUUAUGCCACUCCAAUGAGCCGCAUACAGUAUAUCACAGACGUGAGUACACCCCUCACAUUUUUGUAAAUAUUUUAUUAAAUCUUUUCAUGUGACAACACUGAAGAAAUGACUUUCUGCUACAAUGUCAAGUAGUAAGUGUACAGCCUGUAUAACAGUGUAAAUUAGCUGUCCCCUCAAAAUAACUCAACCCACAGCCGUUAAUGUCUAAACCGUUGGCCACAAACGUGAGUACAUUGUAUCAAUGGGGGAACUGUUUCUGGUUAAAACGUUAUACUUUAUAUGGGUUCAUGGUACAUUCCAUAAAGAUUAAAGCCACAGUAACUCUACUGGUAACAUUCUCCAAAUCAGCCAUGUUUGCAGCUCAGUCCGUGAUUUAUUGAGUAAAUGAAUGCUCACACAGCAGCUCUCUACAGCAGGUGAUUACCUGCCUUAGAUUUGCAGCAGCAGAAACUGAAAAUAUGAGUAUAUUCUUAUUUUCAUAUUUUUAAUACAUUAAAAGAAAAAAGAACAUUAUGGGUCACUUCCUCUGGAGUGUAACUUUAAUACACAUUCACUAGGUCUCUGGUUUUAGAAGAAAUACUCAGUAAAACCAUUUAACAAUUGACUUAGUACAUCAAUUUGCAGCGUCCCUAACUUAAAAACCGCCCGUAACUUGUGUCAGUAGGUUUAAAGGUUCUUGAUAAAAAUGCAAAUAAAAACUUCCAAUGAUACGAUAACAUAAGGGACACUCUACUACCCGAAUACUAAUCAAAAUAAAAAUGUUAAACUCACUUAUUAGUAGAUAUACCCCAAUAAAAAUGCAUGCAUUUAAUUAUAUAUGUGUUCUUUGGGAUUAUAUCUGAAAGCAGCUUGCAAAACUGCAGAUCUCUUGUCUGCAGCCUUUGAACACCAUACAUUUCUUCCUCAGCCCAGACUUUCUGUGGCUGUCCAAUCACUGAUUUUCCAAAUGAGCUCAAUGAGAAGUCUUUGCAAGGCUUUGUGUAGUUACCUGCUUCUUGAGUUUAGCUCAUCUGAGCUAAACAAACCAGGAAGUAAUAGAACCUGUUGUCUGAUUGACAGCCAGGGGCUAUAACCAGGUUAAUUUGUAAACAUGCCCGUUUCUAUUGAAAUGUACACUUUUUGUGAAAUGAAAAAAGACGACACACUGAGCAAUGCUUUAGGAGUCUGGAGUGUCAUUUAAACAUUAAAGUCAGUGUGACAAGCCUAGCCACUUGUAAUAUUCAGGACUGUGCACAUAAAAAGGUUGCCUGUAGUAUUCCUGUAAUGUCUUGUAUAACCUGGCUGUACAAUGUAUGUUAAUGUAUGUGUACUUUGAAUUCGUAUGCUGGCUGCCGAAAGCCGCUAGCAUUCAUGUGCUUCGUUUCACGAACAGCAACUUUACCGGCUGUUCGUGAACCGAAUGAGCUACCCCCUAAAAGCCCACACACUGUAAUUAGAGGCUUUCCUAGGUGGCCGUCGUUCGGCUACCGACCACCCAGCGGGCGGCCAUCUUGGAUCCUUUGUCUCCCCAGCGGUGUUUGGUCGUCGAGCGUGUGGAACUGAAAACGGCUACUCGAUGGCGCAAACACCGCUGGACUUCCAGGCCGUUCGGGAGCUCCGGUCUUUCGCUAUUAGGGUUCCCCCAUCGGUGUUCGGUAUUUUGGGGCGAACUCUAUGGCAAAGUGUAUUUCGUGCGGCAUUCGGUUGUUUUAGCUGGGAUCUGAGCGGUAUUCUCACGAACUGUGCACUCAGACCCCAGCUAUCUACCGAACGUCCAUUCGUUUAAAUAAACUAAAUAUUGUUAAAGUUAUAGAUUUAAAUGUAAAAUGCCGGUUCUGCUGCACGGAGGGAUAAUCCACUUAACGGUAUAUUCCAGUGGGAGUAUCCCUCUCGUCCAGUAGUGCCUGAUGGAAGAAAUGCCCAGAAUGUUAAGUCCCCCAUGUAGUCCCCUACUGUAUUACCCCUGCAAUGUCAGUAGGGAAACCCCUUGCAUGGGGACUUGCAUAAAUACUGGAUGCUGUGAAUAAAAACCUCAGUUGACUCCCAGAACUGUGUUUCAUCCGGUUACUGGGGGAUUUGGGAUAUUGCCUUACUUUUCAGCGCUGACUGUGGAUUACCUUCUUUACCAGCAGAGAUCGUGGGAUUUAAUAUUGCCGCUUGUUACGACCCGUACCGUCGGGUAGAUGAAGCCGCCGUUUAGUCAAUAAUCCCCUUCUCCAGAAAUGCAGUUUAAAUCCAGCCGACCGCCAAACUCCCGAACGAAGUCCACGAAUACGGCAACUCCCGAUCAGCAAAACAGUCGAACGCCUUCCACAGCUAAAAAUAACGAAAGCGCUGUCCCAGUAAUAAUUCCCCCACAAACGAGACCAAGCUCCGUCUUGAGGGUCAAAUGAAGAUCUGUUUAAUGGGGGCUACCUGCCCGGUAUUUAUGCAGGUCUCCACAAGGUGGACACUCCCCGAGGGGACCUUGUGGAAGACUGUAAAACAUAUUGGACAGUAGCCAAUCGCAGUGGCUUCAAUAAUAGCCCUUCCCAUCUUGCCCAUAAUUCCGUCUUCUCUACCCCGGAGAUAAUUAGGAAGAAACCUAAUUAUCUCCCAAGGUAGAGACAAUCGCCAUUUUAACUUACAGUAAUAAAAAUACAUUAAAAUACAUAAUUGCAGAAAUACCGAAUACAUAUAGUUCGUGUAACGUAUCCCCAGACAGCCUGGAUCUGAGUGCAUGUUUUCACCGAAUAGCGCUCAGAUCUGAUGUAUCUAGUCGAAUCGCCAUGGAGUCAAAGUCUUUCACCAGUCCUUCGGUAUACGAAUGACUCCAUGGGAUGGCUGUCUGGGUGAAAGUCCAUAUGAAUGAAUAAAAACUCCCGAACGACCGACGUUCGCAUGCCUUGUCGAAAUGGAAGGUAGGUAGCAGCUUCCAGCGGUGUUCGGUAGUUUAAGUGUCCGUUUUUAGUUCCAUACAGUUUGUACCGAACACCGCUAUGCGUUCGUAUGUCCCAAAAUGGCCGCUGCCUCGUGGUCGACAUGCGAACGACGACCACCCGUACGAAUGGAAUGGAGAGGUGUCUGCGGUUAACCACAACGUUCUAAUUGGGGCCAACAGGUUAACCAGCAGCACACUCCUCUCCUGGGUGGUCGUUCAUUCGGUAGUUUCAAUCGGUAGUUUGCAAAUUAUAUGAACAGGCAAUUUAGCGAACAAAGGGAAACAGACGAACCAGCAAUACAGAUGAAUCUGUCACACGGCUCCCCCCUUGUGGGACACUCCGGCAGACCCAGCUUGACCCUUUAGCAGGUCAACGUGGGGAUGACCGGACUAAGAUGGGGUGAGGAUGUCGGUUUGCCUGGACAAUCCAUCUGCAUUCCCAUUCUGCUUACCGGGUCGAUAAGUGAUGGUGAAGUUAUAUGGCUGUAGUGCUAAACUCCACCUCAGCAGUCUGCCAUUGUCUCCUGAGACCCGGUUAAGCCAGACAAGGGGAUUGUGGUCCGUCACCAGGGAAAAUUCCUGUCCAUAUAAAUACGGGCUUAACUUUUUCAAUGCCCACACCAGGGCCAAACACUCCUUCUCCACUGCCGCAUAACUCACUUCUCUGGGUAACAGCUUCCUACUGAGAUAUGCGACAGGGUGCUCUCCUCCAUCUUCCCCGACCUGGCUCAGCACAGCCCCCAGUCCAUACAUGGAAGCAUCUGUAUGGACGAGAAAACGUUUGUUAGGGACUGGGGCAGCCAGGACAGGGGCAUUAACAAGAGAUUGUUUGAGGGCUUGGAACGCAGCUUCACAAGCUGGAGACCACAGGACCUGCUUAGGGAGAUUUUUCUUUGUCAGGUCAGUCAGGGGUUUAGCAAUAGUGCUGUAGUCGGGGACAAAGCGUCUAUAGUACCCUGCUGUCCCUAGGAAGGCUAACACCUGGGUCUUGGUGAUAGGUGUGGGCCAGUUAGCUACUGCCUCUAUCUUGGCUGGCUCUGGCCUCUGGCUCCCACACCCUACUCUGUGACCCAGGUACUGCACUUCAGCCAUGCCUAAAUGGCACUUCUCUGGCUUCAAUGUCAGGCCAGCGGCCCGAAUCUUGUCCAGUACUACCCCUACAUGUACUAGGUGUUCUUCCCAGGACUCACUGUAGAUCGCAAUGUCGUCCAGGUAUGCACAAGCAAAUUCCUGGAAUCCAUCAAGAAGUCUAUCCACCAUACGCUGGAAGGUAGCCGGUGCAUUCUUCAUCCCAAAUGGCAUGACCUUAAAUUGGUACAGGCCAAAUGGGGUGACGAAGGCCGACUUGGGGAUAGCAUCCUCGGCCAGGGGAAUCUGCCAGUAGCCUUUGCACAGGUCUAUGGUGGUCAGAUAGCGUCCCCUGGCAAUGCGAUCUAACAAUUCAUCUACCCGGGGCAUCGGGUAGGCGUCAGUGGUGGUCCGCUCAUUGAGACGCCUGUAGUCCACACAGAACCGGGUGGUCCCAUCCUUCUUGGGCACCAGGACUACAGGCGAGGCCCAAGGGCUAUCGGAGUGUUCGAUGACCCCCAGCUGGGUCAUCUCCUGUAUCUCCUUCCGCAUUCCUUCCCGGACUGCUUCAGGGAUACGGUAAGGGGGUUGUCGCAGAGGGUUCUGUCCAGGGGUUUCUACCUUGUGUACAGCUAGGGUAGUGUAACCAGGUUCUUGGGAGGUCGCCUGCUUUUCCCACAGGAGCUGUCUUGUCUGGCCCUUCUCGGUGGAGCUCAGUCUGUCCCCUAGCUGUACCAGGCUAGUAAGAUCCGUCUGGGGGUCCCUCUCUAACAGAUCUGGCAAGGGUAAACUUUCUGUAUCAUCUGCAGCAGGGGCACAUACUGCAGCGACAUUCUCUGGUCUCUCUUGAUACUCCUUUAGCAUGUUCACAUGGAAGGAUCGCUGGAUCCUUUCAUCUGAACAGCUGGCUAUAAGGUAGGUAGUAUCACAUAUCUGCGCUAACACCUUAUACGGGCCCUGCCAAGAUGCCUGCAUCUUGUUCGCCUUCACAGGUUUGAGUACUAACACUUUCUGCCCAACCUGGAAGACUCGCUGUCGGGCACCCUGAUCGUACCACCUCUUCUGUCUCCCCUGAGCCACCUGGAGAUUCUCCCUUACCAUUAGGGACAGUUUCUCCAUGCGGUCCCGGAGUUCCAGAACAUACGGUACUAUGGGGGUCACUUCCUGCUCUGUCUCCCCCUCCCAGUGGCCUCUAAUGAGAUCUAGGGGUCCGCGGACCCUUCUCCCAUAUAGCAACUCAAAGGGGGAGAACCCAGUAGAUUCCUGAGGCACCUCUCUGUAGGCAAACAACAGAUGAGGCAGGAAUCGCUCCCAGUCUCUGCAAGUGUCAGAAAAGGUCCUCAGCAUCUGUUUGAGGGUACCGUUAAAUCGCUCGCAGAGACCGUUAGUCUGUGGAUGGUAAGGUGAGCUAAGCAGCGGUUUAAUACCGCACACCUUCCACAGUUGCUGGGUGAGCACAGCGGUGAAUUGGGUUCCCUGGUCAGAGAGAAUCUCUUGAGGGAACCCGACUCUGGUAAAAAUCCUAACCAGGGCAUCAGCAACUGUCUCUGCCUCUAUAUUAGACAGCGCUACUGCCUCUGGAUAGCGAGUGGCAUAAUCCACCACGGUGAGAAUAUAUUUCUUACCGGAUGGACUAGCCCUGGCCAGUGGACCCACAAUGUCAACGGCUAUGCGGGCAAAGGGCUCCCCAAUGAUAGGCAUAGACAUAAGCCUAGCUCUUGGGUGGUCCCCCCGCUUUCCUAUCCGUUGACAUGUGUCACACGUACUGCAGUAUGUCCGAACAGCCUGAUUAAAGUUUGGCCAAAAGAAGUUCUGCAUGAUCCUAUAGGCUGUGCGGCGGGAACCUAGAUGUCCAGCUAGGGGAACAUCAUGCCCUAUCCGCAGAAUCUCCUGCCGGUAUUUUGCGGGCACCACCAGCUGUCGAUUCGGCGGAGGGGCAACACUUUUCGGGGAAAGCUUGGGGAUUCUAUACAACCUGUCCCCCACCCACUCAUACCGUUCCCCAUCUAAUCCUUCCUCUCCAGUAUCUGCUCUGUCCCUAUACUUCUGGAGGGUCGAAUCUGUCUGAGUUUCCCUCCCAAACUCCUCUGGGGAAUCCCAGCUAAUAAAAGUCUGUUCUAGGGUACCAGUCGGGGACACGGUUCUUACCUGGGUCUCAGCAGCAGGUGGGCUGGUUCCAGCAGCACGGGUCUGGGCACGGGUAGUCACUGGGUUGAUAUCGGCAGGUCCCAUUGGAGCAUAAGCGAACACCAAAGGGGCCAAGUCAUUCCCAAGCAAAACAUCAGCCGGUAAGUCUUUCAUGACCCCCACAUUCACGUGUCCAGAGCCCACCCCCCAAUCCAAGUGAACCCGGGCAACUGGUAAACGGAACACUGCACCUCCCGCCACCCUCACUGCCACAGUAUUUCCAGUGUGCUGGUUUUCGGAAACAAGGUUCUUUUGGAGCAAAGUCAUAGUGGCUCCGGUGUCUCUCAGACCCGUCACUGCUUUGCCAUUCAGUUUAACGGUCUGUCUAUGCUGUUGACGGUUAUCCUGCUGCGCUGCUUGAGCCGGAUCCGCCUCAUGUAGUAUACCCCAAAAUUCCUCCUGCUCAAGACAGUGAGCGGAAGGUUGGGGUGGUUGCUGAUUCCCGCCGGCUGGUCUUCUCCACGACUGGGCUUGGCUGGAAUUGUUUAAUGGGCACUCGGGUCGCUUGUGCCCCAACUGCUUACACCCAUAGCAACGGAUAGGCUGUGAGUAAUCCCGGGCGUUGAACCGGGCUGGCUGAACAUAAUUGUUCGCUGUUGGCAUGGUGGGGGUGCGUUGUGCUGGGUGUUGAUACACUGCAGUGGCUGGAGGGGCUGCUGGUUUGUACUCCACUCGGGUAGGGACCUUGGCUGCUGUCUGGUCCAGUUUCCUGGCAUCAGUGUACUCAUCAGCCAGACGAGCAGCUUUGGGUAAGGUAGCGGGUUUGCGGUCCCUAACCCACUCUCUGACUCCUGCAGGUAAGCGGUCAAAACAGUGCUCCAACAAAAAUACUUGCAGCACUUCUUCCCCAGUUACCGCUUGGCACCCUGCCAUCCAGUGGGCGGCGGUGCGGUGUACUCGGCAUGCCCACUCAACAUAAGAAUCGCCAGCCUGUUUGUUAGUGUCCCGGAAUCGCCGCCGGUAUGCCUCAGGGGUCACAGCGUAUCUGGCCAAAAGGGCAUCUUUCACUGCCCUGUAGCUGGUAAGUUCCUCCUCUGGGAUGGCCCGAAACGCCUCACUGGCCCGGCCGGAUAACUUCCCAGAGAGGAUGGUGACCCAUUCUCCUGCGGGUACCUGGUGUAAGGCACAUUGCCUUUCAAAAUCAGCCAGGAACCCAUCAAUUUCUCCUUCGGCUUCUACAAAAUUCCGAAAUGCAGCAAAAGGUACUUUUCUCCUUCCAUUAUUAUUGUACAGUACCUCAGCUGCUGCAGCGCCUCUUCCUUGAAGCGCCUGUUGUGCUGCUACUGCUGCUUGCACUUGAACCACAAUGUCUGCUGCAGGGUUGGGGCCAAAAUGUGCCAGCCUGAUCUGAACUGCCCGGUUAAAUUGUAUCUCCUCGGGUGUUAACUCCAGUAUGCCAGGCACAUCAGCUCUUCCCGUUCCCUGUGCUGCAUCCAUUUCCAAUAGUAUAGCAAUAAUCUCUCUUUUCUUGAGAUUACUCGCUGAUCGUCCUCUGCGUUCUAAUAUAUCUUUAAGGGUAGCACGCCUUAACUCUUCAUACUGCAUUUCCAACCUGGGAUGUGUAGCUGGCCUUCUGGGCGGUAGGAUUCAUCCCGUCGCUUGCCACCAAUUGUUACGACACGUACCGUCGGGUAGAUGAAGCCGCCGUUUAGUCAAUAAUCCCCUUCUCCAGAAAUGCAGUUUAAAUCCAGCCGACCGCCAAACUCCCGAACGAAGUCCACGAAUACGGCAACUCCCGAUCAGCAAAACAGUCGAACGCCUUCCACAGCUAAAAAUAACGAAAGCGCUGUCCCAGUAAUAAUUCCCCCACAAACGAGACCAAGCUCCGUCUUGAGGGUCAAAUGAAGAUCUGUUUAAUGGGGGCUACCUGCCCGGUAUUUAUGCAGGUCUCCACAAGGUGGACACUCCCCGAGGGGACCUUGUGGAAGACUGUAAAACAUAUUGGACAGUAGCCAAUCGCAGUGGCUUCAAUAAUAGCCCUUCCCAUCUUGCCCAUAAUUCCAUCUUCUCUACCCUGGAGAUAAUUAGGAAGAAACCUAAUUAUCUCCCAAGGUAGAGACAAUCGCCAUUUUAACUUACAGUAAUAAAAAUACAUUAAAAUACAUAAUUGCAGAAAUACCGAAUACAUAUAGUUCGUGUAACGUAUCCCCAGACAGCCUGGAUCUGAGUGCAUGUUUUCACCGAAUAGCGCUCAGAUCCGAUGUAUCUAGUCGAAUCGCCAUGGAGUCAAAGUCUUUCACCAGUCCUUCGGUAUACGAAUGACUCCAUGGGAUGGCUGUCUGGGUGAAAGUCCAUAUGAAUGAAUAAAAACUCCCGAACGACCGACGUUCGCAUGCCUUGUCGAAAUGGAAGGUAGGCAGCAGCUUCCAGCGGUGUUCGGUAGUUUAAGUGUCCGUUUUUAGUUCCAUACAGUUUGUACCGAACACCGCUAUGCGUUCGUAUGUCCCAAAAUGGCCGCUGCCUCGUGGUCGACAUGCGAACGACGACCACCCGUACGAAUGGAAUGGAGAGGUGUCUGCGGUUAACCACAACGUUCUAAUUGGGGCCAAGAGGUUAACCAGCAGCACACUCCUCUCCUGGGUGGUCGUUCAUUCGGUAGUUUCAAUCGGUAGUUUGCAAAUUAUACGAAUACGGGUAUAUGAACAGGCAAUUUAGCGAACAAAGGGAAACAGACGAACCAGCAAUACAGAUGAAUCUGUCACACCGCUCCGCUACAGUCAGUCAUGUCCUAGAUGCAGAGAGAUCAUGCUGAUUUCAUUUGUCGUAGUCCAGAAGAACAUUUCUGUGAAAGUGUUUUUAGAAUUUUAUCCAAAAAGGAACUACUUGGGAGUAAAACCAAUAUAGUGAUACAUCGUUACAUAGCUGAAAAGAGACUUGCGUCCAUCAAGUUCAGCCUUCCUCACAAUAUGAAUUUUGAUAUAGUGAAUGGACGCCAAUAUAAGCCUACAUAAGGUCACCAGCCACACUUAUCAAAUCUUGUUUGCUAGUUAUCCCACUUGCAGUAGAGGAGUUUUAUCAAAGUUUAAAUCUCAUAAAUGUGAAUGUCAUUGGAGAGUACAAGGCGUUUGUUGAAAUUGGCAUAAGAAAGAUUAAAGAAACAAUAAGUCGGUCAACACAAGUAACACAAUAAUGGCGAGGUCAGCGUGAAAAACAGACUGCCUGUGUUCUUUUCUUUUCAGGUCCUAUCACGGGUACAAGACCAUGAAGGAUUUUGUUCGACGAAGACGGUGGGCAAGGUAAAAGAUUGAUUCAAGUGUGAUAAUUUUAAUUUAUAGAAGGCAAAAGUACCUAACAUUUGACAAGUAUCAGCAUCAACUGUUCAAAUCCUUCUGCCAUGUUCCACCUGCCAUCCCUUUCAGUGCAGGGUUGAUUCUAGACAGGGUCACUGGUGCAUAUAUUUAUAGGGGAAUACAAAAUAUGAUUAAGAUAAUAUAUUGAUUAUCUAGCUAUUAUUUUCACGGGCUGUUGGUAUAUUAAAUUCCUGCACUGCAGUUUAUUAUCAAACAAUACGUUUAGAUUAAAAAAACAGCACAAUCCCCAGUUUAUAUGGCACUGUGCAGUGCGGGGCAAUUUCCAGCCUGGCCAAGAUUAGUGGGAGUUAUACUAAUUCCUGGAGUGUAACUCUCACCAGUUAUGGGCAGACAAGAACAUAUAAGGUAAAAAGAACCUUAUCCCUAGAAGAACCCAUUCAUACGCCACUUGAACUGUGACAUUGUUGUUUAUCUGUUAAGAUUACACCAGGAGCUUUUGAUAAUAUUCCCCACUAAUAUUUGCUUCUCUCUCACGAUAAUAUUAAUUUUUAAACCACACAAUACUAAUGUUUUAAAUUUCGGAACAGUUCAGAGAUCAAUAUUUGGUGUAAUAACCCUGAUUUUCAAUCACUGCUUUAAUGCAUCUUGGCAAGCUCUCAAUCUGUUUUUCGCAUUGCUGUUGGGUGACAUAAUAUCAUUCCUGGCGCAAAAAGUCAUGCAGCUCAGCUUUGUUUGAUGGAUUGUGACCAACCUUCUUCCUCUUGAUUGCAUUCAAUAGGUUUUUCAAUGGGAUUCAGGUCUGGAGAUUGGGCUGGCCAUGACAGAUUCUUGACCUGGUGAUCCACCAACCACACCUUAAUUGACCUAGCUGUGUGGCAUGGAGCAUUGUCUUGCUUGAAAAAAACAAUUCUCAGAGUUGUAAAACAUUGUCAGAGCACAAGGAUACUGGUUUUCUUCCAACCUUGUACGUGGCUUGAUUCAUGCAUCCUUCAGAAAGAUGAAUCUUCCUAAUUCAAAUCUUGCUGAAGCACACUUAGAUCAUCCCAGACCAAAUUUCACAGUGGAUUCGAGACAUUUAGUAGACCUCUCCAUGUCUGUAUUCAGGCAUCUGAUGACUAGGUAUUGGGCAAAGCUGAAAAUUGGAUGAUCAGAGACAACUAACUGACUCCCAUCCUCUAUGGCCUAAUCCUUAUGGACUUUUGCAAACCUCAGCCUAGCUCAUCUUUGCUUUUCGUUGAUGAAUGGCUUUUUCUAGCUUUGCACAACUUCAGCCCUUCCCCUAGAAGCCUGUAUCGAACUGUCCUCACUGUGCAACUUACCCCAGCUGCCAUUUACAAUUUGUUUUGUAGGUCACUUGAUGUCAUCCACAGUUAUUGAGUGACAGUUGAAUCAGUUGAUGGUCAUUCCGAUCAAUUGGGAGUUGUAAUUGCUCUCUGCUUUUGUGUAGCUUUGUUGUCCCUUAUGUCUGCUGCUUAACCUUGGUCUUAUGAAUUGCCAUCUUUGAAAUUCUAAGGAUGGAACAACCUGACGGUCACUGUAUCGCUCUCCAAGUAAAUAGAAGAAACCCACAGCACACCAUUUCAUGGAAAAAAAUAUUUAUUCAAUUAGAUACAAUCAUGUCAUAAGUAUCCAUGUAUAUCAUGUCAUAAGUAUACAAUCAAAAGUGCAAUAAAGAUAAAGUGCAAAGUAUCUACACGUUAAUCCACAUAAAUAAUUGCAACAAGGUUACCUACAUUAACUGUAUACUGACCUAGGGCUGGAGACAAAAAUACCCCAACGUUUCGGCACUGCCUUGAUCACAGGAGUCUAGCUCUUCAAAUAAAGCCAGAAGUGAACGCUCUUCAGAAUUAAUAUUCUUUUCAACUCCAAUGACUUGGUCAAUAAUAAUUUUUUUUUUUUUUAUUCCAAUUACUUUUGAGGUACUAUUAGCACUGUUUUUGCCAUCCAGUUGGUCCUAUUAUAAGAGGAUAAUGCUUACUUUUUAUACUUCUAUUCAUUAAAUAAAAUUUGGUCCAGGUAAUAACAUGAUCAAUACCUCAUUCAGUAGAAUGUGAUGUGCAUGUAUUGGAAUUCAACAGCCACUAAAAUGGAAUGGCUGCCAUAUGCUGAUUAAAGAAAAAAAUUGGAGUGGUCUUAUACCACUGGUAGUCAACCUUUUUCUUCACUAAUGCAUCUUUCUUGAUGGAAAAAUUUCCUUACCGCCACCAGUUUUUGCGCAAGUGCAGAAUAUUUUUUAGAAAGGAGGGCAUUUAAAAAAAUAAAUAAAUGUACGUACAUUUAUCUUUUUAUUUCUACUUAAUGCAUGUUUAUAAUGUUUUUGACUUUAUAAAGUUUAAUGAGAAAACAAUAAAGCAAAUUGAAAUUACGUUUACUAGUGAUUAAUGAGAUCCUUGAGGUUGAUGCUGCGAGACUAAAUAUUUGAUAUCUGGUUCGAUUUUCAUAAGGAACAAACGAAGGUCUCCUCUUUCGGUGAUAUUCAGACGACUUCUCUGUUUGCGCAUAAUAUGAUUUCUCAUCUGUGCAUCAGCUCCUCUCUUCUCCCUCCUCAAUUCCCCUCCCCACCUUUUUUUUUUUCUUCCUUUUUUCUAUUUUUUAACCUUACUUAUAGCAGUGCCCAGUAGGAAGGCUGAGCUAGGUAGCCCACUAUAACAGACAGGCACACACACAUAGAAACAUACAAAGACACAUACAUACAAACAGACAGACACAUACAUACAGACACACAGACAGGCACACACACAGACACAAGACACACACAACACAUACAUACAAAGACAAGACACACACAACACAUACAUACAAAGACAAGACACACAUACAUACACACAAGGCACACAUACAAAGACAUACAUAAGACACACAUACAUAUAAAGACACAUACACACACAUACAGACACACACAAGACAUACAUACAAAGACACAUACACACAAACAAACACACACAUUAUAUUUAAGUCACCCUCCUGUUUCCUACCUUUAAGGUGCAGUAGGGUGACUUUCCCUGGGGUCCAGUGGUGGCUCCCGCGUGGCUCUCAGUGUUAGCUGGCGCUUUAACAGGGCGACCGGGCCCCCUCACAAUCCACAUCCAUCGGGUGGCCCUGACAGCAUGGGCCACCCGAUGGACCCCUUGGACGGCGGCCCCGGCGGUUUGCUGUCGGGCCGCAAAUGGUGAUGGCGGUAAACAGUCGCAGGGGUACCGCCGGCUCGCACACCCAAUCUCUCCAAAUUAGGAAAUCCCUGCCACCCACCUGGAAUCCUGAAAAGCCCACAAUGGGGCGGUAGGGACCAGGUUGACGACCCAUGUCUUAGACAAUAUGCUAAGUAAUGUAGCAAGUUUGUGCUUUUCACUAUAGCCAGUCACAAGAAAUAUACCAUAUAUGCAGUGAAAAGAGUUCCGACAUACCAAAAACAUGGUACUAGUUAUGAAACAGCUAGCAACAUAAAUGAAGGAGGUGCAAGAAUUUGAUAUACAAUAUUGUAAUAGAAGAAGACCCUCACCAUUCAUUGUUCCAAUUUGUCAAACCUGUUGAAUUUGCUUGUAUAUCAUGUGCGCCCAGUGUUUGUAUGUUAAUUCCACCUAUUAAAAUGAAACCUUGUUUGAUAAAUCAUAUGCUAAGUUACAUAUUCAGAGUUGCUUUGUGUCAAAUCCUAUUAGCUGGGACUCACAGCAAUAUAGAAUCUUCCAUUGUUAUUUUUUGGAAAUGCAUUUAUUGUUUGAUUAAAGCAUUUCUUGCUCUGUCUCACCAGAAAAUGCAAAAUUGUUACAACUGGACCUUGGUGUGAAGUUCCUCCCAUCUCCUUGUGGGAUGUCUCUAUAUUAUCAAGCAGAGGAACAGCUGAUGACGAAUCGAUAGCUCUGUGGGCAAUAAGCAAUAAGGGAGACGUUUUAUGCAGAGUUGGCGUCACAAAAAAGUGCCAUGAGGUAGGAAUAAUAUUCUUCAGCAGUCUAUAAUGAUUUACCAUUCAGAAUCACUUUAGGAUCACAUUUAUCUCCUCUCUGUCAAAAACGGUUAGAUCUCAGGUAUAUCUCUGCAUUCCCAGUUCACACAAUGUAUACUAAUGCCAUUGAAUGUAAUUAAGCUAUUGUCCUCUUAAUGCCUGAUACAAGAGGACCCAAUGUUCUUCUUUGAGUUGAUUGUAGGGUUCCACAGUCCUGUCUUGGCAUGUCUGAGUGAUUGGACUUGUAAUGUCUCUGCUCCCCACAAAUGUAAAACAUCUAAAAUGAACUGGUGUAUUUGGUGAUGUGUUAAAGGAGCACUAAACUAGACUAGAACACUAUCGCGUUAUAGUGUCCCUUUAAAAAACUCUACAGAAGUUUGUGUGUUAACAAACAUUGGAGGAACAGUGCCUUUUGUAUGCUGUUUAGUUAAGCGACUUAGGAGCGGUUCGGCAGAACAUUUAUUCCAUUGUAUAUUUGUUUUUCCUCUUCUAAUGAUGUGCGAGAUAGGAGAUAAUGCAUCACUCAUUGCUAACCUUGAGUUUAGUUCUGAAAUUAUGCCACCUUAAAGGGGGCUUCUCAUAAACCUAAAUUAAUAAAUGCUCGUUAUACUGUUUUUUUUUUGUUUUGGUUUUUUUUGUUUUUUUGUUUUUGCUACCGCUGUAAGGAUGAGUUUUAUUUCCACCAAUAUUUUUCUUUGAAUAACACUUGCACACUUCACAACAUCACCUGAACCUCCUGUCUUCAAUGGUAAAUAGAUACAGUAAUGGCUUUUGCCUUCUAAUGACACUGGGAUUUGUUAGAGUAUUUAAUUCUAACACAUGAUCACUAUCUUCACACUUCCUCUCUAUAUGUAUGUCUUCUUCUGAUUAAAGGUGACUGUGUGUUUUUCAUUUUGUUGUAGCCCUGAUGUGUAUGUUCAUUUGGAAAAAAAAACACUGUUUCAUGACAGUCAAUUAAUACUUUUGAAUCUGUGUUUUAACAGGGUUCCUCGUGGCUCCACGUUGGCACAGACCAACCAUUCAUUUCCAUUUCAAUAGGAGGGUGUCACCAGGUGUGGGCCAUAGCCAGGGAUGGAUCUGCAUUCUACCGGGGUUCUGUGUCCACCGAUCACCCUGCUGGUAAAGACUCGAUAUUUAUAUUUAUAUGGGGCAGUGCAUUAACCUAACUAUGUUACAGCUGGGCCCUGUAUGGUUACGUAAAAAAGGAGGCUUGCGUGUUGAAGGGACACUGUAGGCACUCUAACUGAUUAAUCUUAUUUAAAUGUUUAUAGUGUCUGGAGUUCAAUGGUGUUUUAAUACCUUACAAGAGCCCCCAGCAGUCCAUCCUCUCUGUGCUGCUUGGUCUAAUGAGGAAGCAUUAACCCGAGUAGCAGUGGUGGUGGUGAUUGGGUGAGAGUGUCAGCUGACUGCUUUCAGCCAAUGACCGCACCAGUAGCUGGUAUGAAUUGCUAUAGCUAGAAGAAGUAUGUAAUCUCUGACAUAUCUUAGCCAUACCUCCACUAGGGGCAGUGGGUGUCAGUUUACCCUUAUUUACUGUUAAACUGCUCCAUAAAUUAUUUAACACUUUAUGGAGGGACAGCACCAUGUGACCUCAAGCACUGUAACUUAUUCAUUGAGAUGAAAUGGUCAUAUUGCCCCUUCAAUCUGAGGUUCAACUUUCUGGCAUUUGUUCUUAGAACCCUAACAGUACUUCAGUGUUCUGUAGCAUGCAUCUGUGUGUAGUAUGUUAUGUAGAGGGUUAGCAAAUGAAACUUUCUCUAGAGCACAGCUUUUGCAGCAUUACAACUCCCAAAAUAAUCUGCCGACUUUAAGCAGAGAAUAAACUAGAAGUGGAGUUUGGAGAGACAAAUUAUUUUCGAUUGCAAUUCCUGAAUUAGUAUUCACAUUUGGAGCAGAGAGAGCUUGUGAUAGGGCUACAGGAAUACAGAGAAAAUAAAGCAAACCUGAGAAAAACCAUGUAAAAAGAUACAAAAGAGCAAAAUCAUACGUGAUGAAGAAAGUAGACCUAUAUGUGACAGAGAGAGUGCCACGUGCAUAAAAAUGCAAGGAACAAAACUCCAUACAGGGAAAGUGGGUCAAGGGAGGGAGCAAGCAGAAGGAAUAUAUGUAGAUUUAAUAAAAGGAAGUUACAUGGGUAGAGUUUGAGACAACACAUAACUCACACAGAGACAGGUGAGAAUCCUAACUAGGUAAGUGGAAAAAAAAAACCACAUAAAUUGGCAAAUUGAAAUUCACGGAAAUGUGACCAGAUGCGUGAGGAGGCAACGUCCUGGUUUAUUUUGCAAUAAAUAAUAAGGUCUAACAUCAAACACAAUGAUGGGGAACAUAAAUGUCACGCACAAAGUAAUGCCAACUUUAUUCUUUGCAUUGCGGAUGCCCUGGAGCGGUUUUGUCAUCAUGUGACCCAAUAUGUACGGUACAUUAUUAGGCAAUAAGCAAAUAGCAGCUGUAUAUCAGAGGUGACCUUCUCUCAGACUUAAUAGGAAGGUAAAUAUGUAUAUGUGACAAUGGUAAACAAUCAGAGAGGGAUAUUCUAGAAACACUUUGAAACUGAUAAUGUUGGUGUAAAAAUAAAACUAGAUAAAUGCUGUUUUUUCGUAUCUGAUUUGGCUUUGUUUGGGCGUUUUGAUCUUGUUUAUCUGCAGAAAAGUAUGACCACGUGCCUCUCACCAGUUGGAUUUCAACUCCUUUCACCCUCAGCUAGAUAAAAGUUAUCUCUUGGCAAAUAUUAAAACGUCUUAAUCAUUAACCCCAUAACUUCAUUAACAUAAAAAUAAUAAGAUUGAGUCGCCAAUGAUUAAAUCCUGGGAAACACUUUGCAAGAUACAUACUUUUUGCAUUCAACAUCUAAUUUAGAUAAGGGCAUUUGUUGACAGAGUGGGCACACACAUUUAAUCAAUCAAGGGAUACUAUCAAAAUGGGCUACUGACAAUUGGCUUCUUUCACUGUAAGAGAUUGGGGUAAUCUAUUUUGUAUUUAUGUGAAAACAAGGUUUUUCUUGUCACUGUGGAUCAGUCUGCGUGGUUCAGAUUGAUAGACAAAAUGACAUGCACCAUUUAGAACAUACUUUCCAUAAUAUUGGUGAUGCGUAAUGCUGUGUCUUGUUCAGAGCACACAAAAAAUGCUAAAAUCCCCAUAUUUAUAUUUUAGAUUGAAACAUGCAGGUUCUGACAGAAGGAAAAGAGCUUAAAAACUACAUGCCAGUUUUGAGAUUUUUAGAAUGGAAUGUAUGGUCUUCUGUAAAGUUGAUGAAUGAACACACAGUUUGAAUACAUCUUCACCAAAAUUGCACUUGAGAAUUGAAUUUAGAUCCUUCUGUAAAGUUGAUGAAUUAACACACAGUUUGAAUACAUCUUCAGCAAAAUUGCACUUGAGAAUUAAAUUUAGAUCCUUUUCGCUAGCUGCAUUAUGUAUUCUUCUGGUUUUUAUUAAACUUCACAUGCCAACAUACUGAUAAUCCCUAAUCUCAAUGAAGUGGUCUGGGUGCCACGUCCACUCUGUUUUAACCCUACAGCUGAAAAUAUUGCUGUUCUGCAGAAUUGCAAUGUUGUUCAAUGCAUGGUUGUCACUCAGACCGCCACUAGAAUUGCUUCUGAUAAAAUAGCAGAGUAAAACUGUGCUAUUACUCAUAGAGACCAUCUGAUUGGCAAAGCGCAGUAUUUUGACACACUUGCCCACUAGCCUCCCAAUGCUGUCCUAUGCAAAAGCAUUCUAUUGGUUGAGAUUACUGAUGUCGAUGAUUUCAGCCAAGGAAAUGGGGCUUCCCCACGGAGACCAGCACUGCGAGUGAGAAAAGGUAAGUAAAAUACCUUUUUUUUAGUCCUUGCAGCUAGGGGACGGGGACCUAAAUGGCCAACAGGGUCCUAUAGUGUAAUGAAUACACAUUUGUUUUCUGUUUUAACCAGGUAAAACUGUUACUGGCUUAGAGUUGUCAGUCUAUGAUCACUGUACCAAAGCCAUUCAGAUUUAGCCUGAGAAAAACACUGGAUAACUGGUGAGUAGCAUAUAGAUUGUGGUUGUCAAACUCUAACCCUGUUGCUUAGGUUGGAAUUUGACAUCCAAAAAGUGUCAGAGAUCUCUAGCCCAACUACGUCUUAAAAGAAUUCAGCUUAACAGCCUGGAGCAGUAUCUGUUCCUUGCGCAAGGUCAACAUGUUCUGUUCAUUUACAGUAAUGUUGGGUGAAAGCUUGUGUAUUUAAGGAGGGCUUAUUCUUAAGCGAUCCUACUGAAAUUAUCAUGUUUAUUCCUAAAACACGAGUUUGAGGCUAAAAUGGCUGAUCAGGAAACAUACUUCCGCUCUAGUCACAGCUUGGCUAUUUUGCAAUCCAUAUUUAAUGUAAUGGAAAAAUAAACUUUCCUUAAAUGCUCCCAUAUAAUGAAAUACAUCACAAAGGUACAUGAUGUAUUUAAUAUAAAAUAUAGAGAUUUACUCACCUCUCCUCUGUUCCAGGGGCACUUCUGGGCUGUCCUCCACUCCUCUGCUGAUGAAUCCCCAAGCAGGGCAAACCUACUCCGUAACGCUGGCACGCUAGCUUCGUUGCCAGUGUUCCGGUGUCUGAACGGAGUGACAUCAUUAUACUUCCUAGUCAGUGCUAGAUGAGUUUGCAGACCAUGCGCUGUGGCUGCUACACUUGAUAGAAGAGAAGGGCCUCCUGUGGGAGGUAUUUUCUACUCCUCCAUGUCAGUUUAUACCUUGGCAUUAGGUGUCUGCCAUGGCGUUGACUGAAAAUUAUUUUUUAACAGAUUUUUCUCCCAAUGUAUACAUUUAUGUGUUUUAUUCUGCUUGUCUGUAUGUGCUAGAGUAAACCAUGCUGUGUGUUUGUGUCUCGUAAUUAUUAUUAUUUUUUAUUUUAUAUUUAUGUAGGUGAUUGCUGGUACCAUAUUCCUUCACCCAAAAAACAGAAGCUACGGCAGGUCUCCGUAGGGCAAACAUCAGUGUUUGCUGUGGAUGAAAACAGUAAGUGUAGAAAUAAAAGUUCAAUUGCAUACAGAGGUUUAUGCGUGAUACGUUCUUUGUUAUCUCGAGUGGAACAGACUAUUGCUCUCCCAUGAAACUAAAUUACCUUUCAUAAAUUUAAAUAUGAAAUUAGCUAAAUCAGUGAUUCUCUAACAUAGAGUCUCAACAUUUAUGGAUUAACAUUCUGUUCCAAUUUGGUUACUGAUAAAUAGAAUGGAUGGAUCAUUGACAAACCAAAAUAAACGAGGCUUGUUAAUUGCUCAACUAGUCUAGCUUGUCCUUCGUUUCUCUUUUAUGCUUCCCCAUAAAAGCAUUAUACCCAGGGCCGGCCUUAGGUAAUCAGGCGCCCUGUGCGAACCCAACACGUGGUGCCCCCCCUGCAGCAAAACCCUUGCCCCUUCAACAAUAGCCCUGUUCCGCCUACUACAAAACCCUUCCACAAAACCCCUGCCCCCCUUUCUACAAAAACUCUGCCUCCCUUUAAUAAAACCCCUGCCCCUUCUACAAAACCCCUGCCCACCGUUCUACAAAAUUCCUUCUCCUCCUUUAACAAAACACAUGCUGUCAUUAUAUAUAUCUACUAUACAGUAAUGUACACAUAUCACUAAAAACCUUCCCCUCCACCAAAACCACUGCCACCCUCUACAAAAGCCCUGCACUCAUUCUACAUAAACCUCUGCUCUCCUUCUACAUAAACCUCUGCUCCCCUUAUACUAAACCCCUGCUCCCCUUCUACAUAAGCCUCUGCUCCCUUAUACUAAACCCCUGCUCCCCUUCUAUAUAAACCUCUGCUCCCCUUAUACUAAACCCCUGCUCCUUUAUACUAAACCCCUGCUCCCCUUAUACUAAACCCCUGCGCCCUUCUACAAAACCUCUGCUCCCCUUAUACUAAACCCCUGCCCCCCUUAUACUAAACUUCUGCCCACUUAUACUAAACUCCUGCCUCCCUUAUACUAAACUCCUGCCCCCUCUACAAACCCCCUGCCCCCUCUUGAACAAAACCCAUGCCCCCUCCACAAAAUCCUUUCCUCUGCCACUUCACCAGAAAUGCUUGCCCCCUCUUCUACAAAACCUCUCCCCUACACCAAACCCCUAACCCCUUCUAUAAAACCUCUGCUCCUCCCUAAACCAAAACCCCUGUCCCAAAAUCCCAGCUAGAAAACCUCUGCUCCCCCUUCUGCAAACCCCCCCACACACAAAAACACCUGCCACCCUUAAAAAAACAAAAAAAAAUCUAUUUAAUAAAAAAAUGCAAUAGUUAUAACAAGAAUGAGCAGACUCACAUUGAAGCUUGCUGCUCCCUGGACCCUCCUGACAGUGUCCCAGUUUGCCGACCUUGAUACCAAAGCACUGACCACCUCCCUCAAACUGACUGUGCGGAUCCUUCCGCGAAUGACUGUGGAGGCGGAGCACGCUCUUCCUCCGUGCUCCUGACCUACUUUCUCUCCCGGCCGCUCAUAAUUUGCAAGUCAAUUGCACAGCAUUAUGCACUUGACUUGCUCUGUACAUGACUCAGACUGAACUGUGAGUGACUGAGUGCGAGCUGUGUCAGCCGCCCGGCGCCCCUGUUGCCAUGGCGCUCUGUGCGGCCGCACAGCUCGCACACCCCUAAGGCCGGCCCUGAUUAUACCAUUAAUAUAGUACUAUCACCACUUCAUGACAAACGACUCACCAGACAGGCAUCUAUUAAGGGGGUCUGUUCUACUCUUGCCAUUAAUUAUUAAUUCAGUUUGUGGGUUAAACCGCCAUUGUAUUUUUACAUCUCCUAUUUGCUGCUGCAAACUAACACUAUUAUAAACUGUCCAAAAUGCCUCCAGUCAAACAUUAAAACCCUGCUAUGCAAAAGUAUCUGAAUUCUAGUAUACCAAUUACAUGCUUACUUGGACAUUAUUUUAAAUAGUUCAAACAUCUAUUUUUUAGAUAACUUAUGGUUUCGACAAGGGAUUACUCCAAGCUACCCUCAAGGAUCUUCCUGGGAGCAUGUCUCCAACAAUGUCCGUAAGGUGUCAGUAGGACCCCUUGAUCAGGUAGGCACUGUGUUUGGAUCAAUGAGCUUUUAAUGCAUAAGUUUAGUAAUGUCUGGGUCAUAUAGCUAGCAAGCUCACAAAUGGUGAAUGAAGAUGGAGAGUGUUUGUAUCUUCAUGUGUUUUUAAUGCCUCUUGUAUAUUUCAGGUUUGGGUAAUUGCUGACAAAGUUCAAGGCAGCCAUAGUCUGAGCUGUGGGACGGUCUGUCACCGCUUAGGGGUACAGCCAAUGGAACCAAGGGGACAUUCAUGGGACUAUGGCAUUGGGGUGAGUAGCAGGCAGUCAUCAGGUAGAAUUCAUCUUGCUUGUGCUAUCUAUCCGUCUAUAUUUCUAGGCAUUAUCCAUGUGGGUAACUCGUUUUUGUAGAAAUGAAAAUAUCUAUAGUAUGAAAUGUUGCGUGCUAUUUUAACACAUCUUAUUUCACAGUCUGGUUCUGAUUUCUUUUAAUUUUGCGACCAUUGUACUAUUUUUGUAUCCAGAGAGAUUUAUGAUUGAUUACCUUUAAUAACGUAUUCCUGAUCUUUUGUACUGCAUCAUUGCUUGUUAUUGUUGAAGAGGCAACAUAAACCAGCCAGGCGUGCCUAUGCAACCCUCUUUUUUUGACCUCCUGUUAGAAAGAGUGAUCUUUCCUAUUAAGGACAAAGAUUUCUGACUUUGGUCUCGCUCACUCAGCUUUUUGUAAAAUAGAGAAAAAGAGAUCUAUGCCUUUAAUGUCUUGCUCCUCCACUGAUCUUGUAUUCCACCUAGAUCAACGAUUAUCAGAGCCAUUUUUCUGCCUAAAUCUAUUAUGGCAGUGAUGGCUAACCUUGACACCAGAGUCUAAAAGCUAGCUGAGCAUCAUGGGAAAUGUAGUCCAGAAACAAUUUAUGGUGUCAAUUUAUGGUGACAUCACUGUCUUAUGGCAUCACCAAGGUCAGGUUCUUAGGUAUGUUAAAAGAUAAACAAAAAAGCAGAUAGAUCGUGAGGCCAGUUGCAGCUAGACCGACGCAUCGACGGAGAAAAGGCAAGGCAACUCGCCUUUUAACUCCUCAGAGAGGGGGGCUGGUCGCCUAAAUAUCUAUUCCAGCACUAUAGUGUUAAGAAUACAUGUCCGCCUAUUUAAACCCACUCCUUUAAGAAUUGCUAUCAUCUACCGCCCCCCUGGUUAUCCUAGACUAUUCAUUGAGCACUUUUCUUCCUGGCUUCCUCUCAUCUAGCACUCCUUCCCUUAUACUUGGGGAUUUCAAUAUCCCAAUCAAUAACCCAUACAGCGGGAAACACUCUUGAUCUUGCCUUCACCAACCUCUGUACUGCCUCUAAUCUCUCCAAUAUUCAUUUUCCUCUAUCUGACCACCAUCUGCCGACUUUUGACAUUGGCAUACCUAAGACCCAAUUGACACCACCGUCUGAACAUCACUCUCACAGAAACCUCCAAUGUCUUGACCUAGAGCAUUUCUCCACUAAUCUCCAAACUCUCCUUUUACCUAUCUCAAACCUCACCUGUCCUAGUUCUGCAACCUCUUUCUACAAUUCCACCCUCUCCUCUCAAUUAGACAUCAUGGCACCUUGUACAUUUAAACGCCGCAGGCCCCCCCAACAACAACCCUGGCACACCAAGCUCACUCGAUACCUCCAGAAAUGCUCCAGAACUGCUGAACGCUGUUGGAGAAAGUCUCACUGUGCAUCAGACUUUCUCCACUAUAAAUUUAUGCUGAGCUCAUACAGCUUGGCUCUUUCCUCUGCAAAAGUUAAUUACUUUAAUACCCUCAUAACCACACUCUCCCGCGAACCCAAACAACCUUUUUCACACAUUUAACUCUCUUCUUCGCCCUGCUGUUCCUCCUCCACCUACUAACUUGACCGCCUCAGACUUUGCAACUCACUUCACUGACAAGAUCUCUACAAUCAGAGAAGAGAUCUCUCAUCUUUCUUCUUCCCCUAACAUCACUCCCUCUGCUGUUCUACGUUCAUUCGCACCCGCUACAUUGGAAGAGGUUUUUGCUCUGCUCCAGUCCUCCCACCCCACCACCUGCUCCCUAGAUCCAAUUCCCUCGCAUCUCAUCCGUACGGUCUUCUUCUCUUUCUCCACCUCUCACUAAAAUUCUCAAUCUCUCUCUCUCCUCUGGUAUAUUUCCAUUGCCCUUCAAACAUGCAACUGUAACCCCAAUUCUAAAGAAGCCCAAUCUUGACCCUAACUCCCCAUCCAACUAUCGUCCUAUCUCGCUACUGCCUUUUGCAUCCAAGAUCCUUGAAAAAAAUUUGUGUAUGCGAGAUUGACAGACUUCCUCGAGUCCAACUCUCUGCUAGACCCGCUUCAGUCUGGUUUCCGCGCUAAGCACUCUGUGGAAACCGCACUGACCAAACUAUCCAAUGAUCUACUAGCUGCAAAAUCUCGUGGUCACUACUCUAUCCUAAUUCUCCUUGACCUGUCUGCGGCUUUUGACACUGUUGAUCAUCAACCGCUUCUUCUCAUCCUCCGCCAUAUCGGUCUACUAGAUAUUGCUCUCUCCUGGUGCUCCUCCUACCUCUCUCAGCGCUCUUUCAGUGUUUCUUUCUCUGGCUCUGCUUCUUCUCCCCAACUCCUCUCUGUUGGUGUCCCCCAAGGUUCAGUCCUUGGUCCCCUACUGUUCUCCAUCUAUACUGCCUCCCUUGGUAAACUCAUUAGCUCCUUUGGCUUCCAAUAUCAUUUCUAUGCAGAUGACAUGCAAAUCUACCUGUCCUCUCCUGAUCUCUCCCAGUCCCUCUUGACUAGUGUCUCUGACUGCCUCUCUGGUGUUUCUAACUGGAUGGCUGCCCACUUCCUUAAACUAAACUUGACCAAAACUGAAAUUCUGGUUCCUCCCUCAAGUGUUGUUACUCCUGUGUCUGUCUCCCUCCAAGUCAACUGUGCUACCAUCAGCUCCACCGCGCAGGCUCGCUGCCUAGGUGUUCUCUUUGACUCCGACCUCUCCUUCAAGCCUCAUGUUCAAUCUAUCGCCAAAUCCUGUCAUUUCCAUUUUAAAAACAUUGCGCGCAUCCGCCAGAUGCGACUAAGGUCCAUUCCACUGUCCUUUGACUACUGUAAUCCGCUUCUCAGUGGUCUUACGUGCUCCCAACUAGCGCCAUUACAGUCCAUAAUGAAUGCGGCGACGAGGCUCAUCUUCCUGUCCGCCCGCACCUCCCAUGCCUCACCCUUCUGUCAGUCCCUACAUUGGCUUCCUAUAAAAUAUAGAGCUUAAUUUAAAAUUCUGGUUCUUACUUUCAUAUCUCUACAUAAUGCUGCUCCCACCUAUCUAUCCUCCCUUAUACACAAGUAUGUCCCGUCUAGGCCCUUACGAUCUGCUGAAGACUUACGUCUAUCUUCUGUCAGUACUCCCACCUCUGAUGCUCGCCUUCAAGAUUUUGCGAGGGCUGCACCGUUCCUGUGGAACUCACUUCCCUCCUCCGUUAGAUUCUCACCCAGUCUCCACUCCUUCAAAAAAUCGUUAAAAACGCACUUCUUUAUAAAAGCGGGUCAAUUAAACUGUUAAUAGCUCCUGACUUAUUCCUCAUCUGCAACUGUCACUAGUCUAAUACUAUCCUUACAUUUUUGUGUCAUUUUACCCCACUCCCUCUAGCAUGUAAGCUCAUUGAGCAGGGCCCUCAACCCCUCUGUUCCUGUGUGUCCAACUUGUCUGGUUACAACUACAUGUCUGUUCGUCCACCCAUUGUAAAGCGCUGCGGAAUUUGACAGCGCUCUAUAAAUAUCAUAAUAAUAAUAAUAAUGUCUGUAUUGCUAACACUAUAGAGUUCCUUUAAGAUACAGUGAUCACAUGAAAAAAAACAAAAAAAAUGACAGGCUCGCUUAAAGCAACCUCAAUAUGUAAAAUGUCUCUGAUGAUGUCAUUAUUCUCUUUUCAGGGAGGCUGGGAACAUGUCAGCGUAAGAGGAAACAUGACUUGUAAUAGCACACAGCCUGAAAAACACACCACUCAAUCUGUGAAUCCAGUUGAAGAAAACCAUGAAGGAAGUCCCUUCAUGUCUGCAGCAACCUGCUAAAAAUUCGCCAUUUAGAUGUUUGGAUAUACAAUGGUGAGACAUUUGUAGUCCUUGGCUAGCAAUGGCAGACAUCUUCAUUAUUUUUUUUGACUACUGCAUCUACAAAAUCAGAACAGGUCUAUUUUGUAGUCUUUUAAAGUUGUAAACUGUGAAUUCCUAAUUUUUCUUUUACCGUAUGAAUUUUGAUAAAUUUUACCUCGUAUAAUUCCUGUUAGGCUUCUUUCUUAAAUCUGGAAACUUUUCUAGAGUGAAUGGGUUGCCAUAUUGUUUCCAGAUCAUUCAGGAGGCAGUAGAUACCACAUUUUCCUCCGAAACAGUUGUGUAAACACUUGGCCCUCUACAAGGUUUUCAUCUUUGGGUUCUUUUUCUGUACUCUUGUGCAGUGACAAAGGAGGAACACAUUUCUCUUCCAAAUGUCAUAAACUAGCUCUCUUUUCUAGCAUAACACUAUACAUCAAGUUUUCUUAAAUGCACCUUAUUCCGAUUUCCCACUCACCAGAGAAAGUAUUUUGAUGAUUUCAAAGCCAGAGGUGUAUCCUUGUAUAUAUGAGAGUAACGGCUGCAUUAUUACAUCAUUAAAUACCAGUAUAUUAAUGUACCCAUUGUAGUAUCCACUGGAGUUUGUUAGUACAUCAUUAUAAAAAUUAUGAUUACAAAUGUAAAUACUUGUAAGUUGGCCCCUGCAUGACCUACAAACAUUAUUUCAUGACCAUCCUGACAGAUCGUCUGAUGACAUAUUCCUUCUGAUUAAAAUGGCAACUUUUAAAUCUCUCUCAUCCAUUGCAUUUUCUUUCUGGUCCCUAUAAACCAAAUUACUUCACGAAUGGCUCAUCUUAUUAGUUCCCUAUAUAAAUGGGCUUCGUAUAGUUCUAUUCGCUUCGCAUGAUCUUGACCUGUAGUAAUUUAUAGGAAACUGUGCCCAGCUUGCACCGAAAUAAGUCGUUAUGAUGCUCAACCGAUAGCUAGUUUUUGCUUACGCUAUGAAAAUAAUGAGUAGAUGGAUUACAUUAGCAUGUCCUAUUUAGCAUGUAAAAAGCUUUUUCGUUACCCUCAUAGAACAGUAUGACGUAAUAAGGAUGUAGUACACUAUGUGUACAAAUAAUAUGUCAAGUAAUGCUCAUUAAUAAAACACACUUUUAGAGAGCCAAAUUAAUUGUAUCUUAAUUAUGAUAGAGAAGAUAGGAGUAUAUUUUAUGGUGCUUAUCUUUUUGUUAGAUUGAACACUGUGUUUUUUUUUUUUUUAAAGAGUUUGUUUUACAGGUGUGCAAUAUGAUGAGUUAUAAUAUAUGACUGAAUUGAUUAAUUUAUUUUAUGAAAUACAUUGGGAUCAUCAAAUUAUUUAUUUCAUAAAAUAUGCCAUUGAUGUGAAACGCGUUGAACUAACAACUUCACUGCAAAGAGUUCACUCCAUUCAAAAUGUACAUAAUUUUAAUAGUGAAUUCAUAUAUUUAUAUAUUUUACUUUUGAUGUUUUUUUUUUCCUGUUUAAUAUAUAAAAGUAAUGCGAUAUAGUUAGGUAAUACAACUGACAGUGUAUAGUGCAAAAUUAUAUUUUGUUUGUAAAAUUAUCUACAUAGUUUCUUGGUGUAUUCACUGCUUUGUAAAAGUCUACAAAACCAGAAUGAUGUUAUAUCUUAGAAGCAUCAAUUUAACCAUACCAAUAGAAAAUGGCUCAUUAACAUUAUCAUGCACUCAAAAUGUAGUUCCGAAGCACUAAAUAUUCAAACAUUUGAACAAAUUCACCUAAUAACCUUAAUACAGACCAAUAAAACAUUUAUGAUUAUUUUAUUAGAAAACUGUCGUAAGCGCCGUAUCAAAUUUGCAUUACUGCAAAGGUUAUGGUGCAGAAAGCACCCUGCCUCCCCAACUAGAGUAGUCUGUACAUUAAUUCCCAAAAGUUGACAGUCCUCAUAUAGCAGCUACCCCCUGGCAACUUCCAACCUCUGACCAACAUUUCUGUGUGGUUAUGUCAUCCUGUGGCCUCAGACAUGUGCUGUCAGUGUCUCAGAAGAUCCCUGCAAACCACCUGUUACAAAAACUGUGAAACUGGCUGUGAAUAAAUUGACGACACCAUCAUUCAGAAGGUACAAUCACCCUGUGUGAUGCGUUUGAUCUGUUACUGUGGAUUUUACUAUAUAUUCCAUAGACCCUGCAGUACAGGCAUCUAUGGGACAGGUUGACAGUCCAUCCAACAGAAUUAGAAGCUUCUGGUUAGUGAGCCUCUUCUUGAUAUGCCUAUGCAAUACUGCAAUCUUAGCAUUAAACAUCUGAUAAUCUUGUUUUCUUUGUAAGUAUUAUUGAAACAGUGAUUAGGUAAAAUGGAGAGUCCUCACUAUUAUAAUGUUUAUAAAUGUUGAGAUCAGAUUACUCUGCAUGGCAACCAUUAUAAAGUUAUCCAGUGUCAGAUAUUUGGGCUUGUGGACCAGUAAUUUCAGUUAGAAUCUUUGUUUUAGAUUUUGGCAUCUAAAGGGCUUUUUCACUAAAAGUUAAAUUACUCAAAUACAUAAGAACCAUUGAGAAUUGUUACGUAACAAUUGUAAUUUAUAAUGAGUCUUUAUUGUAUUCUGUUUCUUUUGAAUUUGGUGCCUAAACAUCUGGUCUAAGUGAAUAAACCACAAAUAAAAAAAAUGAGUUGGCAUCUGUUCACAUAUAUAUCUCUGGUAGUUUCCCACUGUGGCUACCAAGGUGCAGACCAGGAAUGGCUAGCUUUGAUGCUGCAAAUGUUUGCCUACACUUCCCAUAACACUCAGCCAGUAGAUGAGAUUCUCUAUGCAUCAUGGGAGAUGUACUUGAAGUGCCAAGCUUUGCAAUCAUUGUCAAAGAUUGCCAGGAAGAUUCUAUUCCGGGAUUCGAUUAGAACAAAAAGUACAUCUGCCAUAGUGUAUAUCCCAUAUUGUGUAGUAUAAGAUUCACACUCCAAUGAUCACUGCCCUCUUAGACAUGUUACACAUAAGCAGAACAGUGGUUAACUGAUGAGCUAAUGGGGCAUUUGUACCUUUCAGUUGAUUUCAAGGAGAAAAUAAGCAUGUAUUAAGACCACACGUUUAUUUGUCCUUGAUUAAUCGCUAGUUACUGCUCCCCUGGCUGCAAGGCUGCAUGUGCUUCACAUUUACCUUUACUACUGAAAUAAUCUUUUAACCCCGUAAGGACCAAACUUCUGGAAUAAAAAGGAAUCAUGACAUGUCACACGUUAUGUGUCCUUAAGGGGUUAAUUGAGUGCCUGCACUUGUGCAGUAAAUACAAAAUUAUAAUUUACAAAGCGGCAAUGAAUUUGGCAGGAGUUGAUAAAUAGAAACAAUAUUUGAGUAAAUGAAUAAGGUGAUGUGUGAUAAAUAUGUGCUUAAUAUAUGUACAGAAAAUGAACAAAGGCUGCCGCCACACUAAUGUAGGUUCUUCCCCAACUCUACAUACUAACCUGUUCAAAACUAAAGCAACUGGGUUGCAAACCAAGGCCAAUACCAGUGAUAUAGUGUGGCUCUAAAUGUAUAAACUUACUCCUAUAAGUGAUGAGGGUAUACGAUCCUAAAUGCUUAAAAAUUAAAACAUUAAAAUCUAGUGUAGUAUGUUGAUGGUAAUAAGGAGUUCAGAGAAAUAAAAAGGCAACACUCACACAGAACAGAGCCUCACAGGGAUAGCCUCAAAUCGCUCGGGUAGAUGUGUUCUAUGGUGACACUAUCCCUGUUCAAUCUACCAGCCAGAAAACAUGUAGUCUAAAUAGUGUAAUAAAUCUGAUAUUAAUUGACUUAGACCAGGAAACUAAAAAUGCUUACCUUAAAAAGAGUUUUCUACAACCUGGCUCUAGAUGCAAAAAUAUAUGCGUCUCUAAAAGUUUAUGUAAACCCUCCUUAAAUCCAGGACCACGGGAUCAAUACAGGAUGCCACAGGACCAAUUAUUGAAUUAUAAAAUUAUUAGUUAUGGUUCUUAAUUUGAGCUUCCAUAAGGGGUUAUAAAAGAGAUAGAAAAUAGUUAAAAGGCAUCAUUUUGGGUUUUUUGUUUGUUUGUUGUUUUUUAGAUCUCGUUUUUUCAUAGCACUUUUGAUCAAACAUGGUUUAUGGGUCUUUAUUUUAUUUAAAUAAACUUUUUUUAAAUGUGAGUUAAGUUUUAACACUGGUUAUAAUUAUUAUCUUUAUUGGUAAUCAUGCGUGUUGGUCUUAUGAGUUUUGUUUUGUUGUGUUUUAUUGAGUUUUGCAAGUUGCAUUUCACUCUUCUUCUCGUACCUCUGGGCAACUUUAAUUCUGUUACACAUUGUUGUGCAAAUGUAUGAUGCGAGCCCUUACUUUUCCAUUAAAAUUUGUAUGUUUACAUGUAUUAACAUUUGUGUUUUCACUGUUAAAUGUAAUUAAAAGCAACAUCUACAUUGCAAAAAUAAAGAGGAUACUCAUUG